UUUCCGCUGGGUGACUGCGCAGCUGCCAUGUUGGUUGCUAUGCUGCUGCCUGUCUGAAGGCAGGCUGGAGGAGAGGAAGGAGGGAGGCAGGCUCUGGGGUGGAGGAGGGGGAGGAAGACGGAGGAGGUGGCGGCGGCGGCGGCAGCUGCUGCUGGUUCUCGGCCCCCCGCUCAGUGCAGGCAGGCAGAGCCCCGGUGUUUAGCUACCGCCUCCCCCCCCCCCCAGCCUCGGCCCCACGGCUGCAGGAGAAGGAAGAGAGGGGGAAGCCUCCUUGCGGGGCGGGAGGGAGGAAAAGGUCCAGGGGUGCCUUCCCCUCAGGCAGAGAGGGGUGACUGCUGAGACCCCUUUCCCUCUCUCCCCCUCCCUCUAUUGGAGGGGGUGCCCAGUGGGUGGGGAGGGGGGGAGGCUGCAUUGCCUUCCCCCCUCCCUCCACCUGCUCACCCACCCACCCUUGCCUUUCUGUCUGCGGCAGGAAUGUGGGGGGGCUUUGAGUUGAGAGGGGGCGCUCACUGCAACGGUUGCUGGAGACCCCCAUCCUAUUCGCUUGCUGCUGCUGCUGCUGCUCGCGGGGUGCAAGAACUCGACUGAACUGAGCCUUUCCUGCGGGUUAAAUUGAGCCUUUUGUGUGUGAGGUGUGUGUGUUGGGGGGCAAGACCCCCUUCCCACCUCCACUUUACCUUUUGGCUUCCCUUUUCUGGGUUGCUCCCUUGCUCCAUUAUCAUCCUCUGGAAGGACGUGGCUGUUAUAUGAAGGUAAGAGGAUAUUAUUGGGGGUUUCGGUUUUAAGUUUUCAAGUUAAAAUGGGGGACUCCCUCUCUUCCAACAUUUUUAUUUUUUAAACAAUAAAAUUGUUACAUGCUCUCGUUUCAAAUGUUGGAUGUGUGAUAUCCCUUAGGUUAAGGAUGUAGAGUUAAAAAUUACCAGCCCACCCCCUAGAUCGCUGUGUGUCUGAGUGCUAAAUGUUGGAAGACCCAAUAGAUGCAGAGGAAUGUGUGGCAACAGGAAAGGAGGUGGGUGGGUGAAUGACUGUUAAGAGUUGCCAAAUCAUAAUUAUCCAAAGUAUUGAUCUGGGGAGUAUAGCAUUUAUUUACAGUUUUGGAUUUGUUGAAUUAUAUAGUGUAUAUGGUGCUUCUUAAAAAUGCAAUAUGCCUUCUUUGAGUGUGCUGUUUGCGCUAGAAAGGGAGUUAAAGCGAUGGUAAUGUUAUUUUAGGUCAAGCUAUUUUUCAGUUCAAUAUUGGUUCACUGAAGAUUGGGAAGGUCCUGAAGUAAAGGGGGUCUUUUCCCCCUACCUUUGUUAGUCAAGCUGAUGUAUUUACAGUAGAUGCAGACUGGUAACAUUUGUAUAAAUGGUUUCUUAAACCCAAAGGUUGUGUAUGGUUGACUGUGUUGUGUUUGCGUUCUAUUAUGUUAGCUGAAGAAGCAGCAGGAUUACGUUAUUCUUAGGGGGAGUGGAGCCAUGACAAAAUUAGGUUGCAUGGAGGUGUGUAAGGGUCCUGUCUGGGUUCUUGAUUACAUCGGUAUUUGAAGAAAUGCUUUUCUAUCACCAAGGCAUUCAAAUAGGUCCUGAGAUCAAAAUGUUGCUCUAUUGUAUUCCAUUAAUUUUUUUGCAGAAUUAUGAUGUGUGAAGUGUUACGUUACAUUUCUAUAUUUAAAAAAACUGAAUAGGCCAGGCAUCAGUUACUUUGAGGUGUAUUUCCAAAAUACAUUCUGUAAGAUAAAAAGUCAAGCUAGAAUGUGUUGCAUUGUAUUUUCAAGGGGUAGUUGCCUGUAUAAGAGGUAAAGGGACCCCUGACCGUUAAGUCCAGUCGCGGACGAGUCUGGGGUUGCAGCGCUCAUCUGUAUAUGCAUGUACAAAAACCGAGGUUCCACUGUAGUAUGAAUGAUCUUGUAUCUAUCCUGCUUCUAGCAGCACAGUUAAGGGUGCAUUACUGUGUGUCAAUCUCAAAUCAGCCAUUCCUAUCACUGUAUGCAUAUACUAAAUAUGCAAGAUAGUAACUUUGAAAAUAAAGAAAUUAUAAUUAAAGGCUAUUGCAGCUUUCUUUUCAUUUUGAUGUAGUUCCAGAUGAUCUUAAGAACCCUAGGGUUACACUUCUUUGGGGGGAUAUGACACCUGACAUAUCUCAUGUAAAACUCUCAUUUGUCAUCUUCCCUUUGAAAAAGAUGUCAUGCCAAAUCAGAUGCCACGGUUUAAAAUGCCAUUCAGAAGAACAAUAAGGAUAGUGGUAGUGUUUUCUAUCUAUUUCUAAUUGAUUUUGCAACUUGAUUUUGCUUUCUGAAAUUACUUUUAAAAGUUCAUAGCAUAGAUUCACACUGAUGAAUUGGGCCAGGGUUUCAUAUCAAUAAGGUGGGGGAGAGCUCAAUUGCAAGUUACUUUGUUUCUAAAUUAGUGUAUACAAUUAUCUUAUUGAAGGGGUUUAUGUUAUAAUAAGCAAUUGUUACCUUUUUUAUAUCUUCUGAAUAUACUCUUGUAUGUCACCUGCAGAGGAAAGAAUGUUCAUGAAGUUUUUUCUACUGGCUAGUUUUUAAAUGAAAUAUAGUUUGACAUUAUCAAAUAAAGUAGCAAUAUUCACAUAGAAAUAAAAACAAUAGAGUUAUAUGCAUGUAAUAAAUUAAUAAAAUUUGCAAAAUUAGUAUACUUAACAUUUCUCUUGCUUUUUAUGCUUCUGAAAUCUUAGGCUUCAGCAUCAUUCCAGAUUGUGAAAAUUGGACUUCACAAUAGUUCUUUAGGCAUUUCCUCAUCUCAUGAAUUACCCAGUCUAGAAUACUGUAGUAGAUCUUUUUUUCUUCAUCUUUGUUUUGUCAAUGGUUAAGUAAUGCUUUGUAAUGCUGGAUGCUAGAGUCAAUAUUUUCUGAUACUGUCAGAUGUUUUGUAAGCCAGUAAAUCACCAGUGUAUUACAAUAAUAUGACUUUGUCAAAUGAACAUUUCUGCAGCAGCAUAGCUUUACUAGCUAGCAUGCUGCAUAAAGAUAACAUAGCACUUACUAUCAUUCUUCUGUCCAAUGUACUUUUGGCAUCCUUAUGCUUAAUUUACUUUAGUCCCCCCCCCCCCUUCAUACAUUUUAAUGGAAUAACAGAUGAUAGGCCUAUUCAGAAGUCAGUCCCACUGAAGUAAGUGUGCAAAGGACUGCACCCUAAAUCCAGAAUCUGGUAUGUUAUACCAUCCCUUAUGGUAGUAUGCAUAUUUAGAAUGUCUCACUUUUUGAUUGAAAUUCUGUCCUGAAUACUUCAUUUAGGACCUAUCCUGGGUCUUGCAUGCCAAUCAAUAAAUGUUUAGUAUCGGCUAAAUUAAUUUUUGGAAAUGCACAGUAGUACAUGCCAUUUAAAAAGAACAUAAAGACAUUGAAAGCAGAUAUGUUGAUUGCAUGUGUUUAAGUUCAGUCACGUGCUACUUCGAUCCAAUAAGGGGUAAUUCAUAUGUGCAAGCAAGUUUCCAUGUACAGGAUGCCUACAUUGCAUAGUCAAAUGGUUGUUGUAGUCAGUGUUAGAAAUUCAGGUAGACAAGUUUGGUGCCACAUGACACCUGAAAACUAGGUUACGGGUGCACUAACAGAAUGUCUAGGUGAUUUUAUUUAUUUAUGAUGAUGAUGAUGAUGAUGAUGAUGAUUGUAUAGCAAGAUUACAGAGUUGAAAAUGAAUGAACUCCAGCCAAAAUCUUAUGUUAAUUUUUCAUAUGAUCUAGUCCUCAUCUGAAGACCGCAGAAAGCUCCCCUAAUAUUCUUAUGUGGGUCCCUUCUCUAGUCUUCAGGGAGUGGUUGUAAGUGGGAAGGCAGAAAAAGGUACUCCAUUCCUUCCACUCUGCAAACAAGCUCUUGAUUGUCCCUAAACCCCCUUUCCUUCAUAUUAUGUAAUCUUUCUGGCACAACAACUAACACUUAUUGCAGGCCUACACAACUGAUGGUAGAGACAUCCACCUUGAGUGACCAGUUUACACAAUCUAAGACUUCAGUGUCCCUCAAUGACCCCACUCCAAAUUUUAUUUAGAUUUUAAGCACUACUGUGAUAGUCUGAGGUAAAUUACACUUUAAAAUGCACAACUUAAACCGUCAUAAACUAACCAGAUAGUAUAUUUCAAAUUAAAAGCAUAUCAUACAUUAUGCCCCACGUACAUUAAACAAGGCAACUAAAACUUAACCAAAACAUGUUGGGUUUGAAACACAAACAAAAGGUUCUGGAAAGCACAAGCUCAAGGAAUGAAGUUUAAUCCCCAAAUACCUUUCCUUCUCAGCAGAUGUUAUCUGAUAUUGCUCCAACUUCCUGGACUCACCAACCAUCCUAACACUGGGAUGUUACUGGCAAAGACUGUCUCUCCCCACCCCCAAUAGGUACACACAUAGCUCUUACAUGGCACCUAACCCCUACAUCCAGUACUAACUUUUGCUUCUGCUAGAAAGCCUUUAGAUAAACUCUUAACUGCUUCCCAGUGCAGUAUCACUCCCAACAUCCAUCAUGCCUACCCACGUUCCCUUUCUCCUCUCCAAGCUGACUCCUGGAAUGCCAACAUAUCCCUUCCAGGGAGUUAUUCCACAUGUACCCCCCACCCCCAAGCUCUUUCUUUCUCACACGUGACAAGGCUUAACACGACAGAUGAUAGCUCAGUUAGUUAGAGCAUGAUGCUGAUAUUGGUGCUGGCAAGUAGUGGUGCCAAGGUUGCAGGUAUGGGGCAGCUGCGUAUUCCUGCAUUUCAGGGAGUUGGACUUGAUGAUACUCAGUUUCCCUCCCAACUCUACAAUUCUAUGAUCCCUUCAUGUUUCUCCAAACCACACUGUCCCCACAUUCUGAUACUCUUCAUUGCUCUUCCUCAUGCUCCUUCCAUGUUUUGUCAUGUCUUCUUGGCACUUUUAAUAGUUGCCAGUUUUAAGAGCCUUACCACCCCACCCCACAGAGGUGUGUGCCCCAUGGGCCAGUAUGGCGUGGCUGCAGCCAGGCUGGGUCCCCGCAAAAGUCCUGGAGCCGGGGGAGGAGGAGCGGACAAUGCCGCCAAGGCAACCAGAGUGGGGAAAGGAAACCCACUGCAGCCAGCCAUAGGGAGCUGAGCUGGGUGAGGAAGUGGAUGGAGGCAACGGACAUCAGGCGCUCCGAGAGCACCCCACAGAAAAAGAGAAGCGGUGAUGACUGGCUGGUGGCACAGAACCAGCCUGGCUCCAUCGUCAGAGCCCAGACUGGCCCUGCAAUAGGGCAGGGGGAGGGAGGGAGAGAAGCACCUAUCCGGGUGGCCUGACCAGUUCAGUGUGGCUGCUGUGAGGUGCCAUUUGGCUCAUGCUCAUGCUUCGCCAGGGAAACUGGGGAAGUUUCCCUCAGCGGUAACAAUUUUACUUGUGAGUAGCACAAGGCGGCAUUUUGAGUUCUGCGCUGUCAGCAGUGCCAUCCAGGUGACUUACGAUAUGGUGCAAGCGGGGGUAGUAUCUCUCAGCAGCAAUUUUACUUGUGUGUUGAGCAGGUCGGCACUUUGACUCUCACACCGCUCACAGCACCACCCAGGUGACUUGCGCUGCAGCAGGCGGGGGGACGGGACGUUUUACUCUUGAGUCUCAGGCGCCAUACAACAUGACCAUGAUGCAAAAUGUCCUUAGCACCCGGGGAGUUUGGAUGCUGGUUGUGGUGGUCCAGGAUCUCCCUAAUUCCAUUGCCUUGUCCUGUACAGUCAAUUCUGGACGUGAUCCAGAAGAAUGUGUAGCAGGAGAUUGUUCUGCUACUGUUCUUGGGGAACUCCAUUCCUUCUGUUGGAAGGAGGGGGACAUGGUGCAAACGCCUCCUUCCUGCUAUUCGUCUUUUUGGGGUGGGGAGGGGAGAGGAGAGGACUGCAAGUGCUGCUCUAGUCAUAGAAUUGUGAAUCUAUGGAUGACUGAAAAACUAAUCCCAUUGAUUUCACUUUGUGGUUUUCGUGCAGCUACAAUAUAGUGGAAGGAUGAGUGAAGACAACAGUGUGCCUGGGGAAUGCAAGUGGCUUAAAGCCAAAAGCUCAUUUGAAGAAGCUGUGUAUACAUGGUUAUUGCUGGCAACAUUUAUGUGCCUUUCUGGCUUCACGUAUAUCUUUUUUUUGGGGGGAGGGGGCUAAUUUACCUUAGUGGUAUUGUAGAAACAUCUGUAGCUUCCUGAAAAGCAGAAUGAGUGAUGUUUUUGUACAUGCACAUUUCUUUCCCUAUCUACUUUUCUGAUAUAUUGGGCUUGGAUAAAUUUGUAUUUAAAAACAGUUGCAGUGCUACAAAAAUAUUGUGCAUAGUUUUGUUGCUCUAGCUUAUGUUUACCUUUCUAAUUCCCAGAUUUUGUAGUUCUUCAAGCUUUGACAUUAGAAGGGUAGAACUAUCACUUGGUAUAGAUAUAGCUCAAAUACACCAUGAACAAUGUCUGGAUUUUUUUAAACUGACAUCACUUUCUAAACAUGAAAAAGUCACUUAAGGUUGCAUAUUGACUAAGGAUGUCUUUUUGGUUUUAGCCUCUGUAUUGCAAAACUCGUACAUGGUGUAUGUGGAUUUCAUUACAGCAUCUCCAGUUGGGUCUCUGCUGUAGGCACUCCUACAUAAACAGGCUACAGAGAUUCCCAAUAAGUACUGACUUAUGGGGAAUCUCUCUGGCUUCUCCUUGUAGGAGAUCAGGCUACGCCAUAAGUGGCCAGCCUGCAACAAAAGCUAGUAAACCAGUAUAGCAUGGCCUGCUUGCCUGAUACUGGCAUGUCAUGGCUAAGUGCUUGUCUGCCUGUUCAUCUGGCUCAAAGAAACAGUAAGAGGCAGAAUGUCAAAGGCAAAUCAGGUUGCAUAUGUGCUUCAGUAUGUUCAUCUAGGAUAGCAUUAUCUCAUUGUUGGAGCCUGACUUGUGGCACUUACCCACACUAGUUGGAUGGGGAUGUUAUAGCAUUAACAUCUAGGAUUUGGUAGGAUUGGGUAUAAGCUAGCACUGUAAAUACAUACUUUUGUCUCUGUGUGAAAUUUCAUUGAUUUCUACACAUACACAUACAUGAAGUUGCAAAAUAUUAAGACUGAUUCAAAUAUUAUGUGUUUUGGUGCACAAAUAGGCAUAUAACAUGUUACUGCAGCAAAUGUGUGUCUUAUGCAUAUAGUCAUCAUGAAUCCAGAAUGGGCUGCAACUCCUUGUUGUAUACACAUGCUGGCAAACUAGUAUAUGGAAUGGUCCACACCUAAAGCAGUUAAAGCCAUUCCAUGAAAAUGGUGACUUACACAGAUGUGCAUUUUUAUUCAAUAUUAUAUCAUUUUUAACAGAUCCUAGUAAUUUAGAGUCAUUGACUAUGAUAGUAGGUUGUAAACAAUACACGAAACAGCAUGAGCUAUAAGUUAAAGUACAUUUGCUAGGAGCAGUUCUGAAUAACCAUACAAGGGACCUUGUUUAUAGCUGAAAUAUAACAAUUCUGGUGUAGCUAGUAGAUUGUGACUAUUGUGUUUUAAAGGGGAGGAGCAAUUCAUUAUAUCUCAGAAAACUUUGCAAUAUUAUUAUUAUUAUUAUAUCCUGCCCACUCUGGACGGCUUACAGCAUAUAUAAAAACACAACAAAACAUCAAACAUUAAAAAACAGAAUAUUCUAUGCAGGCAACAAACCAAUAAAUCAAUGGAAAUCAAUAAUAACAAUAAUAAUAACAGCAAUAAUAAACAGUUUACAGUUAUACCCAAAUUAAAAUAAUCGCCAACCCCAACUAAACAUUUAAAGAACCCCAACCCAACAAAAACCAAAAAAAGGAACCAAAAUUAGAACCGUCUAAAACAUUGUAAAACAUUUUGGCCAUCUGCCCAAACCCAAGAGUUGUUCUAGCAAUGUCACAGUGGCUUUCCAGGAGUCUUUUUUGGCUGUUCAAUGUGAGUCUGGGCCCUGCUUCCUAGGCCAGGUAAAAAUGGGCCUUGCAGCCGGGAGCAGUCUUCCUUCCAGCACUCAUUGCAGUUGCUGUAUUGGCCUUGGAAUAAGAUAUAUUUUAGUCAUAUGUGACUAACGCCAUUAGUCUAGUUCCUCAAUUUGCAGUACAGCUGCGAGGCCCUGUUUUUGGUGAUCUGCUGCCCUAGCUACUUGGAUUUCUCAUCCUGAGUGCUUACAUUUUGGUAAGGGAUUGGGUGAUAUACAAUAUUUUUGAUACUAAAGGCUAGGUAUGCCAAUGGUUGAUAACUGGCCAUCCUUCUUUCCUGGCUGGUUAAAAUUCUUUGUAACUGAGAUACUCAUAAAUUGAUCCAGCAAAAGGUAUUGCUUAACACUUUUUGUACUUGGCAUUAUUGGGUUGGAUUCAGCUUCUACUUCUGGAAGCUGCCUUAGCCUGAUUUUCAGGGCUUCUCCCUUCCCCCUCAGUCCCCAUGCCACACCCCAUCAUUUUCAGCAGGUUCUGCUGACCUCUGGGAGAGGCUUUAUAGUUUAUAGGGAACUGAUAGGGGAGGGGGGAAAUCAGGCUAACAUUGAUUUUUCUCUGAAUCCAACACAUUCUUGUAUUAUUAAAUUGGCUUAAUGUGUAUCUUUUACUAACAAAUGUUCAUAUGCUGUAAUGCUGCUUUUGUCUAGGCUGGCUGCUUGGCUAAGAAGAGUUUCACACUUCCAAAGUUAAAAGAUGGCUUGGAUUCUCCAGAAAUAAUCCAUUGAGAGUAAUAGUUUGAAACCAUUGGCUUUAAACAUAUAUGAAAACACACAAUCUGUUGUUGAGGUUACCAGGAAUUGAUUUAUGCCACCCUGCUUUUCACACCAGUCCUUUUCUGAUUUUCUCAUUUACUAAUCAUGAGCCUUUGGAUUUUCUGUAGCACUUACUGUCCAGGCUCCCCCGCCCAAGCUACAACAUGGUUGAACAAGCAAAUCUUUCUUUUGAGACAAACAACUGUUCUUUCUUUUUGUACCAUGUGCAUUCUGGUGCCAUCACUGCUUACAAAGUGAUGGAAAGUCAUCAGUUAGUUUCACCCUGCCUUUACUCAAGCUGCUGUGAAAUUGUUGUGUACAGAAAUAGUCAUGCUGCAAGUGUGCAGCGGGAAACUGAAGAGUGUACUGUGGUAUCAUGAGCAGGGACAGGGUCACAGAAAGGUGUGGGACUAGUAAGCACAGCUGCUGCCUGUCCCCUAACACUAUUUGAUGGCAUUGCUAUAGCUACAGUUCGUAUGGCACAGUGAUUCAUAGGCCACUUAUAAUAAUGUAGUCUUAUUGAUUUCAGUGAAAGUGCAUCAGAAUAAAUAGUUUGCGUAUGCCAGGGAUACCUUGUUAGCUCUUCGCAGAUUUUAAAGAGUACAAUAUAGUGUUGGCCAUUUGACUUGCAAAAUGAAUACAGUAGUCAGUAAUUCAGUAAAAUACUGGUCAGUUAUACUGUACAGUACUUGCAAACAAGGAAGAAGAGGAGACUUCCUGAUAGAUUUUCUUACACCAUCCUCAUUUUUCCCACUGGGGUGAGGGAAGCCAGCAGCAACCUUGUAUCAGCUGAGCAGGGUGGAGGGAGUCAUCUUCAGUACCUUAAGGUAGAAAACAUUCAUUGUUUCCCCUUUUUCUGAUAAUGGAGGGUUCAGAAAACUUGACUACCCAUAGCAGUUUACCAGUACUACAGUGGUACCUCUGGUUGCGAACGGGAUCUGUUCUUGAGGCCCGUUCGCAACAUGAGCAGAACAAAACCCGUGUCUGCGUGUGCGCUGGUCACGAUUUGCCGCUUCUGUGCAUACACGUGACGUCAUUUUGUGCACAUGCGUGAGCGGCGAAACCCAGAAGUAACCCUUUCCGGUACUUCUGGGUCGCUGCGGGACGGAGCUUGAAAACGUGCAACCUAAAACAAACGUAACAUGAGGUAUGACUGUAUUGCUACUUAUCUUAAAAUUUUAAAUUGUUCUUUUUGUCUAUAGAGAAAGUAUAGGUUUAAAUAAUUAGUGAAGACAACUCCCCUGAACUUCAGGUUUAACAAUUUUCGCAGUAGAAGGAAUUGUAAUUAUGACUUCGAUGAAGAAUGAUCUGUAGCUGUACAGAGGAAUCUGGAAAAAGAAUUCUCAUGAGUCCUGUGUCAGAAUUCACUGUGGGAUGUUUUCUUAACACAGCUCAGUAAAAAGUUGGUUUUUAGGGUUUUUUAGGGUGAUCAGACUCUGCAAUAUUAAAGCAAAUUGAAUCUUUUUGACCGUUUGCCAGUAACUUGUGCAGGUGUUGUUGGCAGGUCUGUUGAUGCUUUAUCAGUGUAUGAGGUAUAUAUGUACUGGGAAGAGGAGUUCACUACAUCUUUGUAUCUCCCCCUCCCCUCACCAAAUUAAAUAGAAAAGUGGCUUUAUUCACCACUUGGGUUGAUUGCUAGUCUUGGGAGUUCUUGGCAUCUCCUCAUUCUUGAAAGCCUUUUUUUGCUUCUUUACAUUUAGCUUUCCAAGUGCUCUACAGCAUCUUCUUUUCCGUUAUUUCUUUCCUCCCCCCCCCAUUUGACCUGCCUUGUAUUUCUCACUAAAGAAAUAGAAAACAUGUUGUGAUGUAACUCACCUUUAUUGUGUUAGCACACCAGUGACUUGUUAAAAUUAUUACUUUCCCCUGUGAUAAGUAGGUAUGAUUUGGUAGCUGAUUUUUAAAAUACUUUGCUUAAGAAGCAAGGUCUACAGUUACGUUGUGAUUUCUAGGAAUAUUUUCUGUGAACUUUCUUGCUAGCGAGAAGUUUAGUUGUACUCUCAAGUCACAAGUGAAGUGUUGUUUCAAUUCAUUCUUCAGUGAAUAAUCAAUGGAUUUUUAAGAGGAUGCACAUCUCUGGAACACUGUCAGACUUAUAAAUAUUUAUGAUGUGGAGGGAAAGCACAGUGGUUGUGCUAGUAAUUUUUAAUUGCUUGGCUCAUUUUAUAGCUUAAAGUCUUCUAAUUUCCAACUAAUCAGUUAAAAUUAAAUAUUCUUGUGGAAUACCUUCUCUUCCAAAUUUUACAGUGUGCUUUAUUAUUUCUAGACUGGUCCAUUUCGGAUUUGUUCCAUUGUUUACAUGUACUGUUUUGAAGUAUGUACAGUCUUAGUGAUUCUUCACUUACAUGGGAGAUAUCCAGUUGGUGUCCCUCUGCUGGCAGAAAGCAUCUACAAGUUGCAUGGGGAGGGUGACAGUCUUCAGCAGUUUCCCUCCCCCAUCUGCUCUGGAUAACUGCUCAGCAGAUGGAGGUUGGGGCAGGGAACUGCAGGAAGAGAAGGAAUUGCCAGACAUUGCCUCCUUUCCUGUUCCUAGAUGCCUUCUAUAAGCAAAGGGACACCAAUUGGAUAUCUCCCUAUCUGUCAUUUCUCUUACUGCAAGAUUUCUGGGGAUAAUAAAUUUUGAAUAGAGAAGAAUAGAAUGCUAAAGGUGUCUUUUGGUACAUUCAGGAUAUGUUCUUAUUAGGAAGAGCAGUGCUGAUAUAAACAGUAUAAAAUCCCCACGUCUGUAUUUGAUAGUUGAAAAUUGUUUAAGAAAUUUGCUCUUACUCCUACUAUUAACCCAUAUGUGCACAUCAGCAUCUAGGUACACUUCUCUUAAAUGAGUCACACUGAUUUCACUUUGAAAGAAUGGCAUUCUAAAUAGAAAUAGCACGAUGCAUUUAUUCAUUGCUAGUGCUGAUUCCACUAAAAUACUGUGCAAAAUAAAUAUUCAAGUAAAACUGCAGCAGGUAUAAUUUAUUUAUUCAGUUUGCAACCACCCAUUAACCCAAAUGUUCUCAUCCAAAGCACAGUGUUAAUAUAUAAUAUUGAUAUUUCAAGUCCUGAUAGGUGAUAUCUGAAAAAGUAAGCUAGUGCAAGGACUUCUGGCUGUGCAACAGAACUUAUUGUUCCUGCAUGCCCACUAAAUUUGCACUAGGUUUUCUCCAAGCCCUCUGUAGCAGAUUUGAAGGGCUUACAGGGAGAUGAAAGGGUGUAGUUCGAUUUUGCAGAACUAUUUUGUUGGGUACUUCCUAAUGGGUUGAUUAUAGAGAAGUGCAGGUAUAGUUGGGCUAGUGCAACAGGGAUUUCCUGCCCCUUCUGCUCCACUGCACCCUAAAAAUCUCUGGAAUGACAUGAGACCAGCAGCAGAAAGGGAGCUGUAAGAAUUCCAGUGAUGCAAGCCAUCUUUUGCAUUCAACCCAUUUUGCCUUAAAUUCUGGCUUUGGUAUUUUUGUGUGUCUUAAAACUAUUUAUAGAUUUGUGUAGAAAUCUUAACUUGGUGCAUUUUAUUGAAUUCAGAUUAGUUUAAAAAUAUUAUUGGGAUUUCAUAAGCUAAUCACUUUCAGAAAUGCUACCCUAUCCAGAAAAAAAUGCCAAAUAUAUGGCUAUUUGUUAUGCUUAGUGCUUUUUUUCCUAGCAAAAAUGGUGCUGGUACUCACUGUGAAGUUGUUACACUAAGUUUCACACUUUUAACAGUAAGUACCAGAUUUAGCCCCAACCCGCUGCACCCCAGGGUUCAUCUUUUUUCCUCCUUCCACACCCAUUCUGACCAAGAAAUACUGAAAGACAAAUUAUUCCACACCUAGAGACUUACAAGUAUAAAGUUGAGACCAACAGGUUGAGACCAUACAUCAGCCAUACCCAAAGUAAUGUGCUUCUGCCAUCCCUGAUCAUCUGUCAUGCUGGCUAGGGCUGAUGGGAGUUCCAAUCAAAAACAUCUGGAUGGCUGAGGAAGGAUACUGUAAGGACAUUUAUUUCUGUGGGUCUAUUCUGACUACAGUGGUGCCCCGCAAGACGAAUGCCUCGCAAGACAGAAAACCCGCUAGACGAAAGGGUUUUCCGUUUUUGAGUUGCUUCGCAGGACGAAUUUCCCUAUGGGCUUGCUUCGCAAGACAAAAAUGUCUUGCGAGUCUUGAGAUUUUUUUUUCGCUUUCCCCCCCUUUAUCUAAGCCGCUAAGCCUUUAAUAGCCUUUUAGCAGCUAAUCCGCUAAGCUGAUAAGCCUUUAAUAGCCGCCAAACCGCUAAUAGCGCUAAUCCGUUAAGCCGCUAAUAGGGUUGCUUCGCAAGACGAAAAAACCGCUAGACGAAGACACUCGCGGAACGGAUUAAUUUCGUCUUGCGAGGCACCACUGUAUGGGUUAGGUGGCUACAACUCACAUAAAAGUAAUGUAUUGGCCAGCAAGGCAUUAAUUCACAGCUUAAAACUCUCUCUGUAGUGUGUUAAUUUAAAAAGAAGUGUCUAUGAUUUAUAGUUAGCAUGGCAGUUUAUGAAAAUGUUAGCGCAGACAGAACAAUUAUAUAAAAAAAUACAUUUGGGGACAAGAGGAAAUUGCGCAUAUGCCUCAAAAUGUGUUAAGCAACAGAUUUUUGGAUCCUCUUUCAAGAAUGCAAUAUCAGUAUCAGUUCAUUGGAAGUCUGCUGUUCAAAUAAAACUGUUCCAACAUAAAGCAACCAAUGACUUAUCCUAGUAUGCACUUGAUUUUUCUUAGAGUAAUACUGGCUCACUCACCUAGUUGCUAUUUGUCUUUUUGCAUCAAUAAAACUAGUAGAGGCAUUCUAUAAAACAUUUGAGGAUCUGAUGGUCCCACAUAUGACUAAAAUAUAUAAAGAUAUUCUAACCUGAGGACCCAUUACCAUCAAUCUGAAAACAAUUGAGAAUAGUAGCAAUCCCCAGACAAUACAAGGAACCCCUCAAAUGUAGAAUCUUACUGUCCAGUUUCCUUACAGUCAUACCUUGGGUUAAAGUCGCUUUGGAUUAAAUCUUUUCAGGUUGCGUCCCAUGGCGACCCGGAAGUAAUGGAAUGGGUUGCUUCCGGGUUUCGCCGCAUGCGCAGAUGCUCAAAAUGACGUCAUGCGCAGAAGCGGCAAAUCAUGAUACGUGCAGACGCGGGUUGCGUUCUGCUCAGGAUGUGAAUGGGGCUCCAGAACGGAUCCCAUUCACAUCCAGAGGUACCACUGUAUUUUAUUUGGAUUAUAAAAUUCUUACAGCAAUCAUGGUCAACAGAAUAAAAAAGGAAAAUAUAUUCACCUGGAUCAGGCUGGUUUUGUUCCAGGAUGCAAGAUUACAGACCCAGUUAGGAAGCUAGUAAACAUAACGUAUUAUAGUAAACAGACCACUUCACUAGCAUGCCAAUCAUUAGAUAUAUUUAAAGCAUUUGAUUGUGUGGAAUCAAAGUAAAUUUUUAAAAUGGAUUUGGCCCUAAAUUUACUAAAUCAUUAGGGAAAAUUUACGAUACAGCAUCUGCCACUAUUGGAAUAAAUAAUAUAGAUUCACCAAAAUGUCUUCUUGGCUGUGGGACAAAACAAGGCUGCCCACUAUCACUUCUCUUAUUUGCUUUAAUUUUAGAACCUAUAGGAAUAAGGCUGUACCAAACUUUAGCUGGAAAGGGGGUAACCAUUAACAGAUAGGAAUACCUAUUCAGACUUUAUGCAGAUGAUAUUAUUUUAUGUACAUCUGAUCCAAUCAAUGCUGGCAGGAUAUUAAGGGAUAAAUUAGAGGCUUUCCCCACUGUUUCUCAACUUAAAGUAAGUUUUCAAAAAAACAGAAGUAAUGCUUUUCCAUUCUUCACUACAGAAAGAAUUAUAAUUACAACUUGGCACAUUGUUCAGAUGACUCUUUUCUCUUGGGUUUGAAUUUAUUUGCUUCUGUAAAAGGAAAUGGCUGCAAGGUGCCUUUGUAGUGUGAUUAUUACUACAAUGACAAAUAAUGGUUUUUGACUUUAUUGGGAAGGGGGGAGAAUAAAAAUAUGAAAUGUGUUACAUGAUAGAGUAGGUAGACUAUGGCCAUGAAGAGGUUAAUGGCAAAAGCAGCUUGUAUGGUGAAUUUUGAAUAGCUUGAUUAAAAUAUGGUGGGAAGUGUUUAAGAGAAAUUUGCAAAAAGAAAUUUCCAUCACAACAAGUUCAAAAUAUUUAUUGCUUUUUAGUAUGUGGUAUAUAAACUGCAAAGUUCAUCUUCAUAACCAAGGGUGUUGUGAGGUCAUUUUUAAAAUGAAUGAUUGGAUAUGCUUAUACUGUUUCUGUCAUAGAAUCAAGUACUCAGAAUAAAAUACAGAUAUACAGAUGAAAAUGUACAGGUCUUUCUGCAUGGCCUGUAUAUUUUCAAGAAGGCAAAUGUUUCUAACGCAUUUGUUUCUGCUUAGGUUUUCUUCCUUGUAGCUUAAUAGAUUGUGAUGAGGAAGAAAGCAAAGAGAGGGGAUAGAUUAGAAUAUAGUGCCUGUAAUCCAAACACUUUCAUCUGAACUAGAGAAAUUUCAAGUUAGACUGAGAUUAAGACAGGCAUGUCCAAAGUCCGUUUCGGGGUCUAAUCCGGUCCGUUGGUCGGUUUAAUCCUGCUCCUGUGGCAGUUUAUUUUUUUGGGUAAAAUCCUUUAAAAACCCCAUAACUUCAAUCUAAAAAAGCUCAACAAACUAACUUCAAUUUUUAAAAAAGCUCAACAACUUCAGUCCUAAAAAUAAGUCAACAACUUUGGUUGGCCCUUUGGCCGGCCCUCACGGCCCUUCACUUCAUCAAAUCUGGCCCUCUUUGAACACCAGUGGAUUAAGAGCUUUAUUCUGAUCACAACAAUUGAAUCAGUUAACACAUGUGUAUAGAGGCCUGGGACUUCAUCUAAAUAUCUAAUUCACCUGAUAUAUCCAGUUAUAUCACUGUUGCUGCUUUCAAGUGAUAGUGUUUGAUCAAGAAUCUAGGGCACAAUAACAAAUUUUUGCAUCAGAAAAAGUAUCCCAGGAAUUAAGGAUAUGUGUGGAAAUCCCGUAGUUGGAUUCUACCCCAGAUUAAAAUGAAACAAAGCAAACAACCCCCACCCAUUCUAUGUGACAGGGAGAUGUCUAAGUACGAAUUCCUGCCCUCGGUAUGGUAGUUUGUUUCUUGUAGGUGAAUUUAACGGGGGGAGCUUUCAAACACGUGCUUCUUUCACCUGAUUUUAAAGCAAUGAUGAGGGAAUUGUUUGGCUUGAUUGGUAACUGGGUGUGGCAAAAUGUUCUCUGGAUUUGUCCCUUCUUUCGUGGCACCUUGACUGCUGUAGUGGCAACAAUCAAAGUACUUUUGGAUCCCAGGAAAUAAUGUUUUACAGUCCACCUGAUGUCCAUGUUAAGGAUUCAGACAUCUUGAAAACUACAUUUAUUCGGGCUCCUGGUUGUUGGCAUGAGUGUAGAAAUGAAGCAAAUGACUCUAUUAAGAUUUCACUUUUGGCUCCCUUUUUGAAACAUAGUCAAGCAUUGACUUCUGAGUUGCAACCUAAAACGAAAACUUUGGGACACUACUAUUCCAAAAUGGAGCUGUUGCUGGAAAGUAGUAUUACAUGCAUAUUUCUUCUCCAUGAAUGUUUAGAUCAACUUUCAGGUACUGUACUAUGUGUAAAUCAGCCUAUCAUAGCUGGUUUUUGUUUUUUAACCAAAUACCAGUAUCUGAUAGCUUUCAGUUUAACCUUUUUAUUAGACUUUCUCCACCUGUACAGACAUGCACAGUCCAUCCGCAUACAGAUUGCAUACAGUCUAGACACCAUGAAACAUCAAGUUUAUCCAUCAGAAUAAUGAUAUUAUUAAAAAUAACCCAAAAGGAACAUGUAUGUGUAUGUGAAAAGACAUCCUGCUGUAUGUAUGAAUCUUAAUGAUUUGUUUAAAAAAAUGUUAUUUAGGUGGCAUUUGUCUCUGUUUAGGUUGAGCGAUAUAUACAGAGAACUUUUUUCUUUUCUUUGUACAGAGGAAUUGUACAGAGAAUUGUGUGUGUACAUGUUGGACGGUUUUCUCAAUGGAACAUUUCAGUCUGAAUGUUUGCACAGGUCACAAAGUCACUAUACAAAUGUGUUUUUUCACAAUAAAAGGUUUCUAGGUAUUUGCUUAAAUUUAUUCUUUCUUUUCAACCUAUUUACAGUGGUACCUCGGGUUACAUACGCUUUAGGUUACAUACGCUUCAGGUUACACACUCCGCUAACCUAGAAAUAGUGCUUCAGGUUAAGAACUUUGCUUCAGGAUAAGAACAGAAAUCGGCCUCCGGUGGCACGGCGGCAGCAGGAGGCCCCAUUAGCUAAAGUGGUGCUUCAGGUUAAGAACAGUUUCAGGUUAAGUACUGACCUCUGGAACAAAAUAAGUACUUAACCCAAGGUACCACUGUAUUUGUUUAGUCAUUCCCCACUUCUCCCCCUGACAGGGAUUCUGACAUUGUAUACCUUCACAAGUAACAUGUUUAGCAAUCCUGAGAUACAAAUUUGGACUCCUACCAUAUGAAAUAAACUUUUCAAAGUCUUACAUUGAAGUCCUAGUUUAAAUGAUUUUUUUUUUAUUUCUCUUUGUAUCAGAAAGCACAUCAAGCACAAGCUGUGAUGUAUGUUUCCAAGAUCAUAUAGAGUUCACAGUUCAUACUAAAUCUGUCACUUAUCCCUGCUGAAACUAAAGUGAUCUUACUAUCUUUUGUUUGGUUCUUAGUUUUUUUAAUAGUUGGUGAGCAAUUGCCUAUUGGUUUGUGCCCGUCCCCCGCAAUAAUUCAUGGGAUUUAGAAUAUCUAGUGACAUGCAGAUAUUUAAUUACUCAAAUUUAAACAAUUCCAUUCAUCCUGUGAAAUAUUUACUAACAUAAUUGGGAAACCUUGUAAUAAUAACAACAGGUUAGAUUAGGAACAGCUAAAUCUCUUUUUUUACUUGCUCUCUACACCUUCAAUUUUCUCUCACCAGUUGAGUUCUUUCAAUAAUCUAUGUUAAUGGGAAUAAGAAAAAUGAACAGUAAUUUAAAAAAAUUGGGAGAAUUGAAGUCUUUAUAGUUGAAAUUCUAGAAUACCAGUAUAAUUGGAUUCUUCUCCACCUAUGAAAAAAAAUCUCAAGUUUUUGAACAAGGCCAUAAUUUUAUGCAUAAUAACUGGCAUAACAAGUGGGAACUGAAAGUGCACAAAUAUUUUGAAAGCCCAAAAGGAGGAUUUACAUAUGUCAUGUACCAUGCAUAUUGUUUUCAGAUUCCCAGCCUUCCUCCAGGAUCUCAGGUGGUGAUUUUCCAUCUCAUAACUCUGUGAAAUAGGUUAGACUGAGAGGUAAUGACUUGCCCAAGGCCACCUACAGAGUUUCAUACUGUUCAGGGAUUUGAAUAUGGAUUCCCACAAGUUUAACAUUAACCACUACAUCCCACAGUGUCCCAAUGUUAUAUUGCUCAACAGGAAUAAUUGAGGAGUAGAUUAAAACAGAAAAACCACUCUUUGACUAUUUCAUAGAACAGGAAUCCUAUGUAGAGAGAAUCAUAUGCUUAAGUAUUAUAAACGUUCUCUCACAGCCUUACCUUGUACUGCAUGUUUAAUGGUAACUACUAAAACAAGAAACCAUUUCCCAUAUGGUAGUGACUCUUGCAUGGGAAACUUCAUUUGCAAACCAGUCUCAAGAUGUUACCUUUGUGUGCAGAAUUGGGUAAAAUAGUCUGCUGUAUUCAUUGUUUUUUAUCUGCAAGUAUCUGAGAAGUGAAGAAAAGCCUGCUGGAUCAGCCAAGUGGCCCAUUUAAUUCAGCACCCACUUCUUAUGGUGGCCAACCAGGUGCCUGUGGAAAGCUCUCAACAGCACUCUCCCCUCCUGUGGCCCCUUGCAACCAAUAUUUAGAAACAUGUUGCUUCUGACAGUGUGGGUAGAAUAUAUCCAUCAUGGCUAGUAACCUCUGAUAGCUUUAUCCUCCAUGAAUUUGUCUAAUCCUCUUGACACAGCAGGAGCCAGUGUGGUGUUCCACAGAUAUUGCUUGACUACAGCUCACAUCAUCCCUGACCAUUGUCCAUGCUGGCUGGGGCUGAUGGCAGUUGGAAUCCUAUCUACGUGUGGGAGGUACCCAUUCCCAUUUAAUGCUAUUAAAGCAAAUGAAAUGGAGCUGCACACUGAUCUUUAAAAUUGUAAACCACCUUGAGUGCCUUCGGCAGAAAGGUGGUAUAUACCGUAUUUUUCCCUCUAUAACACGCAGAUUUUUUCUCCUAAAAAGUAAAGGGAAAUGUCUGUGCGUGUUAUUGAGCGAAUGUGUGGUCCCUGGAGCCGACAGGCGCGAGUGAAGGCAAAAAUCAGGCAAAUAUCAAUCGUCCGGAGAAGGGAAGCCUUGAAAAGAGGAAGCUGCUGCUUUCCUGCAUUCUGCCUCAGGGUCUUACUGCCCACCCGCUUCUGUUUGUUACUGUGUUUGCUCAAACGGAACAAAGAGCAGAGAAAACCCCUCCCCUCCAGGCAAGCAGAGGGGAAAGCAGAGCGUCCUUCCUUCUAAUUCCUCUCCGUGCUCCAGUGCUGCAACAUGCAGGUGGGGGAGAGAGAGAGAGAGCUGGCUGGCUUGGGUGGGUGCGUGGGGGGAACUUUUGCCUUCCUUUCCUCCCUCCGGUAAAACCCCUCUCCUGCAUUCUUAGCCAGCUGCUUCUCCGCACACCCCUCUCGGUGCUCCUUGUCCCUUCUAUGUUUUUCCUUCCCUCCCCACUUAAAACGUGGUUACAAAGCACAGAUCCACAUGGAUCCUCAGGAUCUUUGCAUAGGGUCACCCCAAAUUCACCAUCAGAUCACAUAGCAAUGAUCUGAUGCAAAAACAGGGCUGCAAUGGUGCAAAAACGUGGUUACAAAGCACAGAUCCACAUGGAUCCUCAGGAUCUUUGCAUAGGGUCACCCCAAAUUCACCAUCAGAUCACAUAGCAUGUCCAUGGCUACAGCCUGCACCAAAAAAAUCACGCACCCACUGUUGCCUGGGGCUGCAAUGGUGCAAAAACGUGGUUACAAAGCACAGAUCCACAUGGAUUCUCAGGAUCUUUGCAUUGGGCUACCCCAAACUCACCAUCAAAUCACAUGUCUGUGGCCACAGCAUGAAGCACAAAAAUGAUACAUCCACUGUUUCAUUCAGAAUUUUUUCUUCUUGUUUUCCUCCUCUAAAAACUAUGUGCGUGUUAUGGUCAGGUGCGUGUUAUCGAGCGAAAAAUACGGUAAAUGGAAUUAUUAACUGAAUGAAUGGAUGAAUCUUCAGUUAACACAGGAAGUUUGAAUUUUGUAAUGAUUGCAAUAUAUGCAGAAAUAAUGUCACAUGUGUGUGAAGUGGUUCUUAACUGAAGCAAAAAUAUGUGCCUGUGUCAAAAUUAUAUCAACCACUAAAUCAUAGAAGUAUAGGCAGGAAAUGCAAGGUUCGGGCACGAUCCCUAUGCAUAUUCAUUUAGUUACAUGAAUGGAAAAUGGGAGACUAAUCUCUAUACAGAUGUAAUGUUCAAAAAUUUAAAAAUCACAAGAUCAGCGAAACCUGACAUCUACAGAAAUAAUAGGCUUUGUUUGUUUGUUCAUGGUAAAUAGAAAUAUGGACUGCUUAAAGCACAAUGGCAGCAGAAGCACUGUUUCAAGAACUCAUGACAACAAACCAUCUGUAGCUUAAAAUAUGCAAAUAAAAGCAUGGUUUAUAUCUGAGGCUUCAAAUCACUGAAUUUGAAGACUUUGGAAGAAUAGAACUUGGAACUGGCAUUCUAGUCAGUGUCUCGUUAUUUAAGCAGACUGCACUAAAAGUGAACAUGCCCAACCAAAUGUCUUAACUGAGAGCAUCAUGCAGCAGAACCUAAGAUGUAGGUUUAUUUUCUUGCUUAUUGCCUCCCCCUUUUUGCUUUCUUGUACUCCUAUCACUUUCCUCAUUACUUUCCAGGUACUGAGUUAUGCUUGUUCUCUAGAAGUGCAGAGAUAGGGAGGAAACUGCUAGAAAAUUAAAAUCAUGAUUAUGUUCAAGGGAUGUUAAUGGAAAGAGCUUAGAUCACAUUUUUUGAUCAACUGAAAUGCUAAGUUGCAAUCUGAAUAUUGGCUAAUCAUAUUAAAUAACAGGAGAUAAUUAGUUCUUUUAGUUGUAGCAGGUCCUUGUAGCAAGCGGCUGAAAGGAACAGCAACUUGUUACAGAAAUAUCUGUGUUUCUGGUCAGGGAAAUCUAAGGCAAAAUUUAUUGAAACCUGAAAUGCAGAAAUGAGAAAACAGAGGAGUAAUUUGUGUUGUUUUUAAAAGAGAAUUUAAUCCUAUCUCUGUACAUGUGCAUGUCUGUCCUUAACUUUGUUUUCUGUUUGAUUUGAUUUACAGGUUAUAGUUGACAAAAUUAAUGUUAUCCUAAAGCAUAUACAAAGCUGGCAAAUAUAAAUAGCUAUAGAGCCAUGUUUACAGAGUAGUUUAAUAAUAGUCUGACCCUUGGCUGCAUGCAUGGCAGCUUAGAUCAGCAUCACACACAUUUUAGCCUUGAGUUUUACUCCUCAGGAGAAACCUUGAGCCAUGUUGCAUUACUUCUGUGCCUUGCCACAUGUUGGCAGUCUUCAGAAUCUUGAAAAUCUGGAUUUUAUUAAGUAUGUAAUAACUGUGAUUAAUAUUAAAUUAAUAAUUUUUUAAACACAACAGGCCUGCUUGUCUUUUUAAAGUGAAUUUUGAAAGUGUUAAGCAAAAAUACAGUAAAUGAUCUUCAUUUAGAGUUGCUUGAAUAGAAAUUUCUUCAUUGUUAUAUGUCAUCCUCUCAUGUAAUAUAUCUAUACUUUUUGAAAGGCAGGCAUUCAAAUAUAUUUAUUUCUGUUAAACAUCAUGUUCCAUAGCCUCAAGGAAAAUGGUGACCUUAUUCUGCUUAUUAUUUUAGUUUUCUUAUUACAUACAUUUGCAUAUUAAAAGGUAAAGGGACCCCUGACCAUUAGGUCCAGUCGUGACCGACUCUGGGGUUGCGGCGCUCAUUUCACUUUAUUGGCCAUGGGAGCCAGCGUACAGCUUCUGGGUCAUGUGGCCAGCAUGACUAAGCUGCUUCUGGCAAACCAGAGCAGCACACGGAAACACUGUUUACCUUGCUGCCUGAACGGUACCUAUUUAUCUGCUUGCACUUUGACGUGCUUUCGAACUGCUAGGUUGGCAAGAGCUGGGACUGAGCAAUGGGAGCUCACCCCGUCGCAGGGAUUUGAACCACCGACCUUCUGAUCGGCAAGUCCUAGGCUCUGUGGUUUAACCCACAGUGCCACCCGCAUCCCUAUUUGCAUAUUAUCUUUGCUUAAAUAUAUUUUUCUCAUAAUGUUGUUUUUCUGUCCUUGGCUUUUAAAUGGGUCAUUUAACAUGGGUUCCAGGGAGCUAAGAUCCACGCAUUAAACACUUUUAAAAGAAGCUAAGAAAUUUUCAUCUUCCAAGUAGCACUUUUAUGGGAUACGAAAUUGCGUGUCCGUCAUGUAGUCCUUCCUUCCUUCCUUCCUUCCUUCCUUUUGUUUUUGGGGGCAUGUUAAGCCCUUAUGAAGUAGCUUAUGAUUAUGUUUACCUUCUUUUGACAGAGGAGCAAAUUAAGCUCUUAUAACUCUUAAACUCGGAUAUAAUUUUAGGAUUUCACACAGAUUGCUUAUGGUUGUACUUUUCAGAAUCCUUAUGAAUAUUUAGUUUGAUUGCCAUAAUAUAUACUGAAGAAAUGUGCAACAUUUGCCUCCCUCUCUAUUUCUGUUUCUUCUGUGUGCUGCUUUCUCUUCCCCAUCACCUUUUUUAUUGGCUGCAGACUUUCCUUCAUCUCCCAUGUUGAAGGCAUACACAUAUUUGGGCUUCCAUCUAAACAGCAGAAAAAAAUAACAAUUAGCUUUGAAGUCUGUGUGUCUUUUAGCAAUAUAUAUAUAUAUAAUAAUUACUUUGGUCCAUCUUUCCUUUUAAAAAUAAGUAUAAUCUUUGGCCAUUAUAAGUACAGUAAUAGCAAUAAAUAUAUUCAUUUCCUAGAGAGAUGUAUGGAAGAGAGACCUUGCAUAAUACAUGUGGUGUUCCUUCCUUUGGGAGGAAGGCAGGGAUAUAAAUUUAAUAACAUGGCCACAAAAACAUUUAGGUAAAAGAGACCCCUUUUAGUAACACACAAAACAUAUGUAACCAUGUUGUCCUAUAAGAAAUAUAUUCAAAAGCUGGAUUAGGCCAACACCUUUCUUAGGGCCACCAAAAAGUAACAAAUAGUGAGGAAGCUUUUGAGUUUUCCAAAACACUCUUAUCAGGCUGCAUGUUAAACAAAGCCAGUGGUGAGGUCGGGGAAGAGAAGAAAGUUGCUGCUAUGUGUAUAACUCAGAAUCACUUAUGGCAGUGAAGGGGUGAGUACUGUGGGAGUGCACAUAACAUAGAUUUCAGUCCAGAUCAUGAUUUUGCUCUUCUGAAAACAGGCAGUCUCUGCCCAACAUGCUUGUUAGGAUGUCUGUUUCAUUUUACCUUGAUUAUUCACUAUUGAUUUUUUUAUGGCCAUAGCUUUUUUUCUUCAGACAGGAAUUGAUAAAAUUUGCAGGCACACCAGCCCCUCUGGAGUGAAUAAGGCUUGGCAAAUUAUAAACAAAUAUGUUCAGGGACUUUUGUGCUGGGCAAAGUUUAAAGUUUUAACUUUUUAAAAAAGGAAAUUUCUAACUUUAUUUUGGGGUAGAAUUGAAUGACAUUUGCAGGCAAGACCAGCCUUCUGAGGGCAUGAAUCCUCUGGACUGAUUUCAGAAGGAUAAUGGCCGUGGUUUCCUGGAGGGGCAGCGAUUACAGUUUUAGGAACCCUCCCCCCAAUCUUAUCUUACUUACUGUUCUGUGGACAUUGGUGUGAAAAUUGCAGACUGGAGGGGUUUUCCUGUGUAAGAAACCUGCCAAAUUGUAAGCAAAUAGGUUCAAGGAAUGUUGUUCUAGAUUUUAUUGAGGGAGCUCAAAGGGAAUCGCUUUCUGGGUGAAAUCAUUCCCUCUUAUUAGAAGUUUGACCUGUUGGACACAACAGAGCUCUAGUGUUUAUUCUCCCUUCCUCCAACAUUCAUCCCUAUCAUUGUGUUAAGCUUAGAAACAUUUAUUUUCUUUCAGCAGAAGCUUGUCUGUAGUGCUUUGUUCUUAUGUUUGGGUCACCAAAGCACCAUGGUCCUUGCUUCAAUUUGUACCACCUUGUAUAGCUCCCACUUCACCUCAGACUAGCCAAAACCCCUUGAGUUGGUACCCCUUUCCCUUGAAAUUCCACAUUUGCCUGACUCCAGUGUAAACCACUAGUGAACAUACAAAGGGUGAGCACAUACAAAGGUGAGACUUCUCCAACUAUAAAUGCUUCUCUUUUAGCAAGUAUGUAAGGUACUAUACAAUAUUCUGCAAAUAGUUCAUAGUAACAGUACAGGGUGCCAACAGCUUAUACUUAUUUGGGGAUGAAUGACAUCUUGUUUUCUGUAGCAUUAUCUGAUGUGCUAAUGCCACAGAACUUAGCUUUUGGGGGUUUCUGCUGUGAUAGGCAUCACAGAUGAUACAUGUCUCUAUUGUUGCUCACAAUAUAUUCAUAAUUCAUAAUGAAUAAAAUGAUGAUACCUCUGCCUCAUCAUUUUCUGUCUUACUUAUUCCAAACGGUGCCAUGAGAGCAGUGACUUAUAUAAGAAGUAUUGAAAUAGCUGUUAAACUAAGUUUGCUGUGAAAUAACCUUGAAAUCCCAAUGUGAAGUCCUUGGGUACUUUAGGGUGUGUAAACUUGGCAGCCAAAGAAAGUCAAAACAAACUUUCUUAAUGAGUAAUUCUAGAAGACUAACCUUGUAUGCAGAAGCAGAAAGAUAGUGCUGCGGUACCAAAGGACUUGAACAUGGUCAUCCGUCAUCUACAUUUUAAUUUAUUCACUAUACUUCUGCUUGUACAUGCAAACCUGUCUGCUUGUAUUUUAUAUUUCUGAAGGAUAAAUAUGCUGUAGCAUACAUGAGGGGAAAGUGUGAACCUCUUCAUAAGAAAUAAUGCAGUAAACAGUUUACAUAGCAACAAGGUCUGGGUGUAUGGACCACAUGGAUCAAGUGUACAUAGACUGAGUUCUACACUACCACUUUGGGAACAUUGAAUUAAAAGUAUGAAUAGCAGGAGCUUGGUACUGCCUUUAGCACAAUCUGUUUGGCUACCUGUUGUGUGGUUUCUAAAAAUUACUAAAAAUAAAAAUAAAAAUAUGUACACCAGCCAGUUAUGAUACACAUGGAGACUCCUGCAAGCAAAGUGAGCUGACAAUAACUUACUUCCAUAGAUAUCUGACUUCAUCAUCAAUAAUGGAUCCAAAAUAUACCAAGAAAAUAGGAUGAGGGAAAAUGUAGAAUAAACCAAGUUAUAGAUAAUGAAGCACCAAAACAAACACAGCAGCAAAUUAAAAAUUAAAAAUAAUGCUUGCUGGCUCAUUCCCAACAGAGACAGAUUUCUUGUGUACCAUACUCUCUUUUUUUCAGCAUCCCUAGAAAGCACACCAGUGACUCAUAACCUUCCUAGUGUGUCUCCCUCUCGGCUUCCACUGCCCUGAGAUCUGAUCUCAGCAGCUAAAAUGCAGCAACUAGGAUUAUGCUUACUUCCAAAUCAAAUGGGCCUUUUGGCAGCUCCAAAUGGACCUUUUGGCAGCAUGUUGCAAGAUACAUGUGCCCCAGCUUAAGUCUGUUGCACCAUCAGUACAGAGAAUUUCAUUCAAACAUUUGUUCAUGUGGCUUAUUUUUUUAAGCCUAGACUCACUGCACUAUAUUGGAUAGUAGUUGUUACUUGGUUGCAUUUAUUUUGACAAUAUACUUCAUGGAAUCUUGACACAGUAUAUCCAGAUCUACAGCCUGUGUGUUGCAUAACCUUGAACCCUGUAAACAAGAACAAGUUAUAGUACAGUUGGACACUACACAUUCAAAUGAGUGUCACACAGGUCGAGGUUCAUGAUGGUCAUUGCAUGUAUUUACAGUGGUACCUCGGGUUAAGUACUUAAUUUGUUCCGGAGGUCCGUUCUUAACCUGAAACUGUUCUUAACCUGAAGCACCACUUUAGCUAAUGGGGCCUCCCGCUGCUGCCGCGCCGCUGCUUUGCAAUUUCUGUUCUCAUCCUGAAGCAAAGUUCUUAACCUGAGGUAAUAUUUCUGGGUAGCGAAGUCUGUAACCUGAAGCAUAUGUAACCUGAAGCGUAUAUAACCCGAGUUACCACUGUAUACACUUAGGACGCUAGCUUUCAUAUACAUACACACACACACAUCAUUUGUAUACUGUCUCUGGGCAGUCUACAACAUAAAAAUUACAUUAAAAUAACAAAUAAACACAACUAUUAAAUCAGUCAAUUGCAAACUGAGUAGAAUGAGCAUUUUCUUAAGUACAAAAUUAAAUAUAGGAGGGACUGAAGGCACAACUGUCUGCUGCAUACAGCAUUAUGUAGUAGAAUCCGCCAUUACUUUUCUGUACUGUAUACAUACUCCAGGCAGGUAGAAAUUGCUGUGCAGAGCGUUCUAGCUCCAGCUAGUAAACUUUGCCCCUGCUGGCUUUGUGAUCACUCGGGUGUUGUGAUCUGGAAAAAGAAUCAGCUCUUUGCCUUUAAACUGCUCUCUUGCAGGUCCAUGAAGGGAAAAUAAUUCUGUUGAAUUUCCAAGGGGCUCUUUCCUGAGCUUUGUGGUUCCCUGCCAACAAGCAUCAGUGUAAACUUACGGCGUGUUGACUUUCAUUUAAGAACAAAGCAGUGGUGCUUCUUCACAGAUGGGUGUUUGUGUGAGAGUGUGUGUGUGUGUAUGUGCUUAAAAAAGCUUCAUUUUAAAAUGUAAGUAUGAGUUAAUUUAUGUAGUUUUGAGCUGAAUUUAGCAUGUUAGAACUGAACUUUUAGUAACUAGGGAGGAAGCUAUUGUAUUUCUGAAAUUAUAAUGGAGGGAUAGCUUUAAACAAAUCCUUUUGGAAUUAUUAUGUCAAGGCUACAUAGAAAUUUUAAAAAAUGUUUUACUCUUUGCUAAUCUAAGUAUGGAAGUGUAUGGAAGUGAGAGCUGGACCAUAAAGAAGGCUGAUCGCCGAAAAAUUGAUGCUUUUGAAUUAUGGUGCUGGAGGAGACUUUUGAGAGUCCCAUGGACUGCAAGAAGAUCAAACCUCUCCAUUCUGAAGGAAAUCAGCCCUGAGUGCUCACUGGAAGGACAGAUCCUGAAGCUGAGGCUCCAAUACUUUGGCCACCUCAUGAGAAGAGAAGACUCCCUGGAAAAGACCCUGAUGUUGGGAAAGAUGGAGGGCACAAGGAGAAGGGGACGACAGAGGAUGAGGUGGUUGGACAGUGGUCUCGAAGCUACAAACAUGAGUCUGACCAAACUGCGGGAGGCAGUGAAAGACAGGAGUGCCUGGCGUGCUCUGGUCCAUGGGGUCACGAAGAGUCGGACAUGACUAAACGACUAAACAACAACAAUCUAAGUUUAAGCAUAGGACUAAAAAACUACUUUUGGUACCUGCAAUGUAUCUCUCUUUUUUUUUUUUAAGAAUAAUUUUUUAUUAACCGACCAAUCACAUCAAAUCAAACCAAAUUACAUAAAUUCCAAAUUACACAGCCAAAUUUUAAAUUUUUGUUGGGGGUACCCAUAUUUCAAGUUCCGAAGGGGAUCCAAUCAACUUCUGUUUUAAUGUCCACAAAUCUAACCAUAUGAUGUUCACAGUACUAUCCAGUCCUUUCUUACUGUUUUUCCACAUCUCUUGUUGUUAUUUUCAUAUAUUUGUCCUUUCUCUUUGUGACCUCUGAUAGUCUCCAAAGCUGGUUAGAACAGUUUGUAAUCCUGCGUGGAUAUUAUUAUUUUUUAUCCAGUAGCCAUAUCCAGACGUUUUCCAUAUAACAUCACUUCCAUACAUCAAAACAGUCUUAGCGUCAUUAAUCUUCACCAAUCUGCCUCCUUUCUCAAAACCUCUGAGGAGAUUCACCAGGAAUGCAUUCUGAAAACAAGUCCGUUCCUCCUUCCGGUUAUAAAUCCUUUGGCAAGAUGGCGACUCUGAAUUAAUUGCUGCGCCAUUCCAAAAGCUCUUAUUGCUUCUCGAUCUCCAUAAAGCAUACUUUUGGUUAAAGUUUAUCUCCACACAUAGUAAAUCACAUAGAAGGAAAGUAAAAAAGGUCCCCCCCCCAUUCAGUCCCGUUGCCGACAUACCCAGCCUUUGGUGUAUCUUCAUUGUAAAAUAUUCCUGUUUCUCCAACCCGUCGUCUUUUUUCGCAGAGGUCACUUAAAUUAGCAGACUUCACUCCCCUUCUUCACUUGAAAUAUAUGCAUUUGCUUCUUUUGUAAUUAAUUAUUCCAAAUUGCUGCAGCUAGUGCGCGAUCAGAGACAGCAUCCAGGAGAGCCGAGGUCCACACGGGGGCAUUCUGCCUAGUGCCCUCACCCCCUUCUUUUGAAUUUGGGGGUGAUUUAUGGGCACAGCAGGCAAGGGCAGUGUUCCCCAUUCCCUUGGGGCAACAAGGGAGGCUGCCUACUCCCAUAACAGCCUCUUAAUUACCUCGUGUGGGUCGGAGAGAUGGUAUUGUCGGCCAUCUUCCAAUGCACCCCUAGUGGCCCCCCCUGCAAUGUAUCUCUUUAUCUUCUUCGAACAACAGAUCCACAUGCCACAUCACAAUUUUUCUUGGUUUUCAAAAAUGGUUCCCUUAUGGCAUGGGGGGCUGCUCUUUGAGCAGCAAAAGUUUGAAGACUCCUUGUGCUUAUUGAACUAGUGCUGUGGUACUCUUGUCCUUAUUCUCAGUUUAUAACUAGCAGGGAAUAAAACCCAUUCUUGGUUCUACAGACGUUCUUUUAGCUUCAUCUCUAUUUAACUUCCUGUGGCAGUUCUGGUUCUUCUCUAGUAAGAGUUCUUUCAGCAAAGCAAAAAAUGUACUUAGCCAGUGCAGAACCUUUGAUCUACUCUAUUGACUUUUAUAUUUUGUUUGAAGAUUAAUCUGUAGUUUGGCAUGACAAGCUUUGCUUACAUUUAUAUUUAUACUGUUUGCGUUAUAACUUUAUAACCUGCAUUUCUGAAAGCUUUUUUAAACUCAGUGACGUUUACUGUUGCAACACUGUAAAACUUUACAUUUGGGUACUUGGAUUGUGUUUGAUGUUACAUACACUAAAAGGAGUUAGCUUUCCAUGUUCAUUGUGUUAAGUUUGUUUUCUGUCUUCUACACUAUUCAUAAACCUUUAUAAAGCAGUUGUUUGAAGAAAUGAGCCCACUAAGUUUGCAAAAUACAUAUUGGACAUAGUACUUGAAAACCUGGUCUCUAGAAAGGUGGCUACUUAAAAUUCCACCUUUCAGAAUUAGAUGUCAAAGCUAUAACUUAAAUAAAGGAGAGAGGUGGUGCUUAGGAUUGCUUUAAACAUUAAUUUUCUGCUGUGAACUAAUGAGGGGAAAUCAUGAAGUGUGGUGUGGCUUUCAUUCUGUUUAGGACACAACUUCAUUCUCAUUUCCAUUAUGUUGCAUAAUAUAUAAUAAAUUUAAAAGGAUAAUUUACAUUUUACGAGCACAUACAGAUUAGAGUGAGAUGAUUGCCAUCAGAACCUCUUGACAUAUGGCUGUGUAUGGUUGUCAUAACACAUUUCAUAAAAUCUCCAUGGCAUUGCUAGCAGCUCUUUCAAAGGUGCACUUCUGCCAUGAUUUUUUCAUAGGUAGAUGGGUGGUGUGAGAUUUGCUUAAAACAACAGUAUGGAUCCAUCACCAUAUGGAAGCAGUACUUGGAUUUUACACUACAUACAUGAGGUUGGCCCCUCAAAGACAACGAAGGAUUUUACAGAGAUUGCCCUGUGAUCUGUGCUUUGUUUGCUCUUGCCUGCAUUUUCCUCCAGAACGUUUGGAUCUAUUUUACAACGCAGACUUUCUUGACUUAAAAAAAUAAAUUUUAGAAUUUAUAAUUAUGGGUGGCUGUGAGAUAAUAUUGUAAUGUUCUUUCCUAAAUAAGAAAGGGUCAGGUUAAAGUUGGCACUCAAGGAUGGCAGAAAUUUGCUAGUUUCAACUUGAAAGGAAAAAUACAUUUAUUCUGUAAAACUAAGUAGAAUAUAUUUGAUACAAUAAUUGGGAUUAGCUUUUAUUAUUAAACCCAACUUCUGAAUUAUCAAGGGUAAAGUGUUUAUGAUCUUUGUUCCCCACUUAAGACGUUGUGUGGACAGUAAUGACCGCACGUUUCCGAUUGCCUGCUGGCAGAACCUACAAUGUACGAGCAUCUGAGCUGGCACGAGACAGACAGCAUACAGAGGUGGUCUGCAAUAUUCUUCUUCUGGACAAUACUGUACAAGCUUUUAGAGUUAAUGUAAGUAUAAUAUUUUAGGAAACAUGUUGUAUCUCAUUUAGAAUUGCCUCAUAGUAGAGUCCUAGGCUUUAGAAAACAUGCUCUUGAUUUUGCAUAUUUAUUUAAUCAAUAGUAUACAUUAGCCAUCCAUUUACUUACAUUAACAUGGUCAUUAAUUCAGAGUCCUUUCCUAAGGGCCUCCUCUUGUUGUUUUUUUGUUGUUUUUUUUGAAGAGGCUUCUCAGCAGGGAAUGGCCUGAGGAGGAUGUGGGAAAUUCACCUUGCAUGAGUGCUGGCACUAGGUACAUCCAUGUAUACAAUGUUUUAAAGACUUUGCAGAACGCACUAUUUUAAUAGGAACCUUUGCAACAAAUAAUAUAGCUAAAAAUGUUUUCCCUCUUAUUAUACCUUGAAAAUGAUUCCUUGCUUAAUUAAAUACAAUGAGACCUAAAUAAAGGUCGUUAUUAAGCUAGCAUAAGAAUAAAUUUGAAUGUUAUACAUGUUUUAUAUUAGUACAUUCGUACAAUUUAGAAAUUAUUAUUUAUUAUUAAAAAGAGUUUAAAGCAACUUACAGUUACAGAAAUAAGGUGGGUCUUAAUUCAUAUCAAGUGUUAAAAGCCAGAGGUGUGUUAAAAUGCACUCCUUCGGACAUUGUCCCAAAGCAUCUUUUACAAAAGACAUUUGCAGUACAGUUCUAUGCAGAUUUUCUCAGAAGUCCCACAGUGUUCAACAGGACUUACUCUCAGGGAAGUGCACAUAUGAUUGCUGCCAUAAUGGUUUAUUUUGAUUAUUGUAACCUUUUUGCAUGUAUUUAAAACAAAAGCAUAUAACUACAAAUAACUCCAUAUUUAACAUUUUUAUUAAUGCUCCUUGUGUUAAAAAUCAAAUGGAGGCACUAUUCUCCCUGCCCAUUGAGUGUUGGAUACACAUAUAUUUUAAGGUUGCUUUGCAAAUAAAUUUGAGCUUUAUGAAUAUGUCAGCAGUAGCCAAUAAUUUAACCUGUCUGUCAGUAAUAAACCUACAGAGAUGACCUUGAUCUUUGCUGAAUGGAGGCAGCUUGUGACUGAUUUAGACCAAUGAUGGGUUUUACAGUUAAAACUUAGGAGCUGCUUUAUCAAAACACGUGUCCAAAUAAAAUAUCUUUUUGUAAUGAGCAAGCUAUAGAAAUGCAUUAACACAGAGAUUUGUGGAAAAACAAAAUGCCAAAAGGCUACUUAGGACACUGUUCAGACCCCUCAAAUUUACAAAGGAAAAAUGUGUUGUGAAAUAGCUUUUCCGUGUCAAAUGUUUCUCAACUUUUUUGGUCCUCGGCAUUUAUUGUGCACAGAAAGGAAGUUCUGCAUAAGUAACUUGGCCAACAGGCCAAAGCAUGCAAGGUAGCGUGAAAGGAAGCACAUAGUCUGGAAUGCGUGAAAGAAACAAAGGAGUGGUUAGGAAGCAAACCUAUGUGGUUUCGGAGGUAGAAACAUGACUAAAGUAUUUUAGGCAGGGGCAGACUUGCUUAGCAUUUUUAUGGCCACAAGGCUGCAUUGUAAUAUGGUGGCAGUAGACAAGUCAUCUGAAUUUGAGACAUAUAGGAACAUGUCAUCUUUUGAGCAAGCCAAACUUGGCUGUCACAUUCAGUUAUACUUUGCAAAUGAAGACAUGUUUAAAAUAAAUAUUUUGAAAUAUGCAUGCUCUUUUGUUUUUAUCAGACAGUUUGUAUUCUUGGGCCAUGAGUAGCUGACAAGAGAAAUUGUAUGUCAAUCUGGUCCUUUAGCUUUAAGUAAAUUAAGAGGUUCUUUUCAGAUGCUGUGACUGAUAAAAUUUCAGGGAACUGUUUUUAGAAUUGGCAUCACUUUGAAAGUCUCAGCUCCUUGCUUCACUGGCUUUAUAACCACAAAAGACAAGGUAAAGCCUGUGCCAUGGAAGCAUAAUGUGUUUCAGAAUUCAAAGAUCUGAAAGAUUCACACUAGGUUUAAAAAUGCAUAACUGGCAUAUAUAUAGUCAUGUACCUGCUUUGGUUUCUAUAAAUGUGAGUUUUCAAAAUGAAUAUCCAAGCCACUCUUCCUAAAUUGUAGUCCAAAAAUAUAAACCAAGAGACAAUGCAGUUGAAAAGUGGAACUGGUCUCUUGUUUACAUCAUAAAACCUUCCAAAGGACCAGAGUAGAAGUCUGGUAAGGUUUGUUUCAGCUUAAACAACAAGAAAUUUCUGUAUGGGUUAUUUGGGAGGAAGGGCAGGAUAUAAACUGAGUUUAAUUAUUAAUGAUGAUAGUAAUAAUAAUUCAUAUCCCACCUUUCCCACAAUGAUCUCAUUGUGGUACACACACACACACACACACACAUCUUGUUCUUGCAACAGUCUUGUUAGGCAGAGAGAAUGACUGACACAAGGUUAUCCAGUGAGCAUCAUGGAUGGCAGGAAUUUGAACUCUGAUCUUUCAGGUCCUAGUCUAACUUUCUCAACUACUUGAGCAUACUGGCUUGAAAGUGGGAAGAAGUCAAAGUUGAAAUGCAGAUUUUCAGGUUAAAGACAAUAAAACUUUCCGAUUUAAAAGUCUUAAGGUUUUCUCAGAGACCCAGUUUCUGUCUCAAUUUUUCCAGGAUGGGUAGCGAUUAGAAACAAAGUAACCUGCUUUGGUGGUGGUUGAAUCAUUUUGAAAACAUUUUCAUUUGCUAUUUUCUUCCUACAGAAACAUGAUCAGGGACAAGUUCUGCUGAAUAUAGUUUUCAAGCAUCUUGAUCUGACUGAAAGAGACUAUUUUGGUUUACAAUUGGCUGAUGAUUCUACUGAUAACCCGGUAAGCUGUGUCUGUUUUCUAAACAAAUUCCUCUUUGAGGAGUUUGAGAUUGCAAGUUCUACACUUCUAGAUGCUUGCACUAAGUUUAGUUUGCUGAGGGAGAGGCUGAUGUUGCAGAGUCAUUUGUAGGAGAGCUCUGUUUCAGAACUAAGCACUUACUUACUUAAAAAUGAUUCAUUAAUUUUUUGGAGAGCCUGAAAAACCUGAUAAAGUCUCUUGGACCUUACAAGGGAUAACUAGGUGUGGCAUCCCACUUGAGCAACAGAGUUUUGAUUCUGCAAAUGGAACUUACCUUUCCUUCUCCCUUACAGCCCCCCAUGACCCCCCCCCCAUUUAUGGGGUUGAAAAAUCCUCUGUUUGUGGAUUGGAAGAGUCAUGGGGGCUGCAUGGUACAGAAGAGGAAGCGCCAUCACAUUCAUUGUCAUGACAUUGGAUCUCACCCAAAAUGUUGACACCUCUGCUACAGAAAAAGAUGAAGAGAAUCUAUUCAUUUCGCUAGUCUUUCCUUCGCACCCCUAACUUUUGAUUAAUACAUGACAAGUUGCAGAUUUGCUUACAUGCUCUAGAAGGGAUAUACUGGAGAGAAAAUGAUCAGUACAAUCAUUCAGUAUGCCUCACUUGGUUUUAUUUCUGUCACUUUUAUUUGUGACUAGUGCCUGACAUGCAAAGCAAUCAUAUUUACCAGCAGAAGUUUGGAUCUUAGGGUAUAAAUACAAGUCAUUACCUGGUUCUGUACCAGAUAUUCUGCAGAUAUCACAAUCCAUUGUAAUGCUAAUGCUAAUUGUAGUUUAGUAGCUAGGGAAUGUUAUUAACUUAUCAUCUGAAGGCGGGCAUUAAAUUAAGUUUUAGUCUCCUGGUUCUCUAGAAUGGUUUUAUACGUUCUUUGACAAUACUUCAGAUAGUUAAUAUUUUGCUAUAAUAUAGUGGUUGUAAUGGGAACUUUGAAUGUCUGGUUUUGUUCCAGCUAUUUAUAAUCAUUAAAAAAGCUUAUGCAAGAUCUUAUUUAAUCACUUGCAAAGUGAUUAGUGAUAUAAGAUGAUAUAUGCUCAUAGUAUCAUACAGAAUUUCCAAGGUUCAAUGGCCACACCAGAGUGACCUUUUAAAAAAACCCCAAGGCUAUCAACCUGCAGAAUAGUCACAACUUGCAGACUUGCAUCAUUAAGAUAAAUUCAACAGUGUAAAUAUGUUUUGAUAGAUGUAAUAAUGGAAAACUGAUUGGUAUAGUUUUUGUAAAAUAUGCAGGGAUAUAAAAUAAGUAAAAUGAACCAGGGAAAGAGAAGAAAGGAAGUCACUGAUAAUUUAAAUAUGCAAAAUGUUUAUCUGAAAUUGAAAAACAGAAAAUUUAAUUAAAAUCAUAAUUUAAAAAUCAAGGCUGAUUAAAACUGGUAGAUCUCUAAGCAGAUUUACCCUUCUUCAGUUGUCUUAGUAAGGUUGAUAACAAUCUGUUGCAAGAAAACUUGGUGAUAGUAUUUUGUAAAUGAAUGCUAAAUAUGCAAGUGUGCUGUAUUUUCCUGGUUUUGAAUAUAUUUUUUCUCUUUAACUGAUUUGAAGUUUGGAGAACCAUGCUAAAGUUAAGGCAAUGUGUGUCAUGGAAUUUCUAGAGUUAAAACAAAGCAUUUUAGAUAGGAGGAAAAAAAUAGAUGUUAAAAUAAGCUUAUAUGAAGCCCUUUUUUCUUACAAGGAGAAUGGUGAAAGAAGUAGGCUUCAUUUAUUCACUGCAUUGAGGAAAAUAAAAAUUGUAUACCAAGACAACUUUGAAGUGAAAUUCAGAUCCGUGCAUCAGCGUCUGACAAAUAGCAGUUCAUAGAAACAGGUCAUUCAUUGUCCUCUGAUAUUGGUAGCAUUCAAGUGGCAGCUAUAUAGUGUUCCAGGCAGGUUAAUGCCAACUGAAUUCAGAAAGGGUUUAGUUGGAAAUUGGUAGUGUUGAGGGGAAUAGAAAAACAGGGCUGAUCCCAGAUUUGAGGGGCCCUAGACAAAGUGUAUUCUGGUGUGCCCGUUCUACAGUUGAUGGUCCUUGCUUGGCUUACUUGGCUGUGACGGCUUUAAGCAGUACCAGACAUCCUGGGACCCUGGCAGCUGCCCAAGAACACCAGAUGCUAAUGCCUGCAUUGUGGGAAAGUCAUAUUCCUGAUUUCUGUUGCAUCCAGGCUGCUGGACAUCCUUCAGAAGGCAUAAGCUGAACAACUAAACACUUAUUUGUGGAUGCAUAUUUUUGAUCCUAUCUGUUCCAUCCAGAUUGUUAGGCAAGCUUUUUUUCAAAGAGAGAGCGAGUGAGCUGAGAAUAUCGGCAAUCUCUGUGUUAAGUGGAAUUUUUUUCCGUGGCAAAGACUACAUCCCUGCUUCUUGCCCUUAGUUUGAUUCUUGUCAGCAAGCUAGCAUUGCAUUUGGUAGGAACCAGCUUUCUUUGAACUUGUUUUAGUUUUGGUUAUUAUUAUGCCACAUAAGGCAGGGUUUUCAACAGGAACAGUUUUCUUUAUUAUUGUUGGCACGUCCACGUUUCUAUUCCUGUUCAUUUCCACAACAUAAAGCUUUUUUACUGUUGUAAUAUUUUUACUGUGUUGUAGCAUUUACUUCAAAUUCUCACAGAUUGUAAGAACACUCACAGUACAUCAUACAUUCUUUCCUGUUGCACCAUCAGGUGACAUGUUAGAACAACGUGGUCCUUUUGUUUACUGGUUCUUAUAAGAAUAGAGUCAUACUGAUUGUGCACUAGCUUAGAUGACAGAUCCUUUGUGAUGAUAAAGCAUCUUUUCCAGCUUGCAGAGCCUAGAAAUCAGUGGCCUAGAAAGCAAUUCUUGAAUGUUGCACAUAUGGUUGGUAACACACCCCUUGGCUCAGUGUUCAUGCUGGCUGUUUCAGAGAGACAGAAUUGGGCAAGCUUAGUUUCCUAAAGAAAAUAUGGCUAUUUUAAACAGGAUGCAUGUGGCCUUUUGUUCUUUCUAAUAUCAGCCUGCACAUCUUUAAUAGGUGAAGUCUGGCAACUGAUUUUUAUUUUCAUGCUUGUGACACCAUUUAUAUUAGCUCAUUUUCCAAACCCCUGCUAUCUCUCCCCUCAGGAAUUAGUGAGUGUUUGUGAAGUCUACAUCUUUGAGAAAAAGUAUAGACACCUUCUUUAAUUGUAUAUGCCAAUAUAUGUUAAUACUUGGAGACAUACUAUAUUGAAAGCUUCCCUGGAAACUGCCCGGUUUUGCUCUGUUAACAUGUGAAUGCUUCUAACCAAAGCCCCUUCCAAAUAAAACUACUUAACUUUAUUAAUCCAAAAACGGGGGUGGGGUGGGGAAGAGAUAGUUUCAUUUCAGAAUUGAAAAACAGUUCUUGGAAUAAUAAUUGGAUAAAUGGGAUAUCUCAUGCAAGGUGUUAAACUUAGCUACAACAUCUGGAAUUAUCUUACCUUAUAGGCUACUCAUUAUGCUCCCUCUAGUGUUGAGUUCAAUUGCUAAUUUUUAUAGUAAUGUGACAGAUUGUCCUCUAAUUCUUAAAUAAAUUAUUUUAAGUGCCAAUCGUCACUGCUAUAGGGUGUACUAAAAAUGUGUAGUGCUCUAAAUAGAAGUCUAUAAAUGUAUUUAAGGACUCAGAACAGGGUCCAAAGAGCCCACCUUGGACUAGUCAUCAAGGAAAAGUGUGUUUUGUAUCUAGCAAUUGUGACAUACGGUAAAAACAUACAUAUGUACAUUUGUUUUGUUAAGAGAUGUGUUGCAAUAAUGCUUUGUGUUGCUUUAGAAAAACACAUAAUGAAGUAAUCUUUUCAUUCCCCCAGAGGUGGCUGGAUCCAAACAAGCCAAUCAGGAAGCAGUUAAAGAGUGAGCAAAAAUAUUUUUUAUCUAUUUUGAAUGCAAAUGUUCAUUAAAUAAUGAUAAAUAAUUACUAAAUUAAAGUUGUAAAAAUCUAAUAUGAUAUUUUGGUUAAUUUUAGGAGGAUCUCCUCACAGCUUGAACUUCAGAGUCAAAUUUUUUGUAAGCGAUCCUAAUAAGCUUCAAGAAGAAUACACACGGUAUCAGUCUCUCUCUUAUUUUAAUAAGAUACUUUGAUGUUCAUUGCAUAGGAGUGUCUGCAAUUGAUACAAAAAUGUGUAUACAUUUUGAUUUCAUCUGAGGAAAUAGGGAUUUUUUUUAUUACCAGAAUAUCCAAAACUGAAAAUUAUUCUUGAUUAGCAUGUAUUCUGUGUAGCAUAUAUUUUGAACAUACUUGAAAACAAUUCAGUUGUGUAGUUCAUGCCUAUAUCUGGAUUUAGAACUUCUACAUGCUCUUGAACCCAAGUCAUGCACAAUUUGACAAAAAGGCACAGUGUUAUAAGUUGCAUUGUGUUGAAUAUAGUCUGAUCCUUACCCACUCAUCCCUCCCAACUCCUUGUGCGCUUUAAUAUCUAUAUAUUAGGGAAAGCUGUUGUUUAAGGGACCAACCAGAUGUAUGCAUGUUUGUUAAACAUGGGUUUAACCAUUCAUUUAUAAAGCAGGGUGGAGAGUGCAAGGAAGUAGUGAAAUCUUCUACUUCUCCACUUUAUCUUAUGGUGCUUUCUUGCUUUACAGGUUUUAUUCUUUGCCUCCCAUGCUCCUAGCAUGAAAAGUUAACCCCCACUAUUCUUACACUUUAUUAAAAAUGGGCUUACAUCUGAUUUUGUCCUCAAAUUGCAAGUUAAUUAUUUUAGGGUAGAUAAAUAUGUGUCCAAAGGCAUACUUCAAUACUAUACUCAAGUGCCUUGCUAAUGAAAACCAUAUUUUUACAUUUGAAUUAAUCUGUUUUUAACACACACUAAGUAAUGUAGACCAAAGGUUAUUUUUGUUGAACUCUUUGUUCACUGAAGAGUUGAGAGAGCUGUUGCAGCAGUUUUGCGAACGCUGCUUUAAAAUCAAUUGGUUUUCCAAUGCAGAAGUGGUUUGCAAUCUACGUUGUAAGUGAAGUUCAGGCAACAACUAAUUAAGCUCCUUUUGUAUUUGAACACACACAGAGCUGCAUUCACUUCAUCUGACCCUAUCCUCCCCUUGCCCCACAAAAAUAUCUCCCAGGCAGCAGCGUCUUUCAGCCUAUGAUUACAACCAAACAGUCUACAUACAGAGCAGCUCUAAAUUAAGUCCCUGCAAAAGUGUAAUGCUACACUUUAAAAAGCACCCCUAAUAUUUUUAAGUUAUAAAUAACAGCACUGCAAAUAGAGAAGCGAUAUUGAAGAAUACAGUUUGGGUUUUAGCAGUACAGAUCACUCUGCAAAUCAAUGUUGAUAUAGUUGAUGAAAUUGGUAUAUAAUUUCCAGAGUUCAACUUCCAUCAUCAUGAAACAAGAAGUUGGGGAUUUGGGUAUAACUUUUUUUAAAUUGUCAGUUUAUUUUCAUUUACAUCCUGGGGAGUUUGAGUAAUGCAGAAUAGUUGGGAGGACUGAUUUAUGUGUUACUCGAGGACUAUUUUAAUGUAGCUAGAAAUCACACCACAUAGGGGCACCCACCUGUCAAAAUCCCUCCUGCCGCUUUGCAAGUCUUCCCAUGCUUCCCCUUCAAACCCAAUGUCAGAGGUUUAAAAGAGGAGCAUGGGGAGAUUUGCAAAGUGCCCUUUGAAGCAGCAUCCAUUCCAUUCUUUAAAGGAUGGAGUCGAAGUUGCUUCAAAGGGCACUUUUGUCAAGUGCUUUAAGAUGCUUUAACUCUGGUGGAUUGCUACUUGGAAAGAAGGCAGAGGGGGGAAAGCUCUCUUCACUUUCCUCAUUGCCAUACAACUGGUACUAUUAUGUACUCUAGUAUAUGUUUGCUUGUCCUCACAGCAACCUGUGCUCUAGUAAUUGUCAAACUUGUUUGUCACCCAAAACUUCUCAGAAUGCCAAAGAGCAAACCAGGCCCUGCAGCAACAGAGAAUGCACUUAGAUACGAUCUUAUUGAUAGCCUGCUGCAUCUCACAGUUCCAUGGCAAGAUCAGGCCUUUGACAGGAUUGUCAUCUCUGUCCCUUGGAAAAUCACUCAGAACUGUUGCUGGAAACUUUGAUCUGGCCAGCCUAAUGCUGCACUGCCAUUCACCUCUGCCAGAAAACUGCUGGAAAAAACUACUUUGCAAAUUUCCUGCUCCCCUCUUUUCUGCUUUUCAGCACAUGUGUGCGUGGACACGCAGACAUACAGAGAUAGAAUAAAGAGGGGGUGGAUUGUUCCAUCUGCCAAACCCUGAAAGGAAUCAAUAGGGGUGCCAGGGUAGGGCUUCCUAACUUAAUACUCCUGGACUGAGCUUUGGCUCUGAGAAUCUGCUCUUUAACUACCAGUUGAGCUAUUUGUCAUGCACGCCCACCAAGCCACCCUCAUCCAUAUGUCAGAUGGAAGAAGAAAAGAAGAGAGCAGCCUGGAUAGGACAGAGGAGAAAGUGUUGUGCAUGCAAUACGAAGCAGUGGGAGAAAGAUAAGGAGCAAGGGGCUGAUGAGUGCCACAAUUAGAGGCAGAGGCCAAAAGAGACCCAGGAAGAGUUACUAGCAGCACUAGAGAGCCUUGGCUGGUUUGGAUCAAGUUCUGAAGACUUCCGUGCUUCAUAGCAAAACCUGAAGUCUUCAACAUGACUUGAUCAUUUGUUAUUGGUUUGUUUAAUAUUUUUUAGACUGCUUACACCUGAGUGGUUUAAAACUAAAAACCGUAAAAAUCAAUAGAAUACAAAUGAAAAUGAAAGUAAUAGUGUCAAUAGAAGUCCAGAAACAUACCACUGAGCAGUGCAAUGUAAAAAAUAAGUAAAUGUCUAAACAAGCAAAUGUAUUUAAUAGGCAGAAACAAUGUGUCACAGUUGACUCCCCUUGGCUUCCACGGAGGAGGGUGUUCUUGCACUUUGGUCCUCCAGAUGUUGCUGAACUACAACUCCCAUCAGCCUUAACCAGCAUGACCGAAGGUCAAGACUGAUGGGAGUUGCAGUCCAACAGCAUCUGGGAGGCCAAAGGUUCCCCAUCUACUGCAGAAAAGACCAUGUUGAUACUAGCCAUGGUGCAGUGUGCAGGGCUUCCUUUGGUGGUGGUUAAUCCAUACAAGGAAGACACAUACCUUGCUCCUACGUUGUUCGGGGCUUUAUAUGUUAACAGAACAUAGAAUGUGCCUUAGUAGCUAAUGGGCAGCCAGUCCAGUUCUUUCAACACAGGUAUAAUAAGAUACCCCACUCAUCAUGCUAGCUCCUGUGCUGUGUACUAGCUACAAUUUCCUAAGGUCACCUUACCUAAAGACAUUGCAGUGCAUGGACCUCAGUGGGCAGGGUGUAGUAGCUGAACCAAUUGAAGUUGGUGGUGGGUGCUUCAUUCCACCAAGGUCAAGUGGAGUUGUAAUACCCCAAGAAUACCCUCAGAUUAAGUACCUGCUCCUCUCGAGAGUGUCCAUGUCAGUUCAGAACAAGUGAACAGAAUUCCUGUGGCCUGGGAACCACUCACUCAUAGGAUCUCUGCCUUACCAGGCUCAGUCCACUUCCAUCAUCCUUUGCAAGUUUGAAUGGCAAAGAAAAGUAGGGCACAUUGUAAAUAAAAAAAAAAAAAGAAAAGUAGGGCACAUUGGAAAGCAAGGCUUGCUUCAGGCUCUUCAUCCUUCUUUAUUGAGAAAGCCUUUUCACCCCACUUGUGGCUGGAUGUAAAGAUGGCUGGAGCUUGUUUCACUUCAUAGCACACCUGGCUGUCCUAUACUUUUAAAAAAAAUGUUUUUAAAAGGUCACUUGGGGAUCCCCUGGACUGUGAGCCUUGGACUUCUGACCUGAAAUCCAGCCUUAAUGUAUCUACUGCCAUCUCCUGUUCACUAUUGAGAAGCACUCCUGAAAGAAACAUUUUGGAUCCAUGCCUAUGAAUCCCAAGUGUGAAACCAGGAUAUGCUUAAUCCAUACAAGUUUAUGCAGGGGGUGGGCACAAACUACUAUAUAAAAGUAAAUUACAAAUGCAUCGCUUAAGAGUAAUUCACAGAGAAAGAGAAAUAAAAUAACAUGGCUGUGUUUGUGGGUAAUUGCAAUAAAGUGUGUCAUUCCACAACCGUUGAUUUAGAGGAUCAGCUUCCCUUAUGGAAGUAGAAGGAAGUCUCUGUAAAGGCCCAUAAGAUAAAAACACUGCAGUGUCAUACCAGAAUGUUUGCUACAUGGAAAUUCAUGCCUUUCAGAUUUUAUUGGUGACUAGAAAUACUUUAAAGGUAGAUUAGAAUUCUAAACCAAUUUCAAACCGUCACUUCAGGUAAGACAUCUGAGAUGCAGGGGCCAGUAUUAAUACACACUCAUCUCACAAGGCCUAUUUGCUUGGAGGUACAUUUCAAUAGAUUGUUGGUAUUCAUGGGUAUUAUUAUUGUUGGAGGCAUGCCAGUGUGGCUAAUCACAUUCUUUUGGCAUGGGUUAGAGAUGGCAAAAUGGAACUUGCAACAAAUGUUGCAAUAGGGAGGGAUGAAGAGAUAACAAUCAGAAAUUGUUUUCUAUUAAUUUUUAAAUAUGUCCUAUCCCAUUAGUUUCAAAAUACCACACAGAACAACAUUUGUCAAUUGAGGCAUGAAAAUAUGAUGUAGAUGUACCUGAGUCCAAUGAAUGGAUCCUAACCUUUUAUUGAUUUUAUAAAUUCUAAUGUAAACUGCAUGUGUUACAGCAGCACCAAAAUAUUUGGAUUUCUUAUGUUUAUAUGACUUUGAACUCAGUUUAAUUUCUGUGUCUUGCUAGCCUGAAAUAAUGGUAUAUGGUGAAAUGCAGAUGCUGAAGUCAAAAGGUGAUCUUAAUUUUGUUAAUUAAAAAAACAAUAGUAACUUUGUCAACCUGUUGUACUGUGUUUACUUUUUCUUUAAGGUACCAAUAUUUUUUGCAAAUUAAACAAGACAUUCUUACUGGAAGGUAAGAUUUGCUUGCCAUGAAGACUUGGGAACCCUUGCAGACAGUUAUGCAAAAUUAUUUAGUAAUUCAGGGAGAGGGUGGAGAUAAAUAGUGUGAUCGAAUGCCUCAAUCAAGUUAUGAAAAUAUGUAUGUGGCUGCUGGCUUCCCACAUGCAUCCCAUGGUAAUUGGCAAUCCUAUAAUAAAGCCUAUAGGUGUUAUGGAUAUGGUUGCAGUGUUACGGGUUGUGCGUGCAAUAUUUUAUCAAUGAAUCAGGAACUAUGCAUGCAAUGCCAAAUGAGAUUUGGAUCUGCCUCCCAUCCAUCUUAAACAGGUGAUUAGUGGAGUCAAAGCUGACAGUGCCAGCCAUUUAUGUAAGCUUUUGUGAUUGCAUACCUCUAGGUUGGUAUCCAGAUGUUUAACUCUCUUUGGAUACUAAUCUAGAAGCAUGGUUUCCUUUGUAAAGCAAAUAUGUAAAAAUAACAGCUGGUGUGUUUUUAGUUGUGUCAUUACAUAUUUGCCUGCUUUAAAAGGGAAAUCUCUAUUUGAUGCUUCAGUGUUUUUUUGUUAUGUAAUUCAAAUACAUGGGUAAAACUAAUUGGCUCUAAAUAUUACUGUAUUGAAGUGUGUUGGUUAUUUUCCCACAUAGAUUGCCCUGCCCUUAUAAUACUGCUGCACUCUUGGCUUCCUAUGCUGUUCAGUGUAAGUAAAAUAUAAAAAAAAAAAGUUCUUAUAUUAUGCUUAUAAUUUUCCUGAUGUUGUUACUUUUCUUUUGUGUUAAGAAACACUAAACCUUCAGGAAAAAUAUUUGAAUAGACUGUGUUGUGUAAAGCCGAUAAAUUUAUAAAAACAGUUUGUAUCUUACCCAUGUACAGUAGAAUUCUAUGCCUAUCUACUUAGAAGUAAGCCCUGUUGAGUUCAUUGAGGCUUAUUCCCAGCUAAGGUAGUAUAGGAUUGCAGCCAUAAUAUUACCUCUGAAAUGUACAUUGAAAAUAUGAAACUGUUCUUUAUACCUAACAUGUAAAACAUAUGACAAGAUCUUGGCAGAGUUUAUCAUGGCAUUUGUCAUCAAAAUAUGUGUGGCUGUUAAUGUAAAGAUUGAGUGGAUUUCCCACCUAAACAGAGUUACGAUAAAUGUAUAUACCUUGAAAAACAUUUUUCUCUUGGUUAUGUUAGCUUAUUACUAUCAAAUUGACAUGCUUUGUGAACUAUUAUUGCUAAGAUGGGAAUUUAACAACCUCUAAAGCUUCAGUUCUAAAGGGGAGAGGGAAAGAGUACUCAAAGUGGUUAUUCCAUCACAUCUAGCAGUCUGCUGGACUUGCUCUGGCAGGGCGUAGGUAAAGGCACAGCAGCACAUUUCUGCUCCUCUGUCCUUUUUAUUUUUCUUGCUUUAACUAUUUCCCUAUUCUCAUGAACAUUAGGAGCAGAAUUAACCAUGCCAGCUCCAGAGAUGACAUAGCAUCCUCCCUGAUUUGGGGGUGUGGUGGGGGAUUGAGGUGUUUCCUGUUGACCCUACCCAUGUUGGAGCUCCAGUGUCAACAGGGCAAAGACUGUGGAAGCUUCUGUGGUGACAGGGAGGAGGCAUCCAAGGUUACACCUCUCUCUCUGCCAUCCAAGAGUGAGAUCCCAUACUUCUUACUGGGGAACCCUCCCAGGGACCAUAGGAUUUUAAGGUUAGGGUGCCUUUGCCCCCCCUUUUUUAAAGAAGUGAUGCAUAUUGUUGCUUCUGAACAGUUUUUGAUAAGAUUUUGUAUUUUGUCAGCCCUGAGUGCCUCUGUACAACCAUUAAAGUGGUAACGGUUUCCACAGUUUAGCAAGAGUUUGCAAGGGUUUUUGGAAAAACAGCUGAAAAAUCUAGCAUACUGCUAGGUUACAGAACCUGAUUUUUAUUUUUGUUUUUGUAGAAAAUGCAUUGCUUCACAUAAAAAUAUAUCACCAGUACAAAAAUAAAAUUCCUUUUCCAGAAGUAAAUCACAUCAACAAAAGUAUCCGUAUGUAAUAAAAUGGUACAUGUGUAAUCACACUGCAGUUUGUGUGACCGCCAGUAGGAGCCUACCUGACAACUUUUAUCUUCCCUGGCAGGCCAAAGAUCUGGCCUUUGGGCCAGAAAAACUUCUUCAUCCCAGUCUAAGGGGAAGAUGGGUGUAGAGAGGUUUGGCAAACUAUAAGGGGGGUAGUGGUAUGGAGUAAGGAUGUGUGUGGUUUUGGGGAGAAGGUGGCUUUGGUGAGAGGAGGUGGUAGGUGGGGUUGAAGAGUAAAGCAAGCAGGGGCAGCAGCCCCUAGUUGUUAUGUUUCUUGUAGUCAAUCUUGUGGAACUAUUUAGUUCUCUAAUCUUGAAACUAGAGUGCUUUCAGUUUAUACAAACAACAUUAGGUGCUUUUGUACAGUUUUAGACUGAAGUUGUUUAAUAUGUAGUAAAGGCUGGUGGAUUAAUUAUUAUUAUUUUUACCUUUCUUACACUGCAUGGAUUGCAAGGUGCUGAAAUGGGGCUGUUGCUAAAUGGUUUCUCUUAACUUUCAGCUGAACUGGGAGACUACAACCUUUCAGAGAACUUCCCAGGCUACCUCUCAGACUAUUCCUUUAUUCCCGGCCAGCCUCAAGAGUUUGAAAAAGAAGUGUCCAAACUACAUCAGCAGCAUAUGUAAGCAUAAAAGAAAGAAGAAAUAAGGUUGCAGUCUGAAGAACUGCAUGACCAGUUUAAUCUAUCCUCAGCUGCUUCUGUGUGUGUAAAUUAAAAGUAGCUCCUUACAUUAUAACCCCAGGUUACUGCAUGUGUGUCUCAUCCAAUCCUUUUGUGGAGAAAUGACUCAUUUAAGAUCAGGUAACUGCUACAGAGAGAACUAGUGGAGAAAGCUCACUAAUACUGUUUAGGUUUUAGACUUAAAAUGAAUUCAUGCUCUCAGAGUACAUGCAUCUGAAAAUACACUUUUACAAUCAUAAUUGUAUUUUGAAUAUUAAAACUAUAUGCUUGGAGGCGUGGUGUGACUGCUCCUCUUUAGCGAGAGAAAAACCAGGCAAGGAAGCAGGGGCAGUUAAACUGCUAAUUGCCCUAAAGCCGGUGUAACUCCCUCUUGCUCUUUGGGCUCCAGUAAAAAAAGUUUUUAAAUAAGAACCCUCAAGUUACCUUAAAUAUAUUUUAAGCUAUUUUAUGUUCUUAUUUCGUCAUUACAGAGGUCUGUCUCCUGCUGAAGCAGAAUUUAGUUAUCUCAGCACAGCCCGGACCUUAGAACUCUAUGGAGUUGAAUUGCACUAUGCAAGGGUAAGCGUCAAUUGAUUAGUAUUAAUCACGCAAAUAAACCCAAAACAAAACAUAGCAUUGUCUGAAUGGUCAAUAGUUCUCUUCUUAGAAAUUAAUUUUUAAAAUGUAUCAUAAUAUUCAACAAAAUUAAAGUAAAUCUGAUUUCCAUAACGUUACUUUGAAAAUAAUAUAUAGUUCUCUAUUUAAUGUUGUUGAUGGUGGUGGUAUCUGUAUGUCUUGGGUGACAAUGGGGUGUGGCUCCCGGGGUGAAGUCAAACCACUGGAGCAUCACAGCACCUGCUAUGGCUGCAGAGACCAGUAACUCAUAAAUGCUGCCUUCCAUGUUCUUUUUGCUGUGUUAGCAGCACUGAAGUGAGCUCUCUGGGGUGCAAGCCUGGGCAGUGUGUAUGGAGGUCCUGGGCUCCCCAGAUGACAAGACUCUUGGCCUCGCUGAUGUGCUGCAAAGGAAAAGCAGAGCAAUACAAAAGGCACCAGCUUGGCUGCAAGACCUGCCAGAAAGUGGCGUACAAGGCACCAUCCAACCACCUUAGCCCUAAUUAAUUGGACCCAUUUCCCCUUCCCUUCUAAGUUUUUUUUAAAUUUAAAAAUGUAUUUCAAGCAUUUGUACCCUGCUGUUCAGAGCUGCUUACAUACAAUCAAAACAAGUCAGUCCCUGGGCGUACAAUCUGUACAGUGGUACCUUGGGUUAAGUACUUAAUUUGUUCUGGAGGUCUGUACUUAACCUGAAACUGUUCUUAACCUGAAGCACCACUUUAGCUAAUGGGGCCUCCUGCUGCCGCUGCACUGCUGCUGCACGAUUUCUGUUCUCAUCCUGAAGCAAAGUUCUUAACCCAAGGUACUAUUUCUGGGUUAGCGGAGUCUGUAACCUGAAGCGUAUGUAACCCGAGGUACCACUGUAUAGGGGAAAGGGACAGGGAGGGAAGAAGAAAAGCAAAAGCAAAAUUUAGGCACUAGUUUCUAAACAGUUCUUCCUAUACUAACCAGCUGGCACAAUUCAGGUGCAGAAGGUACCUGAUGUUGCUGGACCUCAGCAGAGUGAAUGGAAUGAGCCUUCCGCUUCCUGUCUCUCCCACUGAGGCAGUCUGAUGGAAUGGCUGCCUGCAGAGGACAGCUGAAGGGAGAGGAGGCCUCAUGGAGCUAGCCUGUCACAGCAGAGCCCAUGUCUCAUUUUACUCAGCCUUUCUUUCUCUGUCCCUGAGGCUCCACACCUCUGUUGCCAUUAGUUCUUGUUCCUCAACCACCCACAGAGUGCUGAGGUUCUUAAUUCAAGUUGCUUUGUUGCAUAAGAUUGCUCGUUAAGGUUGGGGUACUGAAAUAGGGUCAUGAGAAAUCUUUGCAUGGGUGUCUGCUACACUGAAGAGUCCCCUUUUGAUUAACAAUUAUUUCUCAUCCAUUCUAGCCAUUGCUCUAGUCUGUCUAGUCUCUCCCUUUGUUGCUCUGUUGUAUAGUAGAGUUUCUGUACUGAGGAGGGAUUGUGGGAGGGCCUCAGGGAUGUUAAUGGAAGGAUCAGGAUGCAAGGUGAAGCAAAGUAAAGAGACAGGAAGUGAUUGUUGAGGCAACAAUGUUUCCUUCCUGUAAACAUUCUAGAACUUCAUCUUGCAUGUUUUCGGGCAAUAAGAUCUGCAAGAUAGCGAUAUGAGAGAACAGAAGACACAUAAGCAUUCAUUUUUUCCCUGUUCUUUUUUUAUAGGAUCAAAGUAACAAUGAAAUUAUGAUUGGAGUAAUGUCGGGAGGCAUACUAAUUUAUAAGAACAGGGUACGAAUUAACACCUUUCCAUGGUAAGGAUGUGUUUAAGGGAAACAUUUUGUUUGCCACACACUUUCUUAAAUCUGAAUAACUUCAUCAUAAAUUGCUAAGUGUACAUCAACUCUAAAUUAGACACUCUAAAAUGUAGCCUUUGAUAUGUCCAGUGGUGUCUCUUGUGUGGCAAUUAGCUUUUGAAAAUAUCCCUACAAAGUUUGCCGCAUAAUUGUAAUGUGAUGAUUGUAAUGGAAAAUUUAGUGCACUUAAUUUUUAUUCAGCUAGAAUAUUUUGGAUUAUCCUUUAUCACACUUCCAGAGUUACGAUUCAGUAUAGCAGUAUAGCAGUACAUGCACUGUCUAGAAAAGACAUGUGCACAUCCAAUUUAUUAUUCAGUGUAUUCUGUAUAGGAUGUAGGGAUGACAGUAAAAAGACUGUCCAGAUUUAAGACUGUCCAAAGAGAUGUGGACAGGGUUCUGUUCAUGUAGCAGGGCUUUUCCACCACUUCUUCCUGCUGCUCCCCCAAAAAGAUUCACUCCUGAAUGGUGGAAAUCAGCAGCUCUCUGUCCAAGAGUCACUUGAUGUACCUCUGAUGUUGAGGAAACCCAGAUAACAUCUGCUGAGGUGGAUCUGUAUGUAUUAAUUUGAAAAUCUACAUACCGUCUUUCACACUGGCAUCAAGACAGUCACAAUGUAAGAUUAAGUACAUUAAAGUUCCAUAAAAAUAUAAUAAAACAACAGGCUCCUAACUACUGAACAGAAAAGAAUUAGGAACCAGUAAAUGCUCAGGGUCUGAUUCUUAGGUUUAUGUAUCCCAGAGGCCACUCCAGAGGCCAACUUUCACAGGUGAAAGAAUACUGUUUACCAUGCAGUCUUAUUUCAAAAGCCCUGAAUCUUGCAAAACUUUGUCUUCUUUAAUUGAUUUUAACUAUGGCAUUUGAAUAUUAGACUGAGAAUGUUUUGUGUGUGAGCCACAGUGAUGUAUCUAAUUUUAUGGUGCUUUCUUACUUACAUGCGACAAACUUUUUUUUUUUUUUUUUAAAGUUAGGGGGAAAGUAACAUGUAUCAUGUAUUCCCUGCAGAAACUUACUUGCUCAACCAACAGAGGCUGGGAAGCACUUGUCUGAAGUUCUCAUUAGCAUGCAAAGUUACAGUUACACCCAUGCAUGGAAUCCUAUUUAAGACUGCAUAUGUUUUGCUGAUGAAAUCAUUUGAAUGGGGUGAGGUUUAUCAUGAACAGUGUUUAUUUAGCAGCACUGAUACGUUUACAGUGUGACAAAAAGCAGAGCCCAGGUACCAAGGAGAUUACAAUCUAGAAUUUGAUAAGGAGAAGACCUAUGCAGUCAGAGCAGUUGUGCAUACUUAAGUUGGUUUUCAAGACCUAAGGGGUUUGUUAAGUCAAAGGUUCACAGAAAAGGGGAAUUUGGGGGGAAGAUUUGAAAGGAAAGAGAGGCAGCAGCAUUUAGGAUGGGGGUGGGCAACCUUUUUCUAUUGAGGACCACAUUCUCACACGGGUAAUUAUUGGGGGCUGCUUACUGGCAGUGAGUGGAGCUAGAGCAAACAGAAGAUGGAGCCAGAGAAAAAUGUGUUUCAAAGUAAUAAAUGCUUCAAUUUUCACCUCAGCUUAGAAUUUUUGUGGGAUAUCUCCAGCAAGCAUAAGAGAAUGUGUGUCUCUCUCUCCUCCUUCCCGUCCCCCCCCCCCCACAUGUCCUUUAGAUUUUCUCCUAACCUUUCAGAUAAUAUUUCAGGGCAGUGUUAGAGUUGGGCAAAAGUAGUUGAGCUUUCUUUCUUCUUCUUUUUAAGUAAAAUUGCCCAAAACAACACUGCCCACAUGCAUUGCAUGCAUUCACCCCAAACACUGCUUUCCAUAGCAGUAUUCUGGGUAUGUCCGGAUGUAUGGCAACCCUAGGCAGUGUGGGAGGAUAGCUCAAUUAGUAGAACCUGAGACUCUGAAUCCCAGAGUUGGGGGUUUGAGCUCCAUGUUGGACAAAAGAUUCCUGCAUUGCAGGGGUUGGACAAUAUGUCCUGCGUGGUUCCAAUGCUUCCAACUGAUUCUGUGAUUGAAACAAAUCAUACUAAAUAUUGUCAUAACUUGGUUAUUCACAGAGCAGUGUGGGAAUAUAGCUUCUCCUUGGGAGGUUAGAACAGUCCUUCAGGGUGGAUUGGUUUGGCCUACUUAUUUUAUUUGACGUCCCUGGGAAGUGAUACAAUCUUACAAGGGAGUCAAUAUUUGGAUAGGUGUGAUGCUAUCUAAGCUGUCUUGUUGGCCACACAUGUAGUAAGAACAACUCUGGAUCCCAACAAUAAUUUGAUACUUUGAUGUGUUGUCAUUCAUUAAUAGCACAGCAAAUGUGCUUAAAAUAAGGAAUGCAUACUACACAGAGACUUGCUUUAAUUGAACAACUUGAUUCUAUAAUCAUGCCUGCUUGAUUGCAGGCACACCACUUUCAUCAUCCAUGCUCAUCAGUAUCUUAUCCUUCCUUGACAACAGCAGCACAAUAAAUAUGUUAAAAGUAAUGUCGCAGCAGUAACAACCAAUAUUGUCAUCUUGGUUACAGACAACUCUCCUAACUGUAUGUGGAAAGUGCCAAUUGUCUUACAGGUGCAUCACAAUUUCAGUACUGGCCGUGCUUAAUCAGUUCCUUGAACCUCUUCCAGAAGUUGCAUUCUGAUACUCGAGGAUUCUUGUAUGUGAUCUUAUCAUAUGCAAAUCUUGUGCAGGAGGAGAAAGAUUAUUACUCUUGCUUGCAUGGCUGAAAUCACCCUCAUUCUGAUAAAAGCCAGACAGGCGCUAGUUUUGCAGCAUUUUAUUCGAUUUUUAUGAAACAGAUACUCAUAAGCUAAGAUUGCUAUGUUUUACAAAGGAUAAGGGAAAUAUCCUUUGGCCAUUUGCUGAGAUUAAUUACCCAUUCCUCCCCAACCAGGCUCUAGUGAGUUUGAACCUCCCUCCACUUCAUUCACUUCAUCAACUGUAGCAAUCAUAUAUUGGGAUCAUUAAUGUUCAAGGAAUAUCACUUUCUGAUUGUUUUGCCUUUCUGGUGGCUGUUUUGGGGAACUUCAUAAUAAGCAGAACUGAUCUUUAUCCUCUCCCAUGGAUCGUAGUGGCAUUGGGCAACAAAUACGUUUGUCAUAACCUGUCCAGAUCCCUUUUGGUAGAUCCCUUUUGUGCAUUUUAAAGAAAUAUUACAGCAUUUUGAUUUUUUAUUUCACUUAGGUUGAAGAUUGUUAAAAUUUCUUUUAAGUGCAAGCAGUUUUUUAUUCAGCUUAGAAAAGAAUUGGUAAGUACUGAUAUUAACAUUUUUAUCUGAAGUUGCAAAGUGCUUCACUGUUGUCAGAGGUGGUUUCAUGCAAGUUACGUCUUUGGAGCUUCAUACAUGAUAACACUACUUCAGUAGUGUGUUGUUCAUUAUAGAAUUAUCUAGUGGCAGAUACUACAGUUUAAAUGGUCCCUAUUUUCUGUCUUGUUUUUUCUUUUGUGUAAUUUUUUAAAAAAAACUCUUUUUCCAAUAAAUAUCAUUUAAAAAAAAAUGGUCCCUAUUUUAUGAAAUAGUAUAUUAGAUAUUUUAAAGUUAGAGUUGUAGUCUGACUACAGACUACAAGGUGUGGAGUAUAAGAAAUUGCAGCAGCUGCUAGGUGUGACCUUGGGCCAGUCACACUUCUCUGAAGUCUCUCAGCCCCACUCACCUCACAGAGUGUUUGUUGUGGGGGAGGAAGGGAAAGGAGAAUGUUAGCCGCUUUGAGACUCCUGAAGGGGAGUGAUAAAGUGGGAUAUCAAAUCCAAACUCCUCUUCUUCUUCUUUUGCAGACUGAAAAUGGGAGGUGCAAAUUCUUUUUCUUAAAAGUUCUUCAUAUAGGGUUGCAUGAGUACAGAUCCUCACGUGUCUUUGUCUGUGUCUGCAUCUGGUGGGUAAAGGGGAAAGGAAGCAGGGAUUGAAGGCUGCAUUAAGACAGCAAUGCUAUGAUUUGCUUGUCUGCUCACCUCCAUCGAUUUGCAAGUGCGAUUCAGAUGCCAAUAACAAACAGGUUCCUACCAUCAUUCUGUGCUAUGAGAAAGGCAAAACUCUGGUUCUUAGCUGCCAGUCAAGUAAAACAGCUUCCCACCCCUUCAGUGAGUGGCUUAACAGGUUGCCUUUGGCAAAUAAGGUGCAACCAUGAAAGAAUAAACUACAUGAUGUAAGAGAGUUAGCAAGCACAAAGAGCACUAGCCAAUGCCUAAAUUCAGCUUUAUUUACUUUUCUGGAGCUGAGCAGGUAGAAUAUUCUGGGUUAGUGUGCAUCAGCCAAUCCUGCCUUAGCACUGGGGGUGAGAUUGAAGCACAGAGAGUAUUGAUUCCUUAAGAAACAUAGACUGUGCUGCUGCUUUCUACCUUGCAAUCCACUUACCACAGAGUCAGUGUGAAAGGGCUGGAGCGAAGUUUGGCAGGACUGCUAUAAAGAUUGAAAAACUGUAGUGUAGAGCAUCGUAAUCUCAUUGCAACUCUACACAUUUUGUCAUGCCAUAAGUUAAUCACAAGAUACAGACGGAUGGAAAUGUUAGGGAGAAGAUGCACACACUGUGUGACUACCCAGAUAAUACAACAAGCUAAUUUUAUAUAGAAAAAUGCCAGAAUAGAUGGGAGAACUCUUGAACGUGGAGCAUGGGACACAGAGGAAUGCAAUCCAGGUUUAGGAGGGAAAGUUGAGACAAGGUGUGGAGUAUAAGAAAUUGCAAGAGAAGAAAGGCAAAGAUGGGGAUUGUCCACAAGGAUUUAAAGAGAAGGGGUAAUGAAGGAACAUGGCAUGUCCUGGUUGCAUAUUUUAGGCCUUUUGUCAAACUUGCGGGAAACCCUUUUGUUCAUUUGGAAGCCUUUCUGAAGUUCAAAGGAAUAUCAACAAUGGUGGACACGUUUCUCUUAAAUGUGGAUUUCCUAGCACUACUGAUGAUCUCCUGUAAUGAGUAAUUUAAGGAAGAAGGUAAAUUCAAUAGGUUUGGUCAGCGUCAUAUAUGAACUGAGUAUGUGUCCUAGAACACAGGAUUUUUAUGACAGACAUGCAGGUGUUCUAUAGCAAAUAGACCAAUAUGAAAAGGCUUUAUUUAAGGCAGAGGGUUUGAGAACCACCAUGGUAAAGAAUAUUGUCAGUUGUUUUGUUUUGUUUUAAUGACUUGGAGUUGAUUUAACAGCCCGGAGAGAGAAGGAAUAGAUCCCUAAUUACAGUGUUCCCUAGAUAACUGGAAGGUCCUUUUUUCUAGAAUAUUUGUAUUUGUUUUUUGAAAGAGAACAUUUUAUAAGAACUGUAGCCUCAACUACAUUUCAGAAUGCAAGGCUAAUUUUAUUAAAUUUAAAUCUUUUUGUCCCAGCAUGAAUCUAGAGAAACGUUACUAGGAUUCAACAUGGUGAAUUAUCGAGCAUGUAAAAAUUUAUGGAAAGCUUGUGUAGAACACCACACUUUUUUCCGGCUAGACAGACCACUGCCCCCUCAGAAGAACUUUUUUGCACACUACUUUACUUUGGGUUCAAAGUACCGGUACUGGUAAGUUUGGGCCAUAUUAUAUGUUUUAUGUAAAAAGAGGGACGGAUAUCAGCAUAUUGUUAAAGAAUAACUUACUGAUAGAUCAGAUGAAGUGCCUAUUGAUUUUUAAACAUUUAAUACUCCAGAUUUUCAUGUUGCUCUACAGCCUGCAUAGGCGUCUGGUUAAGUUAGCGUUCUUUACACUGCACUGUGCCAAUUUUAUUUUGGAAAUGUGUGUUUUUCACUAUAAAACUGUUGUUUGAAGUAUAUCCCUGCCUCCCAUAAUUUUUUUAAAGGCUUAAAAUGCUAAGUUCUAUUAAUAUUUGGGGGCAGAUACAGAAAUGCACCAACUCCAUACAGAUUGAAGCGAACAUGUAGAAAGUGUCCCAGAUAGCACACCUUUCCUUUUCUAAAGGACAGUCAAACAAAUUUCCUGGUGAGAGAAAAGUGAAACCGAGGAAAAUAAAAUAAAGGAACACAAGGAUUGUGAAGAAACAAGAAAAGGACUGGAGAAAACCACAGCAUCUUCUAUAAUGCUAUUCUUGCAGGUUCCCUGCUUUCCUUUGGCACAGCAUUGAAGAGGAGAGCAGAAGCUUCCACCUCCAUUUUAAAUUAACCACAGUAUAAGAAUACAUCUCAGCCCUAAACCGUGGCUAAUCUUACUAGGAUUAGUGAAAGCAAGUCAGCUUCCAAAAUUCUGCUUUGAAUUUGGCUUGUUUGCAUUAAGACUAAAUGCAAUUUUUUCCUGGGUUUGGAUGUUGUAACAAGUUGUAAUUAGUCUGAAGCAGAUGCAAAAGCCUCAAGGUGAUGGGGGAACGGACCGCAUGAGCUCAAAGCUCAUGACAACUAGCCAGGAUGGCUGUGUUCUGCCUUUGAAUAUUAGUUGCUGGUAAUCCCAAGAGCAGGAAGCACUAGUACAACUAAUUGCUGCUGUUAAAACAGGAUGCUGGACUAGAUGGAACUUUGGCCUAAUCAAGCACAGUUUUUCUUAUCUUUAUGUAUUCACCAGACAGAAAAUCUCUGUUGUUAAUCCCUGAUUACAGUGUAUUACUAUUUGACAUUUUAAAGACUUGGAGAAAUUUUGUGGCCAAUGUAGUAUCCUUCAGUAUCUGAUAAUAGUGUCAGUUCAGGUGAGAAUUGCUUGGCAAUUAGUAAAAGUAUCCUAGAAUAUAGAAAGCCCCUGGUUUCAUCAGGUCUAGCAUGCAUUCACUGUUAGUCUAGUAAUUUUACUGUUGGACUUGGAUGCACCGGUGUGCUCAUAUUUAGGCAAAAUAUUUUUCCCCACACUUCCACCACUAUUUUCUUGACAAUCUCAAUAUUUUAUUUCAGCGGGAGAACAGAAGUCCAGUCUGUACAGUAUGGUAAAGAAAAGGCAAAUAAGGACAGGGUAUUUGCCAGGUAAGCAGUUUCAAGUUAUUUGCAUCCUUUACUAUUGUCUGUGGAUUGUUACAGUAGCUUAUUUUACCUGUUUUGAAUUCUCUUCUUCCCUCAAAAUCAGCAAAUUACAAUAGCUUUGUGCAAAAAUUACUGUGCAGAUUUUAAUGUAUGGUGCAACAUACUACAAAUUAAUUCUGUACCAAAGUGAAAUACAUUAAUAUGUUUUCAUAUUGUAUCAUCAUAAUACAUAUUCCCUUAAUGCAAAUUCCCUUUUUAUGCAUACUUUGAAUAUGUAAAGUGUGAAGACAGGCUAUGCUUGUUGUAAUAGGCCUUCCUUGGUGUCUGUGCGUUCAUCGUUAUACUGAAUCUGUUACAGUGAUUGGUCUGAAAAUCUGAUCAGCUAGGUUUCUGGAUCACACAGUGGAACUGUAAACACAUGUCUCUACACACAUCUGAACCUAUUUUCUGUGUUUGGUGGAGUCAGCUCCUUGAGAACAGCAGAUGAAUGGGAAAUUUAGUCUUGUGCUAGGGGGAUUUCAUGUCUCUGUGGCCGCUAGUAUUGUUCUAGCCGAAGGACAGGCCAUGGUUAGUUCCAUAGAACUAACAUGAUUUUCAGUUCAAUAGAAACAAGAGUGGAUAACUUUGGAGUCUUUGGUCCAGCUACAACAGGGAGCAACAACAGGCCGAGGCAGAGCAUUGAGAGAGUGAAGGGGUAGUAGAGAGCAAAUAAAAGAAUGAGAGUUUGUCCUUCAGUUUCAGAGAGAUGCAAGGGGGAAGGAAGGGUGAAAUGGAUCCUCAGCAGGAUAAAUCCAAGAGUUGGGGAAAGCGGGUUUUCCCAAACAACAUCACUGGGCAGAAUGCAGAGGUAUCGAAACAGGCAGCAGAUUGGGAGCUUCCAAAAAGAUCUACAUUGGCUCCCUGUAGGCGUCCGAGCACAUUAAGUGUUUCUGUUGAACUUUAAAGCCCUCAACUGCUUUGGCUCUGUAUACCUGAAGGAGCGUCUCCACCCCCACCAUUUAGCCUGGUCACUGAGAUCUAGCUCCGAGGGUCUUUUGCUGGUUCCCUCACUGCGAAAACUGAAGUUACAGGGAACCAGACAGAGGACCUUCUUAGUAGUGGUGUCCGCCUUGUGGAAUUCUCUCCUAUCCAAUGUCAAGGAAAUAAACAACUAUUUGAGUUUUAGAAGACAUCUGAAGGCAGUCCUGUAUUGGGAAAAUUUUGAUGUUUUAUUGUGUUUUUAAUAUUUUGUUGGGAGCUGCCAAGAGUCAAAUGGGCAGCAAAUGAAUAAUUGAAUUGAAUUAAAGUUGAGCAUAGUGUUUGCCUACAAGAUUGGAAAACAGACAACCUGGGUGUCUGCUGAAAGAAGUUUCCCAGAAGGAGAAAAGGACUAGAGAUGUCAAGGCUACUUCUUGAAAAGGGCAAUAGGUGCUUUAUGCUGUGUUUUGGUACUAGGUAGAAGAUCACAAAAGCACUCAAGGCUCAGGGGGUGGCAAGGUGUUGCCUUGAUUGCAUUAGGUUUCAUUAGGAUGCAAGGGAAAUUGGCUUUUGCAUCUCCAAGCAGCUCAUAACCCAGGGCAUUUAAUGGUUAUUUUUUGUUGGGAGCCGCCCAGAGUGGCUGGGGCAACCCAGUCAGAUGAGCAGCAUAUAAAUUACUAUUAUUAGUAAUAUUAUUAUAUUUUUCCAUUUCUGUGGAGGAUGGAGGCUAGUUUGGUUAGAUUAUUUUCAUUUUGUUUGACAGACCUUGCCUGCUUAGCAACUGUAAACAGAAAAAGAAGAAGCUGAGGGACAAAAUGGAACUGAUACAGCAACAAAGGCCCAUUUCCCAAACACCAGUCUGUGAACUGCAGGCACUAUUAAAUGUCAUCUUCACACAAACUUUGGGUGCAUCUGAAGCAUGCCUACUCAACAGUUCGAAGGGAAUAAUUAUUUAACUCCUUAAAAGUGUUUAGGAUGGUAAACAGAAUGACAGCAUGAACUUGCUUCUUCAGUUUUCAAGCAUUCUGCUGUUUGUACCUUUGCAACUUUUUGGUGCUUAAGCAAAUGUUAGACUGGUGCUUGGAGGUAUUGGGCUGAAUGGGGCAAAAAAAAAAGUGAAUAAAGGAGAAGAAACUGAAUCCUUAAGAGAUAAAAGUGUUGUGUAUCCCAAAUUCUCACAUCUACAAAUUAGGAAGAUGCCAUAUUCUGGACAGGUUGUACUCCCAUGGAAGGAGCAGGCCUGCAGUUUGUGAGUGCUCCUGGAUUCAGCACUGUCAGUGGAGGCUCAGGUGGCCAGGAGUGCCAUUUUGUAGCUUCAGCUGGUCCACCAGCUAAAAGACAGAAAUGACUUCACCACCAUACUCAAUGCUCGGGUAACUUCCAGAUUGGAUUAUUGCAGUGUGCUUUAUGUGGGGGUGUCCUUGAAGACAACUCAGAAAUUUCCAUUGGUACAAAAUGCAGUGGCUAGAUUACGGGCUGUGGUUCCAUUAACAUCUCACAUAACCCCUGUUUUAGAAUAACUGCAUUGGUUGCCAAUUAAUUUCUGGGCCCAAGGUGCUCACAUUAGUGAUUAAAUUCCAUUAGUGAAAGACCAUCUCCUUCCCUACAGUCCCUCUUGGGUGCUAUGAGCAGCAGAAGAGAGCCUCUUGGUAGUUCCACAGCCCUCAGAACCUCAGGUGGUGGUGAUGUCCCAGGAGGAAGCAUUCUUUGUAGUAGAAGCUGCCCACAGAGAUGUGUCUUGCAACAUCAAUAUACAACCUUAGGUACAUUCUGAAGACACACCUCUUCACCCUGGCUUUUGAUACAGGAUGUCAGGGAACUGCCAUCAGGUCUGAGACGAGAGGGGGAAGGGCAGUUGUGUUAUAGGGAACCUCCGAAGAUCUUGCGAAGCAGCUCCUCCUCUGGUGAGGAGGAGGAAAGCCCCACCUCCAGUGGAGAUGAGGUGAUGGGACCAAGGGAUGCUAGGGAGAGCCUCAAUGCAGAGGCUGAGGAAGCCAGAGAGGAGGGAAGUACCCCUUUGCCAGCGCCCAGUCUGCGCAGUAGGUUUCGGCGCAAGGAAGGAAGGAGAAGGCUGGGAAUCACGCGACUGUUAUGCUGGGGGAGGUACAAGGACCGGCCACUCCCAGAUUCUGCUAGCGACUGAGCCGGACAUGAACUCGCGACUCUCUUCACUGUAAAUAGUUUGCACUAAUAAUAAAGCUUGGAAAAGACAGGUUGGAGUCUUGCCUGUUUGCUCUCGAGCAACCACACCACCACCUGACACAUGAGAAGUAUGUUUUUAGCAUACCUUAACCCUUGGUGAGCAAAGCUACCUCUUAUUUGAGUGUACCUCUUCACUAAUAGUGCAUCACUAUCUUAAAUCUAUUAAUCCUCUAAAAUACAGUUGAAAUUUCAAAGCCAAGACUGGUGUCCUGAGUUGUUUGGAAAUUUAUUUUGCCCCCUGUACUUGUUAGAUAAUUUCCCAUAACCUAGUUAAUGUGCGAUGGAAUUGAAAUUAAAAUCUCUGCAAUGUUUGGAGUUACCUAAAAGUAAACCAUAGAAAUGAAGCAGUUAGUAUUUUUUUGACAUGGGCACUUAUUAGAAGAGGAAGCCCUGGGAAGUGUAUUGCUGCAAUGUGGUGAACGUUUCUUUGAAUUGCCACAAAGAACAGGAAGCUUAGGUAACAUGCGUAAGUGGGUGGGUCUCCAAGGUUAAAACAGUUAAUAAUCAAAUGUUCAAAAUACAGUUUGACAGUUAAAUGUUUCUGCUGUGUUGGCUGCUGAGGGGCACUACUACAAAUACAACUUUUCACUUGGUAAUUAAGGUGAGUGUUUCUAGGAGUUGCAAUGUUCCUAGAAAGAGAAUUCAAGCUCAUUCAACCUACAGAAAUCCCUUUUAAAUGCAACACGUCUAAAGCCAUCAGCAUUUGGAUGUUAGCAUUCUUAUAAAGUCUUAUUAAUCCUUACAGGAUUAAUUCUUUCCUAGACUACAAUAGAUAGAGUUGGCAAAGUAUUUGCUAAAGUUGUCUACCAUACACCUUUUUAAUUCUGUUCCCAAUCUUUUUUCUUUAAAAGCCUGUGAAAAGUUUAUUGUAUUUUGCAGUUAGAAUCCUGUUAUAUUUGCAAAUUAUUUUGUUCAUUUUAAUCUAGAAAUCAUCUGGCUAAGUCGCAGAGAAGUCUUGCCUAUUUAAAUUUCAUAUAGAUGUACCUCUCUCUCUCUCUCUCUCUCUCUCUCUCUCGUCUCUCACACAGUUUGCUGUAGAGAUGGUUGUUUGUUUCAUUAGUCUGGUUGUGUUUCUCUUUUGAUAAGAAAAGUACUUUAAUGCAGCUGUUUAGUUUAAUGUCAGAAACUAUGAACUAGUACACAUAGUUGCAUAAAACAUAGUAGUGUGUAACAAAAUCUGAUUGUCGUUUUUGAGGAAAAGCAAAAAAAGCAGCCGGGAAAGAGAGCAAUACUUAAUACUUUUCUGCUUGCUUGUGUUUCACUGUCAUACCACUCCCACAAACCCUUCUCCUACAUACACACACACACACACACACAGAGAGAGAGAGAGAGAGAGAGAGAGAGAGAGAGAGAGAGAUGUUUUCCUACUGGAACCUUAAUACCCUCCUUGUGGGCCCUGCUCCAAGUGUCUGUGAAGUGAAGUGGGGCAGGUGGCUGCCAAAGAGAGGGCCUUAUUGGUAGUGAACUGGCUAUAGAAUUUACAGCCCCAAAUUUAAAACAAUCUUACACUGCUUCAGUGCAUGGAUGUUUUUUUGCUGCCUUCUAUUAAUUGUUGUUGGCUUUAAUUAUUAUUGUACACUGUGUUUUUAAUUUUUUGCCUACCAAAUGUUCAUUUGAUGGGCAGCUAUAUAAAUCUAAUAGCAAAGAUAAAUAAAGUGGCACAUCUGAAUUCAUAGUGAUUCAGUAUUGUAGUGAGAAAGACUUUGCCACAGCACAAGCUAUGAUUUGGUUGUUUAUAUUCAUGAGUUUAGUGUUCUGCAUCACGUUUCUUUAGGUGCUCUGAAACCCCUUGCACUAUUUGGAAGAAAUAUUUAAAUAACAAGUCAGUGUAUCAGCCCCUGUAUAGGGGAAAGCUAAUGCUGUUUUCUUGUUCGCUUCAAUUCCCAAUUAAUUUCUUCAGAGAACUUCCAGAUACAUAUUGGUAAUUUUUGUAUUGUUUUAGAUCCCCAAGUAAACCUCUGGCUCGCAGAUUGAUAAGCGGGAUGGACUGGGAGGUUGUCAGCAGGAAUUCAAUGUCUGAUGACAGGUUAGAAACUCAAAGUUUACCAUCCCGCUCUCCACCUGGAACCCCUAAUCAGUAAGUAAAAUUGAAUAGUCCCUGAGCCACUAGUUACCUCUUAUUUUUAUUUUAUUAAAGAAGGGAAAGUACUUGAGAUCCGGAUUUUUGGAGUGAUGUGUGUUGAACCAUAGUUAUUUCCAUACUAAGCAUUUAAAAAGAAAUUGUGAGGCAACACAGAGGCAGAUUGACCAAAGUGUAUGUUAUAAUAAUCACAUAUAAAGAAAAACAAACAAACCUUAAAUUAAGUUAUAUUGAAGGAAAAGCAGUUGUGAGUUUCAGGAUGUGCUCCCAGAUUGAGCCCUGCACUGGUUGUACCUUCACCCAGGCACUAUUUUCAUUGCAUCAGAAAAACAGGCCUGGUUCUAAACCAUAGUUUAUGGCUAUUGAAUGGCCUGAGUGAGGCUUGAACUAGCAUGCCUGUCUCUCCUUCUUCCUCAUUGCCACGAGGAAGGGAUUGGAAACAUUCAUUUCCACAUCACAGACUAUGGUUAGUUUAAGCUUUGUUUCUGAUCCUUGCUAAUUUCAUAAACCGUAUAUCAAAUGCACUGUAAUUUGCAUUUCGGAUGUAACACAAAUUGUUACUUGUUUAAAUCGGGAGGUGGAUUCUUGCUAUCUCCUUCUUGUGGCUGUGCUGAAGGAGAGGGAUGUGUGACCAGCCAUUCACAUAGCACAACACUAUGGUUUACAUCAGUCUGUGUUACUAUUGCAGUGAAACCUCUAGCUCUCUACAUCUUGAAUGUGUGUGUAGGAAAUCUAAUGUGACCCAAAUGAGAGGGAAGUCAUGUUUCUGAGUUAAGUGCUGUGUGUGUGUACAUAUGACUUCUUUUAUAAAAAACUAAACCACAGUGGGGACCUUUCCACAUAGGUGGAAAGUCAGGUUGUGUCAGAAGAGGCCUUUUGCCUCCAUUUAUAUCUUGAUUGCUGGGUUCCUACAGGAAGAGAAGGCAGGUGCUGUAUCCAGUGCUAGUCCUGCUCAGAGUAGACCCAUUGAAGUUAAUUGACCUGAAGGUUUGAGCCAGGUAGCCCCACCCUGUUGCUGUUUCCAGGCAGACGCCUAUUUAUUUGGAGGCUGCUGUGGGUUUAGAGGCAGCAGAUAGCAAUAAUAGGACCAUUGGUGGCUUGAAGGUGAAUGCCAACUUUAUCCUUGCUCCUGUUCCUGCACCUGGAGAACUGCUGCCUGUUGAGGAGUCAGGAAUCUUAGCCAGCUAGCCCUGCCCUGGAGAGCAACUGUAAGAACUUUGCUUUGGCUGUUGCUGUUUCUAAGGAGGAAGCAACUGUGUAAGCAGUUGUUUGUGAAGGGCAGCUGUGUCUAUGGGGAGGACGCAAAUGCAGCUCAUGACUGUAGAAAGUGUGAUUCAUGGUGUGCCUGGGUUACUCCAUAUUUCAAAUUUUUCCUGGUUUAUUUUAUUAUACUUUUGUAUUUGUAUUUGCUGUAGUUUUAUUGUGUGUUCUUUAGUACUAAUCUGUUCAGUGUUUUGGGGGCCUUGACGAAAAAGUGGUAUAGAAAUAAACUGAUGAUAACUAACUUGGGUACAUGAAUUUCAAUAGGUCUAUUCUAUAUAGGACUAGCACUGGAUUCAACCCAACGAUUUUUUAUUAGAAGCCUUUAUGUUGAUAUUUGUGAACUUCUUAAUAGACAAAUAUACAAAGUUUUAAAAAACUGUACAGUUAUACCUACUACACACUAAAGUUGACUUGUUGGAGCAACAGUGGUAAUAGUCAGGAUUUGUGAUGGUCGCUUAUUUGUUGAUGCAUAUUUUUUUCUUUCUUCCAUGGAAAUCUAUAAUCGGUGUAAUAUAUUUCUAUGGUGCUUUAAUUCAUGCAUUUAGGAUUACAGGCAGUGGCUUUGAUCCAAACCUGGCCUUCAUGGAAUGGAAGGAUUCUUUCUGUCUACAGAAAGCUUUAGAUCCUCUAGUGGGGGGUUAUGCUGACAAAAUGGGGGGAGCAACUGCUGCCAAUUUUUUUCAUCCCCUGCAGCCUCCCUCCCAGCCCUUGGGAUCAGAAUUUUGGAGGACACACAGGGCUGCUGGGGGAAUGGGUAAAAAUCACCACUUUCCUCAUCUCCCUUCUACCAGUGAUAAUGUCUUCUAAACAAGUUUGAUUUGGGGUAUGUUCCUGCCAGGGGUACUGUGUCCAAGACAGAAGAAAUUAGAGGAAUAGAUAAGUUUUAGAAGCAUUUUUUUAAAAAAGCAUAAAUCAUCUAAGUCUUGACAAGCAUACCUGCAAUUAUUGAACAAAGUGUUCUUUUCCUGAUUAGUCGCAACUCUGCAUUUACUCAAGAGGGAAACCGUUUACGGCCAUCUUCAGUUGGGCAUCUAGUAGACCAUGUGGUUCAUCCUUCGCCAAGUGAGGUUUUUGCAAAUCACCGAUCUCCUUCUUCCACCCAAGCCAACAGUAUCAUUCUGGAAUCAUCACCGUAAGCAUAGUUUUUAUAAUGCUUUAUUUUAUAGCAGAACAACAAAAAAAAGGUUUUUAAAGGCUACACCUAAAAAUAAUCUACAUUUUGUGUUUUUAAUCUAUUUUAUGUUUUGAUGUUAGCUGCCCUGAGCCCGGUCCUGGCUGGGGAGGGCAGGGUAUAAAUAAAUUAUUGUUGUUGUUGUUGUUGUUGUUAUUUAUUAGUUGACAGCCCCAUUCUUUAGUGAUUGCUUUGCAAAUGAAAACUGAUGUAGCACAAUUGUAGCAUUUUUAAGAGAAGCAUAAUAUAAAUAAACAACAUGUUGACAAAGACUUGGCUACAAAUCGGGAGUUGCUUGUUCAUAUUUCACCUAGGCUGUCAGGUGGCCUUAGGCAAGCAAUUCUCUGAGCUGCAGCGCACACACGCCCACCUGCUGCCAUUAGUACAUAUUACACCAUUAGUAAUAUGGGAAGAAGAAUACUAUUCUGACUUAAACUGGCAUGCUGUAAGGAUCUCAGUAAUGUACAUGAAACCUUGUGUUCCUUACACUAUAUACAUGUUAAACAUGCAGUGAGUAAUACUUAUUAUUUUUUAUAACUAUUGUCCAUCCUGAUUCUUGACAGUAUAGUUGGCCAUAACCAGUGUCAGUUUGUUAGAAGUUCCUGCAUUCAGUUCCUGGCAUUUCCAGUGGAAGGGAGUUUAAUUCGGCCCUAGUUCACAUUAAAAAUCAUAUGCCCUAUGUGUACGAAUAGUUGUGUGGCCAUUCCAAAUGAUUUUUGUCAAUUGAAAGGUAUGUGUAGUAUCUGUAAUUUUUUAUUCAUGAAAGUGGCAGUAGGAAAAAAAACACAUGCAUAGCAAGCAAUCCAAAUGUGUUUUUAAGAAUCCUUUUUCUCUCUCUCUGUCAAAUAUGAAACUAUGUUAUUUUACACAGCAGUUUAUAUAUAUUUAACACAGAGCUUAUUAGAGUAGGGGUUUUUCCUUUUUUAUUUGAUUAUGCAAAUUGCUGGAUGCAGUAAUACAGAGGGCUGCUUUGACUGCAAAAUAGUCUGCUUUCACAUCUAUUGUCUAAGCAUUCAUAAGGAAAUUCAAAGCUGACUGGGCAAAUAUAAAGCAGGCAAGGUUUUGCCCAAAGCUUCAUCCCUAGUUCUCACAAUUCAUUAUGGUAACACAUUACAGUAUAUUACACUCACAACCACUGUGUUACUUUACCUAGUUUCAAUGGUAGCUUAUUACUUCACAUAGUCUGUUUAUAAACAAAUGUAUAGUUCCUUUAUUGCAUUUUUUUAAAAGAAAUAACUUUAUUGUGACUUUAGUCAUGCACAUUGUGUUAUAACAAAAGUGGGUACUGAUCAGGAGUUGGACAGACCACAGAUGAAGCUAGGACUUUCUUAGGUAACACUGACUUGUUUUGCGUGAAUGAGAACCAUUAGUCAUUUAUCAAAUUAAUUUUGUAUGUUUGUGGAUUUCACUGUCCCAAUGGUGAUUAAUGCUGAUUUCAAAUGUUUGACAGUGAUUCAAUGACAGCUGCAGUUACUAUUAAUUUUUAUUCAAAAUACAAAGUAAUAAUAUAGCAAAUCUGUCACAUUUGCAAAAGUUCUGUAGAAAUUUCCAGUAUGGAUAAGUACCCAAUUAAAUUCAUGUACUGUAAAUUGAUUAUCCACUUGAAUAAGUCACUGACCAGUGCAAUUGGGUUUAAGCAACAUCAGGUGUUCAAACAUGCAAUAAAUAUGGGCUUCCUGCUUCCACAUCAUGAUUGAGGAUCUCCUCCUUUCUUGUCUGUAAAAUUUGUGCCAACUAGUAAGUGGGAGAGUUGAAAUUUUAGAAUGAAAUCCCUUAUAUAGGACUGCUCUGUGUUUUUAAGAGGCUCAAAGCAACAAAUGAUUGAGAUCUCCUUUGUUGUCCUUAAUUUGUCAUCUAAGAUUUAAUUUGGAGGCCUUGUGAAUUAAAUACUUAAGGGAGAGGUGCAUAACAUUCUUUUUGAAAUGAUCCUAUAUAUUAAUAGCAAAUUCAUUCUCUCAGAUGUGAACCUUGCCAAAAGACAACUCUCCUGUCAAAGAGUAAUAGCAGGCUUGGGAAAACCCCAACUUUUGCAGAAGUACGAAGAAGAAAAAAAAUAAGUCGGGGAACCAUAACUGAGGUUGCAAGCCAAUGAUGUCCAACGCACCAAAAUUCCAAAGUCUUUUUAGUGAUAGUUUCUCUUUAUUUAGCAUGCAGUUUGGAGUUUUAAUGAGAUUUCUUUUCAUUUUGUUUGUAGAUCUCAAGAGACCGCUGUAGAUGGGCAACCACCUGCACUGCCACCUAAACAAUCUAAAAAGAAUAGUUGGAACCAAAUUCAUUAUUCACUUUCUCAGCAAGAAUUGGAUAACCAUAUCAAUGAAACAUAUGAUGAUGAUUCUUCUUCAUCGCCUGAAAAAUCUACAGUAAGAAGCUACUUUAAAUUUGUUUGUCUAGUUUGAGUCAAUAUUCUUCGUGGAGGGAGGGGGAAAAUUAAUCAGUAUCAGCAGGUCUGAUGGAAGUAGAUUCAACUAGAGUGAAUUAAUAACAUAUAAAUAAUGGUCCUCAGGUUCUCUACCCCAGUCCAUCAUGCUCUUGGUGAAAUGGAACGUGAGUCCGAAAAACCGCUUUUAAUGUAACUCUUAUUUCUAAUAGAGCUAAAAGUAUAGACACAAUGGAAAGCAAAUCCUGUGUAACAUUUUCAUGGUGUAGCUCUGGGAUGUUUUAUAGCAUGUAUUAAUUUGGAAUGGUAUUUAUUUAUUUAUUUGAUCUAUUUAUUUUCCAUCUGAAAAACCUUUAGGCAGUAUAAUAGUUAUGAGAUGUCUUUGCAAAAUAUUUGCAUUAAUCAUAUUCCCAAACUGUAUCUUUAUAGUACACAAUAUAAUUCCCUUAUUUGCACAUACCACAUACCCUUUCAGUGAGCCACGCAACUUUCAUUAUACUUAUGCAAACCAAGAUGGUAGGUACUUGGAGCACACUUCCUGGUAAUGAAUGCACUGCUGGUACUUUGGUCAUUUUUGCAUCAAACAAGUCAGUAGUAAAACCAUUAUCUUUCAAGAAAAUUCCAACAAUGUCUCAAGGAAAUUGAAACUUGAAGAUAUCUUCUUAUAUGAAUACUGGUUUUCAAGUAGAUGUGUUUUAGGAUUAGCUAUAAAUUUCUAGUCUGUCUGUCCCCCCUCCCCGGCCCGCUGUAACACCUUUCUUUCUUUUCUUUCAGUCUUAAACAGUUAUGUGCUCAUUGUUAAUAAGAGACAUUAACUAGCUAUGCAAUAGAUGAUGAAUUAUGGAUCGCUUGGGGUUUCAGUAGUGCCUAAAGAAAUUCAGGUAUGGAGAAUAACGCUAUGUUUUCAUUUACAGCCCAAUGGUGGGAUUCCCCAUGACAAUCUCGUUCUGAUCAGAAUGAGACCAGAUGAAAAUGGAAGAUUUGGUUUCAAUGUAAAGGUAUGAAGACCUACCCUUUUAAUAUAUCUUUGAAUACAGCUCGAGCUGUACGUUCUUUAAUUAUUGUCCUUUCCUUUAAAGGGUGGAUAUGAUCAGAAGAUGCCUGUCAUAGUGUCCAGAGUGGCUCCAGGAACACCUGUAAGUUGUCAGAGAAAGUAUGCAGUGAUGUCUACUUAGAUAUAUUAUUUCAGAGUGCUUUUUAUUUACUUUGCUUAUCCCCUGGCUGUAUGUAGCAAUCUAAUGUUUGAAACAUGCUGCUAUCAUAAAUAGUCUUAGAAAAGGACUCUAAUAGAGAAUCUCCAGUGCCUUAAUAUAGAAGAAUUCAUGAUUUGCUGUAGUAUAUAUCUGAUCAAAGAUAAUUUUCCUAUCCUUCACUUUUCUCCUACAAUAUAUCAUGUAGAGGUUGAAAAAUCCUGUUUGUGUGUGUCGUGCUCUUCUUCCCAAAAAGUGUAUAUUGGCAUAUUUAAAGCUUAGUUUAAAUUGAAAAAUGAGAUCUUUUAAUUUGCAGAGAUAAUAAUUGUUUAUAGGAUAAAAAAAUUGGAAAAUUUAACUUUUAUCUUACCAAUGACAAAAUGGUUGCACUGCCAGAAUUCGGGUUAAACCAAGGUUCAUAAAUUAUUUAUCAGGUCCGAGUCUUUAUUUUUUCAUAUAUUCAGACCCUAGUGAUUAAAUCUUCAGAUCAGAACCACCACAGUAUCUUGAUACUGAGUUCUUCGUUUCUUAAAAACAAGACAGCAAGCCCUAUUUGUAAUAUCCACUGCAUUAAACACUUGUUUCAUGUUGCAGGCAGAUGUUUGUGUUCCUCGUUUGAAUGAAGGAGAUCAGGUUGUACUGAUCAAUGGCAGGGAUAUAUCAGAACACACCCAUGAUCAAGUUGUUAUGUUUAUUAAAGCUAGCUGUGAGCGGCACUCAGGGGAGCUUGUGCUCCUAGUUCGACCCAAUGGUGAGUAAUUUUAUCAGUGGAAAGCAUGCUUGCUUUUUGCUGUUUUACCAUGUUCCUUUCACGGCGUUUGUUGUGUCUCCUACUAUCCUUAUACUGGCUAUACAUUUUCUACAACUGUGUAAAAUACCAGAGAGAGGGUCGUGUUAAAUGAAAGUAGUCAAAGCAUCUUUUAACAAACAUUGUAUGACACAAGCUUUUGUGGACUCAAGCCCACUUCAUCAGAUGCAUGAAGAGCAAUCUUAGUUAAUAUGUAUGUUAAGAAGAAGAUUGUAAGGUGGGCAUUGAGUGGUAAUGAGAUUUUAAAAAUGUAGUCAGUGAUAAAAUACAAAGUUUCCCUGUACUAACAACAAGAAUCCAGUAAUUAUUUCCUCACUUCCACAUUCCCUUCCCCAAUGCCCUUAUCACUCUUGUUAGGUAUAAGAGGGGUACACAAGUGACAUAGCCUCAUAUACCAUAUGGAAUUUCAUUGGCUGACCUUAAAUUCUAGUAUUACGAAAGAGGAAGUAAUAGUUUUCUGUCUGCUUUCUCUGUGCUGUUCAGGGUGUUAUACGUGUCUUGUCAUGUAUUUUGUUACUCACCUUUUUCCUAAGCUAAGAAAGCCAAACAUUUUAGCUUUUCCUCAUAGGGAAAUUGUUUCAACAUCAUUGAUCAGUUGAGUUCCCUUUUCUGUUUCUUUUCUUACUCAGAUAAUUAGUUUUUAUUUUAAUUGGAUGGCCAGAACACAAAAUUUCAAAUUCAAGCACACCAUGGAUUUAGGAUACUAGUGGACUUAUUUUCAUUCUUUCUUAAUUUCUUUCCUUUGCCAAUUUAUUUCAGUCAUCAUUUUCUCGUUAGUCACUACUAAUUCAGACUCCACCUGUGUAUAUGAAACUAGUGUUUCUCCUGACCUCCCCCCUUGUUUAUCUUUCUACUCUUAACUUACAUUGAAUCUGAUUUGCUAUUUUGUUGCCUAUUUAACUACUCUGUAGAGAUUCUACUGGAGUAACUCCACCUGGGUUUUCAGCAGCACUAAUAGCUUGGUGUCAUCUUCAUACUUGGCUUUCCUGUCUUCAAAUCAUUUUUCAAGAGGCUAAAUAGCACAAGGAACCCCCAUUUCCCUCUACAGUGAUACUUUGGUUUACGAACUUAAUCUGUUCCGGAAGUCCAUUCUUAAAAUGAAACCAUUCUUAAACCGAGGCGUGCUUUCCCUAAUGAGGCCUCCCGCUGCCGGUGCCCUUCCACCAUUCGGAUUCCAUUCUUAGACCAAGGUAAAGUUCUCAAACUGGGACACUACUUCCGGUUUUGCAGAGUUCAUAAACCAAAUCAUUCAUAAACAGGACUGUUCUUAAACCGAGGUACCACUGUAUUGUGAAAAUUCCUGAAUUUUGCUUGUAGCUCUUCAACCAGUUAGAUUCCUAAGAGGAAUUGCCCUUGUAUCCUAUGACAUAGUCAUUUACUUAGGGCCCUUUGUGAGCAACUUAAAAAAACAACUGUUUGGAGGUCCAAAUAUAUAAUGUCUGCCAAAGUCUAAUAUUUGUUUGAUACACGCAGAACAUUCUGAAAAGCUUGGUGUAGUAAGAGAAGUCUUUUGUAGUUGUCAGAGGUAUUCUCAAUUAGCAAUCUUAGUUCUGUAUGUCUUAAUCAUGUGAACUCUUAACAAUGUUGUCCACCAAUUUAUGUGGGACAGAUUAAACUAAUGAACCUGUAAUUUCCUGGGUUUCAGAUUUCUGGCAUAGUUACUGAUUUUAGUGAGUAGCAUAUUUCCCCCAUUCAGGUUCUAGAGAACCCUUGAAUUUUUGUCACCCACACUCAGAGACAGGUUGGUUUUUAAGUAUUCAGUUAUCCCCUAGAGUUACCUUGUAUCUUAGUUCUUCAGAUUCCCUCCCCUACAAAAAAAAAUAUCAUUUGGGUGUGUCUGUCUUAACUUAUUCACAGUGAAGAACAGCAUAAAGUUCAUUUAGCGUCUCUGCAGUCUUUCUGUUCUCUCCAUAAUAAAUCAUUUCACACAUUGUCAUCUAAUGGUCUGACUUCCUCUCUUGCUCAUUUCCUGCUUCUGAUGUAUUUAUAGAAUUUUUUGCUGUAAUGUUUUUGUAGCAAUAUAAUCUUCAACAUAAUAUUUUUACUUGUCUUAUCAGCUUGAAUUAUUCUUACCAAAGUUUGUAGUCCUUAAUUUUUCUAUUGUGGGCAAAACUUUUUAAAGCAUGCCUUUUUAUAUAGUAUCUUGGUCUCUGUUUUUUAACUCGUGUUCUAAAACUAGCAGUCCUAGGCCCACUUCUUUGGGGGAAUUGGUCUCAUUUAACUUAGUGGGACUUACACUAACAAGGAAAUGAUGAAUUGGAUCCGACUGUAGGUGUCACAGUUGUAGCUUUCUUACAAGCCUCUCCUGAUGGUUAGGAAACCUUGUUUUAUGGAAUGUGGUGCAAGAAACCGAGGAAAAGCUCAUGGAAGCUGCCAAAAAUCAGACACUGAGGUGUGUUCUACAUUUAUGGAAGACGCCUCUGCCUGAUUUUCAGGGAUUUUCGCUGAACCUUAGAAAAGACUUUUUGGAGGCUGUUUGGAAAGGAUGAGGUGGAAAAGUAAUCUUUCAGCUACUUCUGUGGGAUGGUGCUAAAGCUCCACCUCUGUCUGUUUUUGCAUGCAGUCAGUAAACAUUUAUUAUGGAGGUAUUUGCACAGGUCACUGUGCAAGUGCAAAAUAAGAACCAUGUAGCAAAGAAAUGGGAUAAAUAAAAGUUCUUAAGCAGAACAGUUGAAACUGGCAUAAAAACCUUAUUCAUUUUUUUUUUAAAUCAUACAUAUUUUUAGUUCACCUUUAUUGCAUCCUAGUCCCAGAAAAUAAAUUAAGUAGGUGUUUUGAUUUAACUUGCCAAGCUGAUGGGCUCUCUAUGUUGAUUGUUGUAUUAGUUUAAAUAAAAGACCUUGAAAUUGAGAAUUUAGCAGACAGCCAUGAUUUCCUCCUCCGAUUUUUUUGCAGAUUUAUUUUAGUUACAAGCUUUACUAAUAAAAUAUGUUUGUAUUCGGCAAAUACUGUCUGGUAUGUAUGUAUAUAACACAUGUUGUUUCCGGGCAAGAAAUGAAUGCAGGGUGAUUGUUAAGUCAUAACAGCAUGCAUUCUAGUAAAAAAUAAAUAAAUGGCCUUUUCCAUCCUUAAUUAACAAUCACACCACUGGAUAAUAAAAUGUAAAGCCAAAUGUUUUCCAGGUACAAAGGAGAAGGAUACCAGAGUUUUUUAAUUGAUUUAAAUGUGUGGAUUGAUAUUACAUAAACAAAUUCAAUCUAAUACAUUUUGUAUCAAUAAACCUCUUGUUAAAAUUGUAGCUAGCUUGGGGUUUUAGCUCUCUGGUGCAGGGUAUUUUGACAGGAGUUCGUUUCCCAUGAUGUGAUCGCACAGUAGUGGGAGAAGAAAGCAACCACCUAGAUCAGUUGCUUGGAAUUUUUGCACUCAAGCACACCCCAUCAUGCAGAAAAGAUCCAUGCAUGCGUGUUUCCUUCAUGUGCUCUCCCUGGUCCUGAAUGGGGGCAACUGUGCCCCUGAAUGACCAGGUGUGCAGCCUUGGAGUCAUUUUGGACUCUAUGGAGGCACAGGUCAAUUCUGUGUCCAGGGCAGCUGUCUACCAGCUCCAUCUGGCAAAUACUGUCCGGCACUGGCAUACUGGUGCAUGCUCUGGUUAUCUCCUGCUUGGACUACUGCAGUGCAUACUACCUGGGGAUACCUUUGAAGGUGACUUGGAAACUACAACUAAUCCAGAAUGCUGCAACUAGACUGGUGACUGGGAGUGGCUGCCAAGACUAUAUAACACUGGUCCUGAAAGACCUGCAUUGGCCCCCAGUAUGUUUCUGAGCACAAUUCAAAGUGUUGCUGCUGAUCUUUAAAGCCCCAAACUGCCUUGGCUCUGUAUACCUGAAACAGCAUCUCCACUCUCAUCAUUUAGCCUGGACACUGAGAUCUAGCUUUGAGGGUCUUCUGCUGGUUCCCUCACUGUAAGAAUGUGAGAUUCCAGGGAACUAGGCAGAGGGCUUUCUCGGUAGUGGCGCCCACCCUGUGGAAUACCCUCCCAUCAGGUGUCAAGGAGAUAAACAACUAUGUGACUUUUAGAAGACAUCUGAAGGCUGCCCUGUAUCAGGAAUUUUUUUAUGUCUGAUGUUUUACAAUUUUUUGUAUGUGCUGUAAGCCACCCAGAGUGACUGGGGAAACCCAACCAGAUGGGUGUGGUAUGGAUAAUAAAAUUAUUAUUAAUUUAUUAAUAUUAAUGUUAUUUAAUGUAAAUUAAUGGAUGAAGCAGCUGUCCACAGUUUUGCAGAGUUCUCUUCCUCAGUAAUUAUGCUACGUCUUGUUUAUUGCAGCUGUUUAUGAUGUGGUAGAAGAAAAGCUGGAGAGUGAGCCAGACUUCCAGUACAUCCCUGAGAAGUCCCCACUAGAUGGUGCCCACCAGGAUGAUAUUGCUCUGAGGGAAUCGAUGUUUCAACUAGCAGAGGGGCUUAUCACGGGAACUGUCCUGGCUCAGUUUGAUGUAAGUAAUGUAUUUCCUGGGGAGUGUGUGCUUCUUGGUUUGCUUUCCAGCUGAAAAUCCUUUACUCUUGGGGCUAGGAGAUAACCUACAGCUAGAUCCACAGUACUUUGAUUAGGUCAAGCAGUAUAAUGGCAAACAGUUUGCAUUCCUCCCUUGCCUCUUUUCUUCCUUCCCUCAUAAACAUUUGUGGGCUCCAUUUAAAAAUCAGUGUUAUUAUCUAAUAUCUGUUUUUCUGAGUGAAGUUGAGCCUUUCUUAAUAGCUAUAGGCAAACUCCUUCUUUGUGCUUCCUGGUCAGCUAUUGCAUCUGUUUCCCUUCAGUACCAUGGCCCAAUAAGAGUAUGUGGGGUAAAACGCUCCUCAAUUACUAUUACAUACAGCUUCCAUUUCUAAAAUGUGUGUAGUGCUAACCAUAUAACCAGAGCUGUAAUCCCAAACGCACUAGAUAGCUUUUGGCAGUGAUGCUCUCCCUCAGUACUCAUGUAUAGACUGUUGGCAUGGUCAGAGAUGGCACUGACCAUAUGCUUGGAAGGUGCAAAUGGAGAGAUCUGGUUCAAGUCUUUGCUUUAGACCAGGCUUCCUCAACCUCGGCCCUUCAGAUAUUUUUGGCCUACAACUCCCAUGAUCCCUAGCUAGCAGGACCAGUGGUCAGGGAUGAUGGGAAUUGUAGUCUCAAAACAUCUGGAGGGCCGAGGAUGAGGAAGCCUGCUUUAGACUAACGCUUUUCUUUUUUCUCAGGGACAGCUUUUUGUCAACCUGAUGCCCUCCAGAAGUUUUGGAGUACAACUCCUAUUAAUCCCAGCCAGCAUUGCCAUAUUGUCCAAAAAUCUGGAGAGCACCAGAUUGGUGAAAGUUCCCAUAUGGAAAUAACUAGUUAAUUGACUCUCUUUGUAAACUAUACCAGGUUUUCAGUCUAAUCUGUUAUGAAUGAAAUAUUAAACAUUUAGCAUUACAUAACACACGCCAUUACACGAUGGAUUGAAAUAUGUACAAAUGUAGGUCAAAUUUUGGUCUGCCACUCAUUUUUCUGUCUAAUCUAAAAUGUGUGAAAGAACAAUAGUUCUUUCAGCAAAGAUUACUAGAAUUUUGUCAACAUCAGUGAGCUUCAUUUUCUGUAGAUCUAUUAAAAUAAUCGAUUUAAGGAAAUUACAGUGGUACCUCAGGUUACAUACGCUUCAGGUUACAGACUCCGCUAACCCAGAAAUAGUACCUUGGGUUAAGAACUUUGCUUCAGGAUGAGAUCAGAAAUUGUGUGGCGGCAGCGCAGCAGCAGCAGGAGGCCCCAUUAGCUAAAGUGGUGCUUCAGGUUAAGAACAGUUUCAGGUUAAGAACGGACCUCCGGAACGAAUAAAGUACGUAACCAGAGGUACCACUGUAAUUUCAUUUCAAGUAUUCUUUCUUUUUUGCAUCAACACAUGCAUAUACCGAUUAGGCACUACACUUUAAUUUUAUAAAGAAACAAAAAUGAAAAUAGUAGUUGUUGACUUUCGGGUUAUUCCUAAUUUUGCUGGUGAGUUUUUUUUCUUUUGUCGCUAAGUAAGUAGAGGAAGUGAAUUGGGUUUAUAUUGCUUUUCUCCAGCUGCUGCCAUUCUUUUGUUUCAGAAACAUAACUGAGUAUAUAAUUCCUUUACCUUCAGAGCAUAUUGCUCAUUUUGAUUACUUUAGUAAUGCAUUUCUCUUCUCCGGUAGCCCUAAGGCAUUAAGAGGAAUAAACAAUAUGGUUUAUGUUCUGCUUUAUGCUGCAUAGGGACUCAGCUGUCUCUCAUUCAGGCUUCUUCCUAUGACUGUAUAAACCCACAAAAUAGGGUGUUACUUUCAAUUUGUGUGUGGAAUGGAAGAAAACAUCUUUCAUGCUUUUUUGAAGAAUCUUGUACUGGGUGCUGUCACAGUUCUCAUGACUAGGUGGGCUAUUAUUUGGACGAAAUAUGCUAUUUCUUAUAUUCUCCUUAUAUUCUUCUUUCAGCUUAGGGAACCAUCACUUUUGUGGUCUCAUUUGCAUGGCAUGAUAAAGCAAACCAUGGGUUAUGGAGACACUGCAAGUGUGUGGCCUCCUGGAGAGGAGCUCACUGCCACUUUGCUGCUGUGCCACAUAGAGUUAAUCUAGGUUUGACUUAAUAUGUAUUCAUUUAUUUGGCUCCCCAAAGCGGUUUACAAGCUAAUAACAUACAUAAAGCAGUUAUACAAAAACAAUUUAAAACAUUUAUAAAUAUUUUUUAAAAAACAGUUUAAAACAACAGCAGCACUUACAUAAAAUCAAUUCAAAGCUCAAGACAGCUCUACCAACUGGGAUAUAGGUUUUAGAAGGUUUGUAAAAAGAGAAACAUCUUUAGCAGGAACUUAAAAGACAAUAAAUAUAGCUAAGGGCAUAGAAUCAUAAAAUCAGAGAGUUGUAGAGUUGGAAGGGACCCCGAGGAGCAUCUAGUCCAACCCCCUGCAAUGCAGGAAUAUGCAGCUGUCUGAAACAGGGAUUGAACUUGCAACCUUGGCGUUAUCAGCACCAUUCUCUAACCAACUGAGCAAUCCAUCUGUGUGAUACACAAUGAGAAUGAGUUCGAAAAGGUAGGUGCUGCCUCACUAAAGGUCCAAUUUCAAUAUUGUGCAGAAUGGACCCCCUGAUAUGAUGCAGGAUGCUGUCUCUUGCAGAAUACAGUGACUGGGUAUGUAGGGGAGCAGGUGGUAUUUUCAGUAGCCUGGCCCCUUUGCACACCAGUAGCUAACCGGCAGGGACGUGAGUGACGCUGUGGUCUAAACCACAGAGCCUAGGGCUUGCCGAUCAGAAGGUUGGCGGUUCGAAUCCCCACAACGGGGUGAGCUCCCAUUGUUAGGUCCCAGCUCCUGCCCACCUAUCGGUUUGAAAGCACAUCAAAGUGCAAGUAGAUAAAUAGGUACUACUCCAGCAGGAAAGUAAACAGCAUUUCCAUGCGCUGCUCUGGUUUGCCAGAAGCGGCUUAGACAUGCUGGUCACAUGACCUGGAAGCUGUCUGUGGACAAACGCCAACUCCUUCGGCCUAUAGAGCAAGAUGAGCGUGCAACCCCAGAGUCAUCAGCAACUGGACCUAACGGUCAGGGGUACCUUUACCUUUACUAGCUAACCGGCAGCCAGUGCAAUUCUAUCAGGAACGGCAUAAAGGAUGGCAGUAUUACAACCCAGUGAUCAGUCAAGCUGCUACAUUUUACAUUAACUGUAAAUCAUAGGUCACAUAGAGCAGAUUGCAGUACUUCAGUGCGGAGGUUACCAGCACAUGGAUGACAGUGGUCAGCCUAUCCCAGUCCAGAAACAGCCAUAUCUCUUUUACCAAUCCAAAUUGGUAAAAGGAACUCCUAGCUAGCGAGGUCACUCUAGCAAAGGAGGUGUGUCCACGAGCAGCCCCAGUCUAUGAAGCUUUAGGAGAGCAUGUCCCCGUCCAGUUGACAAAUUAUCCUGACUUUGGAACUUCCCAACCACAGUGCCUCUGUUUUGUCAGGACUGAGUGAGUUUAUUGUCCUUCAUCCAGCACACCACUGAAUCUAGGCAUCAGGAUCGUUAACUAUAUAAACCAAGAACUGCAGCUUGUAGCUGGUGCAGAGAUAGAGUAACCAUAACCUUUCGUUCGAAAGACACAGCAAGCCAAACAUUGGUGUGGCAGUAAAAAGGACCGAAGAGGAGCAAAGUGGCUGCAAACUCCUCUCCCAUUCAUACAGUCUCAGUAAGCCACAGUUUGGCCUACUGUGCCAUGUGAACUAGGUCUAUAUAUAUCUUGUCAUUUCAGGUAGGUGACUCCACAUUGCCUUUUGCUCAUGGCUUUUUCUCUUAAAGCAAGGAUUAUGCAGUUGCUAUACAUGCCAGCCUUCAGACAUGUUAUUUGAUGCAAAUUUUAGGAGUAAAGUUAGCUUACUGAAAAAAACUGCAAAAGUGUAAAAUGCAUGCGAUGCUUCUCUUUUCCAAGCAGGGAACAAUAUGUUUGUGAUAAACGUGUUUUGUUUUGUUUUUGUACCAUGUCUCAUGAUUACUCAGAUUCUGCUUGUUACAACCUGCCAUUUUUGUUUCUGUUCAGCAACUUUACAGGAAGAAGCCUGGGAUGACAAUGUCUUGUGCCAAAUUACCUCAAAACAUUUCCAAAAAUAGAUACAGAGACAUUUCGCCUUGUAAGUGCUUACAUGGAUAUCAGUUAAUGCAUUUCAUUGGUUACCAUUUGGAGAAUUUUACAUAAGUGUUUGUUUUCUUUUUUUCUCAGAUGAUGCUACACGGGUUAUUUUAAAGAGUAAUGAUGAUUACAUCAAUGCAAAUUAUAUAAAUGUGAGUUGGAGAUUACCAUUUCUCUUCAUGUUAAUUCCAUGUUUGGAUUCAGCAGUGAAACAAUUAGGCCUUUGGAUUUUAAAGACGAACAAAGAUUUAUUUUAAAAUUUCAUUUGAUAUUGCUUAGAUAUAUUCUAGUUGGUUAAUGCAGUUGUAACAUAGAUGGAGAGAAUCCUGCUCAUGUAGUUCCUCAUGUCUGUUGGAAACAGAAAAGUUAAUAAUUUUUCUGGGUAUUCCUUCCCCAGGUGUUAAAAAGUCCUUGAAUGAACUUCCAAUUAAAAUAGUGGUUAAAGAGGAAAAUAUCUUGAUGUUUGGUCAAACUGUUUUAGAGUAGCAGUUGACAGUUAAUUAUGCAGUAAAACAAAUUUCUAGCUUUCUGUUUAUUUCUAAAUAUAUGCUGCAAUUUCAUAAAGCACUUUAAAGCUGUUUACAUUGAUUAUAUCUAUACAAUACAAACCACAUUAAAAAAAACUAAAUUCACAGAUCAUCAGUUGACUAUUUACAGAAUAGGUUUCCUUAAUCGUCAUCAUAAGCCUUGUGGCAUAGAAAAGCUUUCAACAAGCAUUUAAAGGUUAAAAUAGAAGGCACCUGCUGAAGAUUACAUAUGAUUUAGGCAAGAGUACACAAAGUUGUGAAGUUACUAAACACAUUCUGCAAUUUUAUUUUUAGAUGGAAAUCCCUUCUUCCAGUAUAAUAAAUAAAUACAUUGCUUGCCAAGGUCCUUUACCAAACACUUGCCCUGAUUUUUGGCAGAUGAUUUGGGAACAAGGCUCAUCUAUGGUUGUAAUGCUAACUACUCAAGUGGAACGGGGAAGAGUAAGUCAGUCUGUAAUUUUAACUCUUAAAAGCUUGUAAUUCCAAUGCAAUGCAUCAGGAAGAAAUUAAUGUGGCCCAUGUUUUAACCAACCUAACUCACACUUCCUAAACCAAUAUGUGAACUAAAUAUUCAAGAGGAUUGUCAAUCAAUUUCAAAGGAUAACACUAUUCAUAGACUAACCUGUACUAGGAACAGCCUAGUGAACUGGAAAGAGAAAAGUUGUAUGUGCUGAGAGAGUCCCUGUUUGUUCUUGUGUUGUUAGGGAGUCUACUUUAGCAGUUCUUGUUUAGAUAAGAUUUUUUUGGGGGGUGGGAAUAAAUGUAAAUAUAUUUUAUUUCUUGCAUUUGCAUGCUGCAUUGCAAAGUACUAAAAUAAAGAAAUGUUAUGAAAUAAAAAACAGAGUUUUCUCAGACUAAGUUAUGUGGUUCUACUUUUUAUAGUAAUCAUGGAGUAUCUAUUUCCAUGGUCAAAAUCGGGUUUAAAUAUGGUGAAUGGAAACAAAGGAAGUAUCCUAGCUAAAAUCUUUCUUUGACAAUUUUUUUUUAAGGGCUGUUAUUACUUCCUUAAAACAGUGUACAAGAAAUCAUCUUGUUGCAUGUUUCAGAUAACAAUGAGAAGUAGCUAAAAUUGAUCCAAAUGCAACUUUUGGAAUCUAAGCAGAAACUUUUAUUUUUUAAAACAAAAACCUGUUGACAGGUGAAAUGCCAUCAGUACUGGCCAGAGCCCACCGGAAGCUCCUUGUAUGGGAAUUUUCAGAUCACUUGUCAUUCAGAAGAAGGAAAUCCUGCCUAUGUCUUCAGAGAGAUGACAAUGUCUCAUCUGGAGGUGAGACAGACCAUUCACUGGCUAUUUAUGUAAUUUUGUGAAGCCCUUUAAAACUAAAACCAUCUCACUGCAAAAAGUUCACUGCAACAUUAAUCUUUUGAUUGUUCUUUUUAGACUCCCUAGAGAAAUGGCCACUGUGUCACUAUUCCUUGUUACCUUUUGUUGCCGGGUCAAACUUUUGUUACAUUCUAUUUGAUCCAGUGCAUUAAGCUUGGGGGUGGGCAGAAAUCCAUGACACUGUAUGCUAAUUAGCUAUCGUAAAUACAUUUUAAGAUAAUGAAAUUGGUGCUCUUUUUAUGAUUUGCAAGGCUGUCAUAUAAAAACUAAAAAGCUGGCUGGGGUGGAUGGGAGUCCAAGUCCAAUAACACAUGUUGGCUACUGCUGGCUUAAACAUUUAUCACUGUGAACUGUAACAUAAGAAAAAUGUAAGUUUUAUUCCAAUUUUGUUGUUGCUCAUGGAGCUAGCACAGCUGCCUUUUGGAUCUGUUGAUUUUCCGCAUACUUAUUUGUGUCGAAUACAGCAACAUAUUUUUGUGGCAUUUCAAAGACUAACAAAUUUACUAUGCCAUUAGCUUGUUACUAGUUAUACACUAGCAGCUCAGGAAAGCACUUCACACAUCAGUUGAAGUGGACUCUAGUUCAUGAAAACUUAUGCCGUAAUAAAUUUAAGACUUUAAAGGUGCCGUAAGAGACUCUUUGUUGUUUUUCCUGCAGCAGACUUAAUAUGUCUACCCCUAUGGAAAUAGAUACAAGGCAGAAAUUAGGUAAAAUGGUAGACUAGUAGUGCUUUUCCUCAGGAGAAAGACUUCUGCCUGAUGCAUGUGAAACACAAAAUCUUGUAUGCACUUAGGUCUACAUAAAGUGGCUCAAUAAAAUAUGUAAACUUACCUGUUUUGUAUCUUUAAAAGGGUGUGGGGAACCGUCCAGGUGCUGUUGGAGUCCACUUCUCAGUCCCAGCCAUGAUCAAUAACAGUCCAAGAUUAUGGGAAUUGUAGUCUGCCCACAUCUGAAGGACCACAGGUUCCCCCAUACCUGUUUUAAGGAUUAUCUUACCAUUAACCUCAAAUCAGCACAGCAUAUGGCCCAUGGGGUCUAUUUUCGAAAAUCCGCAGGACACUUUUUAAUGAUCUUGCACUUGGUUUAAAUGGCAUGAAGCAUCCAGAUAUUUAUUUUGUGACACGUGAAAGUAGAAACUUGAAACCGAGAUAGGCUGACUUUGACAAUUAAACUUGUUACAGGAAAACACUGAAAUGAUCUAUUACAUUUGAACAAAUUUUGUUUUGCUAGAAAAAUGAGGACCGUCAGCUUACUCAAAUCCAGUACAUAGCAUGGCCUGAUCAUGGGGUUCCUGAUGAUUCCAGUGACUUCCUGGAUUUUGUGUGUCUCAUCAGGAAAAAAAGAGCUGGCAGAGAAGAGCCAGUUGUUGUUCACUGCAGGUAUUUAGCUUGUAGGGAAAACUCACUGCGCCUCCCCUCUCAAGAUUUCAACCAAAAACCUUAUUUCAUUUUGUAGCCACCUUCAUUUUCAAAUAUAGAGCUGAAUUCUUUUUUCUGUUAAAUUAAAAGAAACAGUUACUUGCUGUGUUCUUUUGACCUUCUGGUUUUGAAUGAAAAUAGCUUUACCUAAUUGUCUGGAAACAUGUUUUCAUGCUUCAUAAAGCUAUGAUGUCUUUAUGUGCCAGAACUGGAUAGAAAACUAAUUUAGGAAGCUGUACUAACCAUGCAUGUGAACUAUGAGGCUAAAAUAGAAAUGGCUAAACGGUCUUAAAGAGGGGUACCUUACUAGUAAUGUACAGAAUACCGGUAAUUGUGCAUUGUAUUGUUUAAUACAUGUUGCCAGCAGCAUGCAUGGCUUCUUUAUUCUUCCUUCUGGCCUAAUAGCCAGUUCUUAAGUUUCUGUAGCUUUUUAAUCUGUACAGCAGCUACAGCAGUUCUGUCCCAUGCUGCUGCUGUGCUUCUAAGCUGUUUCUGGUCACCUACAAGUGGUUUUCACUCAGAAUAGGUAAAUAGGCUAGGGCUCAGUUUCAGGAGCUUCAUUAACUAAACAUCAGCUGCUGGAGACUGUAUACAUGGGUUCUCCCAUUACACUGUAGGUCAAAAUCAUAGAUACCAGACUAGAAUUCUUUCAUUCUUGUUUGAAGUUCUAACUGUUGUUUUCAUAUUCAGCUUCGGAUUUUGGCGUCAUCACAAGGUCUGAGGUCAAAAACAAUAUCAGUCAUGCCUCAUUACAAAAAUGAAAUUUAUUGAAAUGUAUCAAUGCCACAUUGUCUGGUCCAUAUUCUUUUGCUCCCCUUCCUAUGUGUAUGUGGAUUGGCUUUGAUUAUUGUUGAUAAAUCAGUAAUAACUGACUGCCAUCUAGUUGAGACCUGGCACAUAAAACCUCAUGGGUGGGAUCUACCUAAUGAGCCAUCAGCGGAAUGCAAUGGCCCCCUGAAAUUGGCUCUAGGGUUAUUCAGUGAACUCCCAGAACAGCACACACAAGGGGGAGCUGAAUGAUUGCACAGGCAGAACAUUCAUUCCAGUGCAAUGCUGAAUUCCAUCUAGUAUUCCAAAAGAUCUAUUCUCUGGCUGAGCUCUGGAGUGGAAAUGGGUACAGUCAAACCACUGUUCCUGAACACUUCGGUUAUCAUACGUUUCAGCUCCUGAACGCCGAAAACCCGGGAGGAAGUAAAUGCUCCGGUUUUCAAAUGAUUUUCAGAAGCCAAACAUCCGAUGUGGCUUCUGCUUGAGUGCAAGAAGCUCUUGCAACCAAUCGGAAGUCACACCUCGGUUGUCGAACAUUUUGGAAGUCCAACAGAAUGGAUUACAUUUGGCAAUCAAGGUUUGACUGUAUCUGGUCUGAUAAUCCUGGGAAUUAUGCCCUAUUUUUCUCUUUAUCCAGUCUUCAGUGUUUGCUACCACAAAAGAAGAAAGUUACAUAGAAUUCUAAGAGACAAACUAAGCACCAAAGGAUAAUUAUGGAUGCAGGAGCGCGCCAGAGUUCAGGAAGACCUUGUUACUCAAACCAUGUUGGAUGGAGCCAGAAAGAGCAGCUCCUGGCUAUUCCUUGAAUAUUAAGAGAUCUUGAAUAUAUACAGUUACUCUGUACAUUCUAAACAUGUUGAUGGAUCACAUGGGUUCUAGUAAGCAUAACACCCAAAUAAACUACAUAAGUCUGAAGUUAGCAUACCUUCACUCUAAAGCACUGCCUUUGAAGGGUUUCCUAACAAGUUCAAACCUAGCUGUUUGCCUAUUUGUGUGGUGUGGCUGCUUCCCAAAGAACAAUAGUUAUAAGUACAUAUAUAUUAUUUCUUAUUAAAUCUACUAUCUUUGUUAUGGAAAAAAUGUGUUCGUUCAGUGGAAAAUGCUGCUGCUGUAUAUGUCAGCUAACUCAGAAAAGUUUGACUUAGGCCACUUAAUUAUAUAUAUCUCCUAAGUGCUUUAAAAUAUUAAAUGUGAUAAGAAGUAGUCCUUUUUAUUUUCCAGUGCCGGGAUUGGACGAACAGGAGUUCUUAUCACUAUGGAAACAGCUAUGUGUCUCAUUGAAUGCAAUCAGCCUGUUUUUCCCUUGGAUAUUGUGAGAACUAUGAGAGAUCAAAGGGCCAUGAUGAUCCAAACUCCUGUAAGUUAUUGAUACAUUAGAACAAACUGCUUCCAGUAUCACAGAUGCCUAACAAUGACUUUUAAAUAGGUGACACUUAACUGAAUUUUAAAGAGAGAACCAAUUUAAAUUUUUAAAUAAGUAUUGAUUUGUAUGUACCAUAUUUUUUGCCCUAUAGGACACACUUUUCCCCCUCCAAAAAUGAAGGGGAAAUGUGUGUGCGUCCUAUGGGGCAAAUGCAGGCUUUCGCUGAAGCCUGGCGAGCGAGAGGCGUUGGUGCGCACUGACCCCUCUCGCUUUCCAGGUUUCAGGAAGCUAUCCGCAAGCCUUGCGAGCCCGGCGGCAGUUCCCGCAAGACUUGCGGAUAGCAGCCUGUUCUGGGGGCUGGGGGGGGGGAAUAAUUUUUUUUAUUCAUUUCCCCCCCCCCCAAAAAAAAAACCACCGAGGUGCGUCCUAUGGGCGAAAAAUACGGUAACUUGCAGCAUCUGCUUUGUCAAACAGAUGUUGUUUGUUGCUGGUAGUGGUAGACAGUUAUGAGAGAAACAGAUACAAAACUUUUAGCCAUACAUAUAGCCCCCUUGCAUGAGGGAGCAAACAAACCAGGAACUCUUCCAUUAAUUAUAGUUUCUAAUGUCAUGCAUGCUGGGAAGCCGUGGUUAAAGCCAUAGUCUGAAGUUGGCCUAAUAUCCUGGCAUUUUCUGAUGCCUAUAUACCAUAGUUUUUUCCCAUUUUCUCCAAAAUGAGAAAUUAUAGUUAAUGUAAGACUUUAUUGAUUGCUCAUUCAUUUGCGUUAUAAGAGGAGCAAAGGGGCUAUGCAUGGAGCUAAAACAUUCACUUGUAUUGGCUUAUGCUAGCCUGACCCCAGCCGUUGUGUCUGGUGUCCAACACCUGCUUUCCCCUCCUUCUGUCAAACAACAAAGGAAAUGAUUAGCAAGGUCAGAGCUGAUGCUAUUCAUCUUCUGUGCACACAGUACAGGAACACCAUCUGUGGACUCCAGAUGUUUCCUCCCCUCUUCAUAGCACACUUCCAUGCAUGGAGUAGGAAAAAUGUACUUGCAAGAAUGUUUCUGCUUACAUAUAUCUUUUUCUGGAUCAAGGUGCACAUAUUUGAUGCAGAACAAGCAGUUAACCAUACGCGAGUUUAUUUAGAGAUCAUGAAAUGAAGUGAAGGUUUGCUUUUAAGUUCAAGAAGGAAAUUAAAACACACAUAGGAAAAGUGAUUUAGUGUUCUGUUAUCGCCAUCCUAAAACUGAAAUCUGAAUCUUUCCGUUUCCCCUGUAAAUGUUCAUACUUCUGCAUGUUAUCCACAAGGUGGCAUUGUCCUAGGUUUCAUGUUUUAAAUGUGAAUUUAGAUUCACCCUAUAUAUUAGAAAUUAUGUAGCUACUGUCUUGUGCGAACACAAAUUUCUUUUUAGACCUUUGUUUCUCUAGAUGCACUAAAAACCUGCUAAUAAAAACCUGAAAAAGUAGCCUAUGGAUAUUAUAGAAUAUAGGAUGUUAUAGAACCUAGAAUUCGUAUUUAUUCUAAUGAUCAGAGUGAGCAACUUGAACAAUAUUUAAAGAAUGUGUCAAUGGGAGAAAAUCUCAAGGCUGCUACUUAAAUAUAAAUUUCACAUUCAUUCUUUGUUUUUUCUUUUUAAUUUGCAGCCCUUGAAAUGUAAGUUUAUAUAUUUGUAUAUGAAAACUUUUAAACUGUUGUAUCAAACAGUGUCACUCAAGUACUGAAGACUUCCAUCAGCAAAAUGGAGAGGGAAACAGUUUUUAAUGAAUCCCCUUAGCCCCUUAGCCCCCCUAAGGUUUUCCAGAGCAGAUUUAGGAGGGGUGAGAGGAGAAUAAGGGAGAUUUUUAACAAUUGUUUGCUGAUGGAUGCUUUACCAUCAGUUGUUCCACAGGGUUGGAGUCGGAGAAAAGCACAGAGGAAAGCUAUUCCCCCCCCCAUCUUACCCCCCGAAGCCUCUCCUGCAGCAUGCUGGUCACUGGAUCCAUCCUGUAGUAUUUUCAGCACAAAAUUCUUCAAGUCUUUUAAGUUUAUCCUGAUAGUUCAUUGUUAGUUUCCCCAGUUUGUUUUUCUGUGACUUAUAAAUUAUUGCACUGUUCUUUCUAGAGUCAAUACAGAUUCGUUUGUGAGGCUAUUUUGAAAGUGUAUGAAGAAGAACUUGUUAGACCUUUAACGACUUCGCUGCAUUAAUAGAAAACAAAAGAUACCUUUCAGAAGAAUCCAUACAAGACACUGGUGUGCCAUAACAUUACUUGCAAGAAAUGGUGUCUGAAAACAAUGAAGAAAUGAAAAGGACAUGGAAAAAACUUCAGCACUAUUGCACUUUAUGUUGAAACUGAAAAUUGGUCUCUAAAACACUAUGAUUUUUCUGUGUUGGAAGACUCUUUCUUCAUGCUUUGCUUCGAACAAACCAGACUUAAGGAACUCCGUGACUUGCCACACAUCAUUGUAGUGCCAUACAGUCCCUUUUUAUUUGAACUGCUACAAAAAAAAAAGGCUUGGAACACUUUUCACUCUUUGGUUGACACCUAUGUCUUUUUAAAGCAAAACAAUACACACAAAGCCAUUUCUUCCAAUGCUAAAUUUUGCUGUGUUAAGAUCCUUGCUGUUUUGUUUUGUUUUUUAUUUUGGUGAAACAUUAGCAAUAUUACUACUACUAGACACACUGCCUACUGAAGCAGCACAUUUUGCCCAGUACCGUUCUAAGGAUCUAACCUGAUUGAUAGUGGAAAGCUACAUUUUCGUCUAACUCGGCAGUAGCUGCAUAAAGGCCCAUUUAACCAGCAUCUUAUUUAGGGUGGGAUAGGAGGGGCAUUUAUUUUUGACCUGGUAGCUCUGUUUCUCAGCAUGUCACAACAUUGGUGUGUUUUGUAACAUCUGACGACAUUACCUAAUGGGAAUGAAUGCAUGUGUUUUGUCUUAACCCCUUAAGUGCCUUGAGACAGUGUAUGUCUUUAAUGACAAGGCACUUGUAUUGGCCCUAAAGGGGGAAGUAUCAUCAUUGUAACAUUUACUUUAGCAGGUUCACACUUUAAAGCAUGGCCCUUGGUGCUUAGAAUAUGGUACUUAGAAUACGAUAGGGGGUCACAGAAAUACCAUUCCUUCUCUUUCUACAAGUACCUGCAUGCUACUAUGGGUAGCAAGAGCACCCCAGCCUAUUAAAUAAGUAAUAAUUGUUUACUGCUAUGAAAUGAAGUAGGAAAUCUGACACAUUCCUUUCAACUGGUAAAAUAUUUGCAACAUCAAAUGUAAAGCCAGUAGAUAGUUUUAGAAUUUCUUUCUUUUAGCCUUCCACUGAGAAAAAAAAAAGCUUUGUAAUUGAGUACGCUAUACCUUUUUGAUAGUUCUGAUAACUGUUUUAAAACUUCAAGGUAAGCUUUCCCCAUGACCUGCUUGCCAGUUACAUUUCCUGAGUCCACAUUUGUGCUUUCUUGAGUCAUGUUUGUGCUAUACUGUGUUAUGACAAGACAAAAGGGGAGGAAGGUGCAUAAAAUGCCAUCAGCUUGUUCCCAAAACAUUUAUGCUUUCCAUAUGUUCUUUGGGAUCUCUGUGUACUUUUGUGCUUUUUUAUUUGUGUGCCUCUUUUUUUGAGGUCAUUAGCAUGUAUGCAAUUGGAGGCACUUAAUUGAUACAGAAUCUGAACUCAUUCUAGGGUCAUGUAAAGGUUUUUGUCUCCUUUUUAUGAAAGAAGAUGAUCUGAGACAGCUUAUUGCACAAUAUGCAUUUAGGAUUCAGUUGUUUCUUUAUGAAAACCUACACUGCCCUGUAUUAAAAAGGUUUGAAUAAUUACUGAUUUUUUUAAAAAGCAGAAUAUGCAGACUAUAGAUGACAAUAUGAGGUUUGUCUUUUCUUUAAAAAAAAAACACACAUUUAUUCUCCUCUAUAUGUAUUGGAAGGGGCUGCAAAUCUGCUGUAUAAAGUUUGUACCCAAUGCCCUGAAAUUGGUGGUGCAAAGUUGUAGCAGCUCUUCAUCAUGAUACCAAAUGAAAGAGAAACUUUAUUUUUUUUCCAAAAAAACAAAACCUCAUCUGCUGGCCUGUUUGUUUAUUUUUAAAGCAAAUCCAGUAGUCUCCAUUUCUGGUUUUGAAAUUAUUGCAUUAUUAUCCUUUUAAUAUAACUUCUUGAGUCAGUGUAGAAAUGAAUGCUAGUGUCAAUUCCUUUCACCCAAACUGUAGUUUCAGUAGGAUGAGGUGUAAUGGGCUUCUUAAAAAACACACACACCCCUCAGUCCCUAACUGAGCAUUUGUCCAGGGUGUAGGAAUACACUUUUGUCUGCUCUCACAAAUUGGAAUGAGUGCUUGAUAAACUGCUACUUUUGACAGCUCUGAAAUUGAAGCGGGAUAGUGGAUUCAAAUGUUCUACAUCAAUUGAUAAUUGAAGGACCCAGUAGCUUUUAAUAGUUUGUUUCUGUUCAACACAAAAUGAAAGGCUGAAAUGCAUUUUUAAACUAUGUUUCAGACAGUUUCAGAUUACCCAGCACAAUGUGAGUAACUGCUAACAAUAUUGCAUUGCACUCUAAACCAUCCUUAGAUGUUAGUGCAAGCAAUGUAAAGUCCUUUUUAUAGAAAGCCUCCAGUAGUUCUAACAACCAGUCAGGUGGCAAAUAAGAAUAUAAAUAAUGCUAUAUACUGCAUAUUCAUAUUCUAUUUUGAACCGCUUACUUCAAAAAUGGUUUAAUACCUAGAGAAGCCUUUCCUGCUUUUAAUUUGGAAAUUGUUCUGUGCCAUAGUGUUGGUUAUUUGCAGGACUAAUUUAAGCAUUUGUAACACAUUAAAGUAAAUACUAAAUUACUGCAUCCAUUCUAGUGAAACAUGUGUUACUAUUGCCAAUGUAUGUUACUGUUGCCAACAUAUAAAUGAAAACAGCAUUGCCCAUUUUAUAAACAUACAAGGGAAAUUACUAGAGAGUUGUAUAUCAUUGAUAUUUUAAAUACGCUGAUUUUCUUAUGUGAGGUUGCCAAAGCAAUUUGAAUCCAUGAGAAACAUUUAUACCACAAUGUAUAGUUUUGUUGGCAUAUAUUUUUGGUACUUAGGAUGUUGAUCUGACAUAUAGGCAAAAACAUUAGCUGCCUUCAGGCCUCCAUCUCCCCUGAUAUAAGCUGAUUUAGGGCUUGCUGGUUAGUGGCAAUGAAGAAAUAUGGAAAGAGAUUAGUUUGGUAGGGUAAGCAGCAGAUCAACAAGCCACAGGAAUUUCCCUCAGAUGCACACAUAGUAAAGAAAGGAUAACAAAGCAUUAUCAUGCCAUAAAAGUGGAUCUUCACAACAUGCAUCUUCCCAUAGUGGUAUAAAUAGCCUUUUACAAGUAUUUUUAUAUGGCCUAAAAGUUAAUACUGUUGAUUGCUUUGCAUUGGGUUAUGAAGAUCUGUAUCAAGCUAAAAAGAAAAGGGAAAAAAUAUUUUUUGUAUGUUUUUCAUUCUGUACAAAACAUGAAUGUAUGUUUCAGGAAUAAUGACAUAUAAAAUGAUGGGUGUUAUGGAUGUUGGAUUUUAUGACUAAUUAUUUUCUUACUAUUUGCUAAAAAAAGAUGGGUGAGAAAAGAAUCAUAUGUAACACUUCCUGUUGUUGUCGUUGUUGUUGUUGUUUUAAUUCAGGUUGUUUUAAUUGUAAAUAAGAGCCAUAGAGAAAUGGUUUAGUGCCAAUGUAUGUUUCCGAUGUAUGUUUUUUGUGUUUUUGUUUUUUAUCUUAAGGACUGAAAACUAUGAUUAUUUAAAGUACUUUUGAAGGUUUCUAAUGCAGAAAUCUAGGACUCUUGAGAGACUUCUUAAAAUUGCUUUUUUGCCUUUUUAGGUGUGUGGCUUUUGGGGUGGUAGAGGUUUACCUUGGAGAAAGUUAAAUAUUAAGUACCCUCAGUGUCAGUCAUUCUUUGAGCAGCAUGGCUUUAAGUGUGCCAGCUAAUCAUGCCACUUAGAGCCUAGUCCCUCCAAAUCAUUGGAGUAGACAUCCACUUCCAGUGCUGCAGUAAUGUCCCUAUGUUAACAUAAGAACAGGAUUCCUGGUCGUCCCUUAGUGGUUUUCCUAUACCCAAACAUGCAUCAUUUGAAACCAAGAUCAGCAUAAGGCCACAAAUUAAGUCUAAAAUAUAAGACAUCUUCACUGAUGUAAUAAAGCCUAUCAUAUUAAUACACUGUAAUCCAGCCUAUUAACAUACUAGAGAAGUAAUAUCUUACAGGGUAGCAGUAUCCCACAGCUCCCAAUUUAGAAAUGCUGUCCUAUCACAGAAAGCACAAAAUGCAAGUGCAGAGAGCUGGGGAGAGGUUUUUGAUGGAAGUAGUAUGGCUUGCACCUUGCCACAAGCGAUGUGCAGAUUUAGGUUUGUUGCAUCUGUGGAAGGUUGAAAAGCAGCAGAAAUGCUUCAGUUGCAGCUGUGCAUGAAGGCCCAGAAGAAGGAAAUGUCGUAUUGUAGAAUCUCAGCAGUUUUUUCCAUCUGGUGGAGCAGAACUCUAUUGUUUUUUUUGGGAAGGGGCUGCUUGAUAGGGGGCAGAGUGUAACUAAGAAUAGGCAGUGUGUGGUUGGCAAUGGAUGGUUACCCAAGCUCCUGAAAGUCUUAGGAGUUCUUGCCAUAUACUGUAUCUUGCAGGUGCUGUUCCUCAGUCUUUGACUUGGCUGUUGGAAAGCAGUGGAGACACCUGGUACUACCUGCACUUUUUAAAUUUCUGGCCUUAAACUUGCCUUUAUAGUUAGAUUCACAGAUCACUUAGAUCAGCAUAUGCUGUGCAAGAGAAAGUUCAGCAUAUUAUGCAGUCUCUCCUAUUUUUACGUCCCAACACGUAACAAAAUACAGACUGAAUCCAUGGCAUUGUAAAUAUUCAUGCGCAGAGAGAGGGGGAGAGAAGCAGCCCGAGAAAGCAGCUUGGGAUGUGCAGGGGAAUUGCUCAUUGCCCUGGUUAUUAAAAUAAGCCUCCGGAUGUUAUCCACAAGGCUCUUGGGGUGUUGAAAUGAAGUUGUAUGUUGACCAGAGGGUUCAAUGAAUUGUGUCUCCUUCCCUUUUUGCAGUGCAACCGUAAGCAGUUGAUAUUCUUCACUGCAGUCCUUGUUGGGCUGAGAAGCUGAUUAGGGUGGGGGAGAAAGCUUCAACCAAGUGAAGUGACAGAUGCCUUAUAUGAAUACAGUGGCUUGGAUCCAAAGGCAUUCUUGUGCAAGUGGAAAGCACUUGACCACAAUUUCUGCUGAUUUUCCUCCUCCUCCUACAGACCCUGUACCACAUCACUUGCCAUGCUAGAAGGUCCCUUGACCCUCAGGAGUAUAAUUUGGAGGCUUUAGUGAAGAGGAAUGGUGGGAAAGCCCAUAUCUUUGGAUGCAAGCUGAUAAUUAAAAGUCUUGUAACUUACGAUCUGGGAAUAAUCUUAAAUUAUGUGUCCAAGAUUUCCUGCAGAUAUCCCUUGGGUCUCUUGUAGUAGCUUGUGUGUAUGUGUGUGCAUGCAUGCUCUUCCUAAUUUUAAUACCCAGCUGCCAUGUAGAAACAAACACAAGCCUUUGUUUCCAUCAUUAUGCAACACUAACUUUCAGUUUGCGCUAUUACCACUUGCAAUGGAGGAAAGGAAUUUUGGGUACAGAUGUUAAAUUGUAACCAACAAGUUCAUUGUAUAACAAAGCAGUAUACUGAUUUGUUAAAACUGCAGAGCCAAGUAUGGCAAUACUGGAAGUGACGUAUAGGAAAAUCAAUAUGUUCGCUUUGAUUUAGUCUAUGCCGCCAAAUUAGAAGAAAUACAAACCAAAGUUAAAAUGGUUGCUUCUCAGUCUUCGGAAUGGUAUAGUAAAAAGAUUAGGAGAAAGUCUUCUUUGCCUAUCCAGAACUUUGAAUGCUUAACUUUAACAACCCAUAGGCUUUCACAUCAGUUGCAAUCUGAGUUUUUAAGAAAGUUUAGAAAGUAUUUGCUUUCAAUCAUUGGAGGGCAAGUGGUGAAAUUGUAUUGCCUUUAAACCAGAGGUGACUAAUCUGUUGCCCUCCAAGAUGAUGUUGGGACUCUUAACUCCCAACAGCCUUGGCCAGUGUGGCCAGUUGUCAGAAAUGAUGAGUGUUGUAAUUCAGCAACAUGCGGAGGGGAACAGGUUAGCCGCCCCUGCCUCAAACCAAAUGUUCUGGCCUUUGAGAGAUUUGAAGACCACUAUGUUAACACUUUGGAAACGGCUCUUUGGAAACAAUGUUAAUACUAUGGAAAUGAAGAGACCUUGACGGACAUUAUUUGGUGGAAUUACUUGAUAUUUAACACAUUUUAAAAUAUUUACUUUUUGCCUAAAUUUCUUGAAUUUCAAAUAGUAGCACUUUAUCUAAUGCUUUACUACUGACAGAGGUUUUGGAGAAAAUAAAAUUUGCUACCAGGUUGGAGAGAGAGAUACUUAAUUGUUUCCUGUUCAGAGUUGAUUGGGAUUGUUCCUCGUGUGAAUUGUUUUAUCAGUGCGCUACGCUUCUGACUUGUUUUCAUCUGUUUUAAAAUGAAUUCUAGUAAGCUAAACACUGUCUACACUACCACACAGCAUACGGACCUUAAAUAUCAAGGCCUGAGUACCAUUCUGUAGUUCUCGUACAGCAUCCUGUUUUGUGGUAUUAUAGCAGUGCAACUGUUGAUAAACAUAUUUCUGGUUUAGGUUUUAAAACCGUAAUCAUCAUAAUAAUGAUACUAAAAGUAACCCCCACAAUGUAGCUGCUUACAAGUUCUGAUUGUUUUUUCUCGGUGGAUUUCAUUUAAUUUAGUAGUUUACUGUGCCUAGGGACUCCUGGGUUGGGCAGAGAGUUUUUCUAUGUGCUGCUUCUUGGCUCCAUCCUUGUUGCUUCCAGACUUUAAAGACCUUUGGGAGUAACCUCUGAGGAAGAAUAGGGAGUUGUGGUUAGGGGAAACAUCAGUGCUUACUUGGAAGUACUUCUGUGUAUCCAGGGAGCUCUCCGAAUCCUGGCUUAUAUAUUUAUAGCUGCUUAGCAUUACUAAUAUUUACAUAAAACUCUGGAAAUUGGGGGUUGGAGGUGGGUAUUUAAGUUGUAAAUUAUAAAGAAUAGAUAAUGCACAAAAAUAGUUUUUAAAGGGAAAAAGUUGCAAUUCCUUAUACACAAAGGCUAUAAUAUGGUUGGAGCAAUUAAAACAAUUGGCACUAAGUUCUUUUGUAUUCCUCUAUAGGAGUAUGUCCACAAACUUCCCGGUGCAAUUUGAAGGGGCUGGGCUUCAAAUUUAACAUGAAUUUAUAUGGCUCUGAUCGUCCUAGCAAAUACUAAAAAAAAAGAAAAAAGUGAUUUGUCUACUUUCCCCACCCCUUUCCUGUCACAGGUGCUAUAGUAUAUGUGUAAAUGUAAACCUAAUACUGUGUCUUGAUCAUAAUCCACAAUCCUUUUGGGUGCCCAAAUUCAUUUAUGUUUGUUGCUAGUGGUAAUGAAUUUGCAUCCCCCCCCCCCCCGGUGACGUUGCAUUGUCCAAUUCAGUUGGGUGUUGCACUGCCCAGUGAGCUGGCUUUCAGCAUCUCAGUAGGUCAUCUCUAAUAUAAUUGUGCAUCUUCUGUUUACUACACAAGUUUAUCUGAUAUAAAUAGAUUUCUCUUUUGAAUUUAUGUGUUUAUUUUAUUUUUAAGGGGGAAAAAACACUAUUUAGCUAAGAACCUCUAUGCUAAGCAGCAGGAAAUGUGCUCCGUUGAAAAUGACAUGCACUUGAAUUUGGUCAACACUGGACAAUGAAAAGAAUUCAGCAUUCAUCACUGCAGCUACUGUAUGCUUUAAAAGGGCCUUAUGUAUCUUGCCUGCAUUGGGGUAAAAUGAGAGUUCUUGCCAUUAAUAAAGUACACUAAUGUUCUACAUACUAUACCAGCAGCUCCCCAGAAAUAAGAGAAAUAUAACAUUUAACAAAUCUUGUUUUUAGUCUUAAGAGCAACUUCAUUAUGUGAAAUAUAUGCUGUUAUACAUAUUUUGUGGAUAUAUUUAAUUUUGAUUGACAAAUAGUUGUCUAGGUACAAACUUGAAGAAAAAAACAUAGUUUACUUGUGGAUCUUAAUUGUUUAAUUGCAAAAUAAAGAUGUGCUUUAGUAAUUU